CCAGAAGGGUACAGAGUCCAGACUGUGAAAUACCUGUUACUUUCAAUACUGCAGCAAGGGUUUUUUUUUUGUUUUUUUUUAAGAAAAGGUGUAUGGUAACUUUCUCUGCAGCAUCUCACAGUCCAUCUUGUCCCAAGGCCAUCACAGUUUACAAGUCUCACAUUGCCGCAAUCGAUGCAAUUUACAAGGACGUUAACAUAAUAUAUUAUCCGGAGUUGAUCAUGGCAGCAAGACAUGAGAGUGUCAUUAUACAGGAUACCAUGAAACACGGAUGUAAUUCGCAGGGUGAGUUCGUCUUCAGGAAUUUAUUGGGUACGAGCUGUGUGUUUUUAACCCCUUCAAAAAUUUCACGACUGCCACAAAAACAAGGUUCUGAAGGGGUUAAGAAAAAUCUCUCGUGUUUGUUAAAACUGAGAAAUUAUUUACACCUCACAUGUUUUGCAUUCUUUUUUUUUUUUUAUUGCAACCUAAUUCUCACAUAUUGUUUAGAAGCAAAUGUUUGAGUGACAUUUUGAGAAAAUGUUUGAGAAACAUUUUGGAUUUUUUUUUUUAAAUGUUAGAUAAAAAAAGUAGAAUUCUCUUUAUUUUGUGUACAUAGCUUAAAUUGCUAGAAAUUAAAUGAAAAAAGAGCAGAAUCUUUAUGGUGUUAUUUGUAUGCCAAGCAUCUUUACCUUGCCCAGAGAUAACACUUACGGUACUAUGGGAAUGUUAUCUAGCAGGGUGAUUUGGGUCAAGUUAUGCAUAGACACAGUAGAACUUGUUAGUUAUAUGACACAAUAAGUGGAGAAAGUAAGAGGAUCAGUUCUAUGUGUUGUAGAAAAGGUUGGCAUGUGAUGUGAUUAUUUGUAGAAGUAGGUGGAGUUUUACAGAACAGGAACAGAUGUAUAGAACUGUAAUAAGGAGCAACAGGAAGAUCUGAACAAUCAGUUACAGUGCAUCAACAAUUUAAUAAAUUCGGAUGGUUCAUAUUGAAAUUGUGGUGUUGGAUAUGUGCAUGAAUAUGAGGAGGAGGACAUUAUGAUUAUAAUGCUAUAAGACAGACAGAGACAGACAGACAGACCGACAGACAGACAGACAGACAGAGAUAGAUAGAUAGAUAGAUAGAUAGAUAGUUUUUCUAUUCUUUCAAUUAAUGAGGAUUACUUAUUUAAACUGACAUUCUUUCAGUCCUGAGAAUGACUGCAUUGUAUCAGAGAAAGCAGAGGAUUGAUUUGCAGCGAUGCUAAACACUUUUUAGGUCACAGUGGUUAUUGUUUGCAGAUAACCCAAACGUUUUCAAAUAACACAAAGAAGAAUUGAACCAUAAAACACCUUUAUAUCUGGACAAAGAGGCAUAAAAUGUUAUAUUGCAAUUUUCCCACUUCCAAGGUGAGCACAUAAGAGAUGGGACGAGGCAAUGGCAACAGGAGUGCAGAGCUGGGAAAUGUUAAAUGCCGGAGUCUGGACUGUGUCACCCUGGGUCACUUUAGCUGUUUCCACUCAUUUUUGCUAUGUUAAUUAGGUAAUGACUCCAGACCUCAUCUUAUGCCGUGCUGAAAUGUCAUCCAAGUGUGAAUUUAAAAGCAAGGUCACACCCCUGAAAUUGCUACCAACAUAUGUUUAAGAUGAUUGUGCUUUAAACAGCAUAUUCCCCAGAAGGGACAAUAUUCCUGUUAACCCCUCCUAAAUGAAUUUUCAUGUUAUACUCUUCCUAGAGUGAGUGUCUGUCAAUCUCACUUGGGCCUCCUAUGAUGCAGACCCCCUGCUUGACAAGAGAACAUCUGGAAGUGUGUAGAUGGACAAGGGAGAGAUAAGGCCACUCACCUACACCUCUCAAUAUUAUCAGCUUCUUUGGGGUUCUUUAAAUCGUUUGUAGAGCUCACAAACCAGAUACUUACAGAGUAUGUUAUAGAUACAUAGUAAAAAAAAAAAUGUAAACAUAGAUAUAUUCAAAUAUAUAAGGACACAUCAGUUUUGACCUAACUCAUAUGAAUUGACCAGAUGCUGAUCAGAUGUUUGCUUUUACAGUAAAAAGUGUUUUAUAUUUUAAAAGCCUAUUGAGACAUCAGUUAUAUUCAUAAAUAUCUACAUUUAAGCAAUCAGACUUGAUGUUUAGCUAGUGGUGGCGUAUAUUCGGCUCUCCAACUGUUCUGGGCUGCUGUUUCCAUUAUGCUCAGCAAGCCAUCUGGGUGAUUGUUUUUUCAUAGGAAGUUCCGAUCGUUAGCCGUCAUGCCAUGUUUGUUCCAGUGGAAGAUAUUUCAGAAAUGUAAAUAUUGUGUAAAAUAUUUAUGAUCAAUUUUGUGAAUAUAAGGAUGCAAACAAAUUUAAAGAGAAGGGACAAGGUAAAGGAAUUUCCAGUACUUUAUUCUGCUGAUAGGCAUAUGUUUGUGGCCGUGAUCUGUGCAUAUCCUUGGCCCGAGAUCAAUUUACCAAUUCUGUGUUUUCAUAGAUUAAUUUUAAGCAGUGAUGGCAGACACAUUGGCAACAUUAUCUCUUAGAUGACCCAAGCCAAGUACCACUAUUUCAAAUGAAAGAUCCUACCAUUAUGUGUGUCUGUUCUGUGUAUUCUGAUGGGUGUAUGUAUCAGUAUUGUUCAGCAUGUGCACAUAAUAAAUGAUUAAAGAUGAACCAUGAUUAUUUAGAAUACACCAACAUAUUUUGCAAUGGACAUGUCACAGAUUUUCAGCUGGUUUUGCUAAGAUUAAAAUGUACUUCAUUCUAAUAUAAAAAGUAUAUAAAUUACUUUUUGGUUUUAUUGUUUUUGUUCUUAUAGUUAUGAUAGUAAAAUUAUGGUAAAAGAAAAGUGUUUCUACAUGAAUAUAUAAAAUAUAUAAAUAUGAAAUGUAAUGAAAAAAAAGGGUGCUACACUUACAAAACAAAAAUCAGACUAUGCUAACUAACUGCAACAAUGAACUAGGAAUAAAAUAAAACAAAAAUAAAUGCUGUACUUCUAAUAAUAAACACCAAACUGGUGAUUAGUGAAGAAACAUGAUAAUAAAAAAUAUACAAACUUAAAUUUCAAAAAUAUGUGGAUAAAUAGCUUAUAAACAAAUAUAAAUAGAAAACCGUCAUAGGACAGUGUUAUAUACAAUGUGUAUCUAUGUAAGGACAACGGCUCAUUCACACAAUGUAGAGUUAUCCUAGCUCUAUAAUCCCCAUCUUGGGAUGUAAGUUAAAAGCUCUUGAUAUGUCUUCAACUCAGUAUAUUUACAUAUGUAUAGACAGAAGGAAAAUACAUAUCACAGUAUACCAGAAUAAUAUAAGUAUAGGUAUAUAUAAUCUACUUACAUUUACUAGAGCAUAGACUUACUCUAAGUGUAUGAACGUAGGUGGAACCCACCAGUGGACAACCAGGAAACAGAAUACCAGGUAUCCAAGAAGUAGGAGCACAUAUUUAUUAAAAACAAGUAAAAACAAUUCUAAAAACUGAAAAUCUAAAAACAGAAAGCAGAUCGCUAAGAACACUUAAUGUGUUUCACCUACAGCUUCUCUGCUGCAAAUUGUCUUAUAUAUAGGAAAAUAAAUGUAAUUGAUUCCUGGUGUUUUCACACGUUCCUCGUGUGUGUGGCGUCUUGAUUGCCAAGACAUGUAGGUAAUUGUUAAUGUGUCUGAGUCAGUGUAGUAUGUACAUGAACAUGACAAGACAUGUAGUUCAUUGUGUAUAUGUGUCAGUGCUGUAUAUGUAUGAACAUGUGUAAUAUGUCCCUUCGUUAGUGCAUUUAGUUUAUUCCGUUUAUGACCUUUGGAAAUAUAAAAUCCGCCCUUCUCAGGACCCUCUCUAAGACUAAAAUGACAUCAUAACAUAAUGGCUUUUCCAGUUGCAACUGUAAGGAAAAGGAGUAUUCUAGUUACUAUGGUCAUUGCUCGGGGACUCUUUAUUAAAGUUAGAUGAGAUACAUGAUAUUCAAUUUCUGUGUUGGAUUUAUUUUUUCAUGAAGGUGCUAGUGAUUUUCAAAGGCCCACAAGCUGAUGCAGAUCACAAACAAAUUAUUUGAGUAACUAGCUUGGUGUAGAUUCUAUUUGGGAUUUUAAGGGACACGUAACAAACAUUGUGUGUGAGACCAACAAAAAAAAAGAAGCAUACAAACAUUGCAGGGAAACACACUUUGUGUUCCGCUAAACAAACUUUCCUAUUGUAUUCCACCUAGGGCUAUUGGCACAUAAAAUGCAGAUUAUACCAAUGUACAGUGAAGAAGCUGCAAAUAAGGCAAAAAACAUGUCAGUACAUGCUGAUCUCCUUUGCAGAGUAACGUCAGGAUGCACUCAUCUAGUGGAAUUACUUCCAUGGUUAUUUUCUCUCAUUAAAUGAUUAAUAUAAGACCCAUACACCCUACAGUGCACUGUAGUCAUUAUGGUGCCAGGAGUCCCUUGGCAAUGUGCCCCAUAAAAGUCCCAAUGUCAGCGGGACAGUCCAGAUUUUUUCUGUUCCAUCUUCCUGAAUUUGUUCCCCAUUUGACACACUAGAACUACACUCAGGUAGUUCUAAUACAGUGUUCAUUGCAUGUCCUGCCAUCGGUGGGCUGGCCUGAUUGAUUGGCAGCCAUUCUGGCAUGCAUACAUGCCAGGCUGACCUGCCAGUUAUCCAGAAAGUCCUGCCACCUUCCUGCAGCCAUUGAUGAAAUCACAUCACUGGUACACACUUUGCCCCCACCCAAAUGGCAUCUUGCCUCUUGGGACACCAAUGUUGGGGGUAUGCCUGUUUAGAGUCAAACUGUUUUUGAAUCAUCUGGCCCUUAACUGGUUCUUCUGAUGCCGCGUGGUCUGGACUUUCUUUACAAAUAUCUCUAAAGUGGAAAUUCCCUUUCUGGUUUACGACUAUUAGUUCUGUAUAAUUUUGGAUGGAACUCAUUGUCUUAUCUGACAAUCUCAGCCAAUUAAUUCUAUCCAACGAUAGACGUAAUUGAUAUCACUAAUGCAGAAGGCGAAUAUAAUGUUAUUAACAUUAUAUUUCUUAGAUACUCGUUGGAGUAAUGUUACCUUUCAAAUACUAUUUGUUAUCUAAAUUUAUUACUAGUAAGUACCCCUUGGUUACUUCAGAGGUACAUAUACUGCAAAUUAAGAAACUGUGAUCUAGAUAAUACUAGGAUUAGAACUUUUUAAUCCCUGUUAACAACCUGCACACGUGCAGCUCUGGAUGUGGCCAAAGGCCAAUGCAGGGGUGAGACACUCUCUCCACUAAACUGCAAGGGUAUAUGAGAGUAUCUGUGAGAGUGUUUCUUAGUAAUGGUUUAUAAAAGUGUCUGAGCAUGUCCAAUAGAAUGUCUAAGAGAAUAAAUAAGAGUGUCUAUCUUUAUGUGUGAAUCAAUGUCCAGGAUAAAUUCUGAUAACUUCAGUGAUAGUGCCUGAUUGUGUCUGUGUGAAUCUUCACUUACCUGAAUGUUAUUUUUUAUUUGAAAAGCUGGCUAUGAUUUAAACAGUCACAUUCCCACUGGGACAGACACUUAAAAAUGUGUGAGUCUGUGAAAGUGUGACAAUUUAUCAUAAGAAUUUUAUAUACAUGGUGUGCAGCUUGGAAAAGUGCGCAAUAGGUGUGGGCCACCGUCAUGAAUAUAUUACUAUGUAAAACUCACAAAUAAACCAGCACGAGAAUAGCUGCAAUAAUAGAUUCUAGUUAGGUGUAAGUACUGCAUUAUAAUACUUUAACACACACAUAAAGACUUACACAGAAACUGUCACCUUUAUGUUGAUAACUGUUUCAGCUGCUAUUGAUGAUUUGAACUGGGUGAACUGUGUACAUCAAACACAUACCUAAAAGCAUAGUGGUGGCAAUCAUCUUUUGUUUGAUACUGUACACAUGUGCAUGUGUGCUAGGCAAUAUUUUUCCUAUGAAAAUAUAAAUAAAGCAGAAUUUUAUAUUUAUUGAACAGAAGAUAGGAAUUCCAGAAACAUGUAAAAAAAAAAAAAAAAAAAAAUAUAUAUAUAUAUAUAUAUAUAUUUAAAUAUAUAUAUAUAUAAAAGCUUCAGAUAUAUGUGUCUAUAACUGGUGGACUCUAGUGACAUUAUUUGAAUGACACCUCCCUGUAGAUAUCACAUUCAGGAUACCAAAUGCAGGUAAUGGAACUGCACUCAACCCUUUGCCCUGGAAUCCUGGGUGCUCAACUGGAUCAGUCCCAGUACCAAAGGGACCAGAUAUAAAGUUUGAAUGUAGAAAGUAAUCCAGGCACUCCAAAAUGUUCCAAAAAGAUAGGGAAUUUUAUUGGACCCAAGAACCAAAAAACAAAGUUUCGACCCCUUAGGGCCUUUGUCAAGCUACUAAAACAGUAGCUUUUAGUAGCUUGACAAAGGCCCUAAGGGGUCGAAACAUUGUUUUUUGGUUCUUGGGUCCAAUAAAAUUGCCUAUCUUUUAGAACAUUUUGGAGUGCCUGGAUUACUUUCUACAUUCAGGAUACCAAAAGCAUGACUUACCAUGUCUGAUGAUAAAACAAGGUAUAUGGAUUGUACUGGAGACAGGAAUGUGGUUAUAGUGAUGCACUAUCUUAUUAAAUUACAAAUGUAUAAAGUCGUAGCCGCGCGUGUGCUAACAUUUCACAACAGUUGUGGGUCUGGUUAUCAAGGAGGACAGAUAUAACCAAUUUCCACAUAUGAAUUUGGAUAUAUAGUCCGUUCUAUGGUAUGUAAACAUUAUUCUUCAGUUAUGUCAUACUACAUGUGGCCAAAUUGUACGAUAUGCAGACAGAUGCUUUUUUUGAAGAUCUAAUUGCAACGUAUUAGCUAUAGAGAGAAAGUUGUUGACAUAAUGAGGAUAGAAAGUUAUGUUCCUAUAUAUCCUAUUUUGUGGUAACAUGCCGAAAUGAAUAACUUUCAUGUAUGGGGAUUUCUAGAGAAGAAGUCAUAUUAAUUGAUGUUAAGAUUGGAACAUUUAACAAAAGUAUUGAAUUCCAUUUGGCAAUGAAAGUUAAGACUGUAAGAUUAUGUACAGUUUGUUAUCUGCAGAUAGAGGCCCAUUGCCAAUCCAGAUAGAUAAACAUGUGCAUUCACAAACACUGUGGAUAUGGCAUGACAGUGUGUCACACUUAGAACAUAUAGCUACACGAAAAACUGUUUCACUAUAUCACAUAGAAGCAGAGAGAAAUAGCCUUCUUGCCUAGUUCCAAUGGAGGCAGAGAAUGUUUUUUCUAAUAUGUUCUGAUGGGGAUAAUAUACAAGGACUUGAUCCAUAUUAGCACAUUAGAGACACGUCAUGCUGUAAUGUAAGUGUAUAAAAGUACCAUAUAGUAGCUGUGAACUGGUAUAGAACAUCACAUGUGUAGAAGCAGGGAUUGCAUCCGUAUUAAUCCUGCGAUGCAGAUGUAAAAUAACAGAUGAGAUUAGUACCUUGUAAUAUCGUUUUUUAUUACACAUGUUUAGAUAUAGAUGCUUUGCCUCAAAUUAUUGAACAAAACAAUCUUUGAUCUAAGUUGGUCAGUUAAAAGUUGAAUUCUCAAUUUGAGCCUCAGCAUCUAAAGGCAAACUCCAAGCAACAUAACCACUACAGAUUAUUUUAGUUGUUAUGGUGAUAGCAGAGCCCUGGUAUCAUCCGACAGUAAGAUAUUAAACCGUUUUACCCAAGCUCACACUGCUUCCACUGCACCAUGCUUCUUAAGUGGGAAGUCAGAUUGCACUAUAGAACAAAGCAGAAUCAUACAGAACCACAUUCAUUGGCUGAGAGCAUUGGCUGUGCUUUGCUCUUCAGAUACAUCUUGCUGGAGAAGACUUCCCUAAAAAAAUAUACACACAUGUACCCAAACUCAUAAAACAGAGGCCAGGGCCCCAAGCUGGUCUCCUGCCAAGGGCCCUGGGCAAACGUAAUUCGGCUCUGCUGCCAGUUUACUGACCCUCCAAUUUGUCAGCCUCAUUGUUUAUUAUUAUUAUUUUAUUAUUCAUAUAGCGCCAUCAGAUUCCGUAGCACUGUACAAUGGGUGGACUAACAGACAUGUAAUUCAUCAACAUGCUUUGUGUGCUGUAAAGCAAGACGUUGAUAAGAUGUUUUUAAUCUCUCCUGAGUGAAAGUUACAACUGUAGGAGGGUUGCACUGAGAAUUGCAGAGGGUAGAGUUGCCAUAUUUUACAGCUAAACUCUUCAUAUGUUAUCAAUGAUUCCCAACCAAGUCCUCGAGGCACACCAACUGCCCGGGUUUUGUCAUUAACCACACUGAAAAAAAUAGGGUAAAGCCUAAAUCAUGAAAUGUUGCUCUGCCUUGAGGACAAGUUUAGAAACCACCACCCUAGUAAAUGCUGUGAUGAAUUAGGUUAUUUCUCCUUUUUCUCAGCAAGUGAACUCUGCAUACUCCCAGUCAGAACUAUUCAUGUCUACAUGGCGAUCUUAGAACGCUGAAAACAAACAUGGUUUAAAUGGCAGUUCUAGUAUUCAUUUUAUUUUUCUAUCUUCCACAACUUUGUGAGGUCAGCUCAUGCUUUAUUGGAACAAUGUCAUGUGUUGGAAACAUUUAAAAAUAUACCACCCAAUAAGGACUGAGUGUACAUAAAACAAGAGAAUUGAUUUGGGGUUGAUGGGAAUAUCAAGUAAAGAGUGUAACUCGUCAGUGUUCACAAUUACAUUAAAUACGCUUGAUACUCGGAGAAGUCUCCCAGCAGAUGCUGUAAAUGGCAUGAGAAGUCUCCCAGCAGAUGCUGUAAACGGCACCUUUUCUCUACACAUUAUGAUAGUUAAACUGCUACCAGAUGUACAUAUAAAAUUUUACAUUUAUUCUUUAUGAUUUCAGUUUAUAACUCUAUACCACGGACAGAGAGGCAUAAAUUACAAUUAAGGUGCUUGCAUUGAGUGCAUAUGCUCCCAGGAUGCAAGGCUGCUCCUUAACCCCUUAAGGACACAUGACAUGUGUGACAUGUCAUGAUUCCCUUUUAUUCCAGAAAUUUGGUCCUUAAGGGGUUAAACAUUAUGGGAUAUUGUGCAUGUCAUGUGAGCGUGCAAACCACAUAAGGGUCAGGGGUACAUAUUGGAGGUAAGUGCCUGUUGAACAUUUAAGGCAAUUUUAUAGUUUGAAAGAACAAGCCCGUUAGUUUAAUUAGCAAAUUAAUCUGACUAUCUGAUUUUUAUCUGCUGGUUUAGGGGUCUAUCCAGUAAAGGGUGAAUUUCACAGAUAUUGCAGCAAACUUGUUGUUCACUUAGUCACUGUGUUCCUAUGUCCCUAGCUAGCGUUAUAAAAAAGUGCAACGGUGUAGUAUAAGUGUAUCCCCCAACACUUAAAAGAUAAAUAGUAUUAUAAAUAGAAAUACUACACCAAAUGCAGACUUAAAUAUACCAAAUUAUACUACCUAGCCAGCGUUAGCAGCAUCAGUUUCCUUAGAAAUCAAAGUGCAUGAAACGUAUUUGCUGAGUUUGGGAGAGCAGAAGAACCGUUUCAACUCUCCCUUGUCAAUCAAAUCAACAGCAUAGAGUGUAUGUCGAAGAUUUGACUGAGAAAUGGGAGAAAGACCUAUUUUUAACUUCUAGUGUAUUGUAACGAUGAAAAGGAGCAUGAGUGGUUUGGGUCAUGAAACUUCCACUUAAAAUUUUAAACAAAUACAUAAAAGUAAGGACUCCAAACUAAAAUAAUUGUUAAACUUAAAUAAAUUUAGGAUAGUCAGCUACAGAUAUACAAUUCAAAUUUUGGCCCAUUGUAAUAAGCUCCCUUUAAAAUAAAAGUAGCCAUCCUACAUUCUGCAACAUUGAAUUAAAGAAAAACAUCCACACAUAAAGGCUACAUUUUUCCAGACACAUGGAGCUAACUGCCAAUAAUAAAAACUCCUCCGGUGAUUAUUUAAAAUAUUUAACCCUUAUCUUUAAUAAUUAAAAAAAUGACUUUCACUAGUGCCACUCAAGGGGUAAGAGGAUAGAAAGGAGCUUGGGACCUUCUAAAUUUUGUUUAUUAUUUUAUGGCCAUAGGAUAGCAUAGCUUAUGUCUGUAGGUUUGAGGCAUCUUCCCAAAUUCUGGGCUUGUCCCUUAAUAUCCGCAUCUGGGAACACAAGGCAGAUGUUCCCCAAUUAGCACAUUAUUAGAUGCUCUGCAUUAAGUCCAGACUCUGAGUGCUUCAGUGGCACUCUGCAUAUGGUUUUCUCUGAGUUGGGCCGGCCAGUGAGGCUGCUAGCUAGCCCUGUCCAUCAUCAACAGCCCUGGCUGUUUACCCAUAGCCUAUCCUUGAUUCUUAUUGGGAGUUAUGAACUAGGACAAAGAGCAAGGGGUGCUCUGCGGGGCUCGCCAUUCAAUCCUGGCUGAUUAUUCCAAGACUAAUGAAUUUUUCCAAGAUGGCAGCCACAAAGCAUUACAGCCCAUCAGCAUCAAAAUAGAUUAGGUUUAAGACAACGUAGGGCAAGCUCAUUAUAGGCAAUUGUUUAUUAAAUGUGUCAUUCUGAAAGGGGAAAUGUACACUGCAUUCCCUGAGGUGAAAUGCAUUGAGGGUUUAACAGCAUGUACCCUAAGGCUUAUAUUAUGAAAGUGCCAAUUUCUAAUACAAAAUAGUACUUUUGUAAAUGACCUUAGUCAUGCCUCCCAGGCUUCAACCAUUUGUUUAAAGGGACACUAUAGGCACACGGACCACUUCAGCUCAUUGAAAUGGUCUGGGUGUAUAUUCCUAAGCCCCUUAACCCUGCAAAAGUAAUUAUUGCAAUUUUUGAGAAACUGCAAUAAUUUCUAUACAGGGUUAACUCCACCUCUAGUCAGACAGCCACUAUAGGGACUUCCGGGUUUUUACAUGACUUUUGGUCGCCUAACUGACGUUGGAUGUCCUCACACUAUGCAUGAGGAUGCCCAGUGUCACCCAAAAGUAAGUCCUAAUGCGAGCGCGGCUAUUGCCACGCACGUGCUUCAGGACUCCCGCACUUAUGUCAGGAGCGGAGGAGGAGUCCAAUCCAGCACCGAGGGACAUCGGUGCGCAAGCUCAGGUGAGUGAUAGCAGGGGUUUGUAGUCCCUUAUGCGCCACUGGAAGGGGAGCACUGUAUGAAACUAUAGUGCCAGGAAAACAACUUUGUUUACCUUUAAAUGUUUUUCCUGCCUUUGAGUCAUUGUUCAAACCAAAAGAUAAUGUUUUUCAGAGGGAAGCAUCCGAUUGGCAGAGCACGGAAAAUGCCUUAAAUGUUCCAUGGGUACCCAUUCCUUCCCUAUGAGAAGCAUUGGAUUAGAAAGAGACCAUUAGUGUUGAUGAUCUCACCAUGGGAGGAGUGGGCUGGACAGCGGAACCUGUCCUGGUGGUGAAAAAAAAGAUGAGUUUAAUAACUUUUUUUAAUUAAAAGGGGAGGAGUCUAAAUGUAAGAUUAACAAAGGAACACUCCAACAUUGAAAAUAAAUGUAUUUAUUUUUGAUGUUGGAGUCUACCUUUAUUAACAUUUAUUUUUCUAUUUGGGAUUUAUUCACCAAACAAUGAGAUGGAAGAUAAUUUCCAAAAAUUAGGCCAGAGUUGUGAAGUUUGUAAAAAAAAAAAAAAAUGCAAUUCUAUUGAGCUGGAUUUUGUUUUGUUUUUCCAACUCAAAUUGUUAUAGAUUGUGUCACUAAUGAGUUAAUUCACAAGAACUGAGAGUUUAAGCAAACUAAAAAGUGUUUUUGUUUUUUUAAAACAUGUACUUUACAGUAGAUUAAUUUAACUAGUAAUUUAUGAGGUAUGCUUGAAUAUAAUGACAGAAAAACCUUAAAAAACUUUUUCUCAUAGAAUUCUUGCUCAGUAAGAUUAACCAUGUAGGUGCCCCAUAAAUGCAGAGCAAUUAUAUUGAUCACUUGUAUUUCAAUCCAAGAUCCAAACCUGAUUUUCUUAUAAAGACGAAUACUGAAAUAUAAAUAAAAAUAACUGUGAAAAUGCCCUGUGAACUAUGAAAGCUAUAGACUAGCUAAAUUAGUUCCUCACAAAAUAUGCUGGUAAUGUUUAUAUUCAUCUAUAACAUUCUCAGAAGUUCAGUAAAAAAAAAAUCUUUAUGAUGUGUGUGUUUGCAGUGGACAAAAUAUAAUUUAAAAUUCUCCAGGUACAGUAAAAUGAGAUUGUUUGACAACCUUUUCAAUAAGAAAAUUAAAUCCUUUGCUUUGAAAGUUUAAAAAAAAAAAAAACUUAUCUAGGAUUUAAAAACCUGAUUACAUUUAUUUGUCCACAUCCAUUAAUCUAGUCAGAUAUUUUGAAAUAUAAUUAAGAUAAUAAUAAGUUAUUUAUUAGAAAGCUUCUUCUUUCUGAACUAAUUUGGUAGAAAAGUAUAUAAAUUUAUUCAUUUUUUUCUUAACUGAGCAAGUAGAAUAGAACGUACAUUUGACUGUAAAGAAAUAUUCAGGAUUCAAUUUAGCAUUUUUUAAUGACAUUUUGUAUUUUUUUAUGGCAAAAUUUACCCUUAUAAAAAAUAUUGUCUGUUGUUGAUUAACUGAAUGUUUAAGUGUAGCUUUGCAAUGCACACGUUUUUCUUAAGAUAAUACUUAAUGCAACUGUUGUUAAAAAAAACUGGUCAUUUCUUGUACAAAGUAAAUUUGGAGGUUGUGAGAUUUGCAAUACAAAUCUUUUAGAUUAGGACUACAAAAAAACUGCUCUAUGUGUCGCUUUCAAGUUAUCCUUAUACAAUGAAGUGAGUUAAUAUAUUGUUUUUAAUUAGGGCAUUGUUGGAGAUUAUGCUACUCGCUGGCCAAUUAACAAUCUUUAAAUAAACAGUAAUUAAAGAAAAUCAACACAGAUCUCAGCAGUGCAAAGCAGUGUGUUACAUUUCUAUGCUCUGAUAUAAAACAAAAUAAUAUUAAAUAUCGAUUAUUUAUUUGUUUUGAUAUAUUUAGCGAUUCAAAACCAAAAAGCUGUCCAUUUAAAUUCACAUCACCUAUAGAAUUUAACCUACGGUAUAAUCAAAACUGAUAUAUUUAUUUUAUUAUCAGUAUAAACUAUUAUUUUAUAAAUUAAUGUAAAAAAAAAUCAUAGUGUUUGCAUAAGAUACAUAGAAAGCUAGACUCAUAAUUCGUUCAAGAAUUAUAAAACAAACAAAAAAAUACAACGUACAGUCAAAUUAGCAUAAUACUGUUGCUUCACUGUGAUUGGAUAAUACUACAAAAAUUAUAUCACGCUGCACGUAUGACACAAACACACACACACACACACACACACACACACACAUAUACAUAUAUAUAUAUAUAUAUAUAUAUAAAAUUAUAACUUAAAGUGUAUGGAGAAAACACCGAUAUUUUUCCCUUCACUCCGGAAUGUAGCUGGGAAUAAAAUAUUUGUUUGCACAACCUCUUGACUCUAGCAGUAACAUAGUGAUAAGGUUAAUUUUUAAUUACACUGUGAUGUUGCAUUGUGUAAAGAUACAUUAUUUGAAGAGGUGGGGGAUAAACAUUGCAGAACUCACUUACCUGUGCAAUACAUUUUCUGCAUGUACUAUUCAAAUUUAAAAUAUAUUAUUAGAAUAUUUCCAAUUUAUCUUCCAGCAUUUUAAAUCUGGAAAAUUGAGGUAAAAUUUAAGUAUACAUUCACUAUAAAAAUAGUCACUUGCAUUUUGCCUGGAAGAUUUAGGAGCUAAACCGGCCAUCACAAAAUGUUUUUUUUAAAUGGUCACCUUCCCCCAAACCCUUUUACCCAGGAAAAUAAGUGAAUGGUAAUUUCAUGAUAUGAACCUGAGUUUGCUGUAGUGUAUUGGCAUAGUAUUCAUUUAAAAAUGUUAAUUUAAAAAUUUAAAAACGUUUUAAUACAGAGAAAUCCCUUAAAGUUUCUGAUAUAUUUGUUAGAAGCAAACACAGGACUUUAUAUGACGUAUUACAUGCAUACAUCCCAUGAUAUAUGAUAUACUAUGUGGGUGUGUGUGUGGUCUAAACUUGUAAUCAACUUUUUUUUUUUUUUUUAUAUACAAUACCAGAUUUUGAUACAGUACAUUAACUCAAAUGCCCCUUACAAUCAUAUCACUGUCAGAUCUCUUUGUGUCAUGCAGACUUGUAUACUUGUUUCAUAUAGUGCAUAUAGUCAGAGAAUUAUAUGACUCUUAAUGUGCAUUGUAUCAGAGCCAAAUAAAAAAAUUACCCCAAAGUGAGCUACCCGUAAAUUUUAGCACAUCUUUGCGAGGGAGUAAGGAAUACUACUAUAAAAUUAUCAUCACAAUGAAUAAGUGCAGUCUUAUACACAGAAACAAUAUUAACUAUUUGCUUUUAAAGCUACAGGUGCAUCUUUAUAGGAGAGAGUGUCUGUCGCCUUACGUCUAUUUUUUAAGGUGGCGCGUGUGCCUUUUUUUUUUUUUUUUAAGGUGGAAUGUAUAUGUCUAUGUGGGUAUUUUUAAUGAUGGGGGGGAGGGAGGGGGGGAAUCACAGCAGCAAACAGAUCAACUCAAGGCAUUCAGUACUUGAUAUGUUGUUAUUAAUCAGCGUUUAAUCGAAACCAGGUAACUCUUGGUAUUCAAAGAGUGAUGUGUGUGUUUGCAAGAAGUAACGCCACCUUGUUUUAGAUGGGAGAACUAACAGUGUUGGGGUUAUCCUUUCUAAUGAAGACCAGGAUACAGGGGGUUUAAAUCAUUGUUCACUUGUCCCUUUAAUACCAAUGUAUUUCUUUGUGUGCAUCAUUUUUUUUUAUUAUGCAUUAUUAAAGAUCUUUCUGUUUAUGUUAAGAUGUGCUAUUGUCUAUCUACCAGUCAGUCAGUCUGUCUAUCUAUCUGUCUGUCUGUCUAUCAAUCUCUAUUCUAUUUUGUCAUAUUCUAGUCUAUCUCUAUAAAGACACACUAGAGUGAGUGAGAGCAUAUAGGACAAUCCUGUUGCUUGGCUGCUGUUUUUUGUGCUGUGCCUGUCUGUGUCUUGGCUGCCUCCUUGUCAGAUAGUGUGUGUGUGUCCUGUGCUCUGAGUAAACAUCAAGAAGCAAAAGCAUGAAGUUCACAAGUUAACACUUUGUAGAGAGAUAGACACAACAUGAGUGGAGAGGGCGAGGGGAGUGGCUCUGAUAGGGGAGAGGGGCUGGCUGAGAGCCUAGCAGAUCAGAGCCUGCCCCCAGUGCUCCCAGCCUGGAGAUCAGAGAGGAGAAGGCUAGCUGACUGUCAGGCUGGAUUGCAGACAGCUUGGGAGGAGAGUCAGGAGGUGCUGGACUGGCUGGUCCUUCCUUCCCUCAGACCUGAGAGGUCACAGCUCUAUCAAAACACAAGUGACCCAUCAUCUUCUGCUUGGCAUCACACACUUAAGAAGAGACUCCUAGCCCAUCCCUGCAGCCAGUCAAACCAAGACUAGCUAGCCCUGACAUUGCACCCAGGAAGAUUAGCUGAGAAGACCCCAUGUAUUUAUACCAAAUAUAUUGUAGCUGAGCUCACAUUACUCUUUUUGGCUUCUCUAGAAUCCCUACCGAUUUUCUGAGACCCAUACCGUCCAAGAAGUGAUAUUUAGCCCACCCUGCCUGAACCCCAAGUCCCAAUUUACCCCCCACCCCCACCCACUCUCUCCCCCCCAAGAAAUCCCAAUUUUUCCCGAGCCAAGUAGGUCUUCUUCACACCACCUGUACUGGGGUCUGACCCUGGUACCUGUGUGUACCCCAGGUGGAGGGGUACCCGGGAGCCUCUUCCUGCCCGAGCCAUGUUGCCCAAAGUGGAGUCGGAAUCCCUGGGACUAUCGCGAUCACACGGGGAGCAGGGCCAGAUGCCGGAGAACAUGCACGGUAAGUGACUUACCGCAUCAUACUGGGCUUAUAUUAUAUUAUUAUACCGCAUCGAUCAUUAGAAUGUUCCAUGGAAUGCUGCGUUCUCCGUACUGGGCGCUCUAUAAAUUCUAUUAUAGAACGUUCAUUUUAUUAGUUUUAUUAUAGGCUGACUGACAUUAAUACAAGGACAGUUACCGUGUCCAUGUAAUAUGUUUUUAUUUUUAAAAUUUGUAGGCUUUCACGAUUUGAUCAGUACAGCUGAAAAUAUUGUUGUUGAUGUGUAUGUGUUUUGAUAGUGAGCUAGGGUAAUAGACAGGAGAUUAGGUGCAGAGAGCAUUCAACGCUGUAUUUAAUUAAUAUAUAUGUGUGUGUAUAUACAUAUAUAGAUAUAUACACACACACAGACACAGACAUAUACACACAAUUAAAACAAAGUUAGCUAUGUUCUAUUUGUACGUGUUAUUUACGUUCACACCAAGAUCACCAUCCGCAUACAGUUCUAAGUGUGUGUACACGCACAUGUUCCUGGAUGCACAUACCAUUGGCCUGAUGUUAAUACAUGUAACAUUUAUACAGGGCACGUGUGACUUGUCCAUUUCCCUUUCCCAACUUCCUACACAGAGAGAGAGCUGUGACACCGUGUAUACAGGAUAUCCCAGUAUAUAGGCAUCUUGUAGUGUAUUAGUAUGACGAUGAUAUAUGGGUCAUACCUCUUGCCAUGCCAAUCCCCAAAAUAAGGAAUUGUGCUUUCACUAAUAAUUCCAAAACACAAAUUGUGUUUUGUCAUGUAGAAAACUGCAACUGUACAUUGCAAGGAGAACUGUGUGUGUGUGUGUGUGUGUGUAUAUAUAUUAUAUAUAUAUAUAUAUAUAUAUAUAUAUAUAUAUAUAUAUAUAUAUAUAUAUAUAUAUAUAUAUAUAUAUAUAUAUAUAUAUAUAUACACACACACACACACAGUAAUGCUUUGUAAAUGUCCAUUUGGGAGUUAAUUUCUUAAAUGCAAUUUGCUGCAUACCUCUGUGUAUGCACAUGUAGUGUCCAUUAAUAUUGCAAGCAAUGCUACUUAAAAUUAUUAGCAUUGAUUUAGUUUAUAAGUAAUAAGUUUAAUUACAUGAAGUAUUUAACUACAGCAAAGUAUGGUUCAACUCUUUGGUAAACAAAAAAUACAAAUGAAAACUAAAAUUUAAAGUCUGCAAAAUCUAAAUUAUCCAAAUAGGCAUUUUCAACUUUUUUUUUUAGUUUUUUUUUAGUGAAGUGCCUUAGUUAUAUACAGUAGAAAAAAUGCUAGUGUGUAUAAAAUAUACAUGUAUAUAUAAAUAUAUAAUAUAAAAUUACAACACUAAAAAAAUAUAAUAUAUAUAAUAUAAUAUUUUAAUAUCAAAUAAAAUAGUCCCACACUGUAUAAAUAUUUGUAAAUAUUAUUAUUAUUUGGGGGAGCAUGUAUAUACAUGCUCCCUCACAUAAUAAUAAUAUUUAAAAAUAUGUAUACAGUUUAUAUAUAUAUAGAUAGUUAAUGCAUUGCUAAACACAAAUGCACACACCAGUCAUUAUGUGAGUUUGUGUUUAGCAAUGUAUUAACUAUCCACUUACUUCAGGUGGAAGGGGUUUUCAUCCACACAUUUUUCCCCACCACAACUAUUUUGGUGUAUAUAUAUAUAUAUAUAUAUAUAUAUAUAUAUAUAUAUAUAUAUAUAUAUAUAUAUAUAUAUAUAUAUUAUUGAGAAAGAUCUAGAGGGUUUCUGAGUUUUUUCAUAAAACUGAAGGGUUUGUGUAUAUGCAUAUCUAUGUAUACAUAUAGUGUAUUCAGAUAACAUAACAGUGACUUUGUGUUGAAUCAAGAGAAGAGGGAAUUUGAAAAUCCCAAAUGUUUUCUAUAGUCUUGAUUACUAGCUAAAAACAAAUAUAUCAAACUAGUUCGUUUUUAAAGGAAAAUCAUAGAUACCAUUUCCAAAUCUGGAUUUUAUUAUAUUUAUGUGUCUCUCUUCAGUGCAAAAUGUAUGUCAGUGUUAUGUUAGAUUUUUUUUGGAUCAAAAUUUGAGAUUUAAACAUAGUUUUAAGAUUAAAAAAAAUCGAAUAGGUAAUUGAAGGCGACUUUGUACAGAAUUAAAAAUAACAUAUACAUAAACUAAAAUAAAGUUUGAAAUCAAGUUAAUUCAUUUUGACUUUUUCAGUGUUAAACAAUUAGUCUAGUUAAUUCAUUUUGACUUUUUCAGUAUUAAACAAUUAGUGUAGGCAUUGUUUUUAAGUUAAAAAAAAAUCCUUCUGUACUAAGAAAAUGUUAAAUUAUCAUUCAUAAUGAAACUUAAAAAAUAUUUUAAAUACAAAUGCAUUUUUAAAUAAUUUAAAAUCCAUUUUAAUAGUAUCCAUCUAUACUAAUAUACUAUUAUUUUGCAUAAUAUUUUAUUUUAAUAGUUAAGUUUUAAAGGCAAGUAUAAAUAAUUUUGCUAAACGGCUUGCAUAUAAAUGUUACAUAUUGUGGUGCAUCAUGCUUAUAGUUUAUUUUCUCAAAAGUCUUUAAUAAUGACAGCAAACAAUAUUAACAAGAAACCCAUUAUAUUAUGUACUUAAGUGGUAUUAAGUAAAAGUGUAAAUUAAAAGACAAUCUCCUUUGAAUGGUAUUGUGGAAUGUGUACAUGUAAUAUAUGUGCAAAAACGUUUGUUAUUCCGAAUUUGUGUUUAUAGUUUUUCUAUAUGUGCAUGACUUUUCUUUAGCAUGCAUGUAUUUCCUGAUCUCUAUAUGUAGGCAUUGUUUUGAAUAGUUGAAAGUUUGCGAUGAGUUCUUUAUAUGUAGUAGAAAUGCCUAUUGUCAGAUAGCCUGUGUUUCUAUUUUCCCUGUGUUAUAUUUGUUUAUCCAGUAAUCUUUCUGUAUUACACCCAAGAUUUCUUUGACCGUAAAAUCGGGGGUUCAGUUAACAAAAAUGAUUAUUUUGAAGAAAGGGUUUGUUAGAUCAGUAUGUUUGUGUGUUUCCUAAUUUUUGCAUGUGUACAUAUCUAUUUCUCUUGAAAUACGAAAACAGAUGUAGUGUAAACAUAUAUAUUUAUGUGUUAUAGUAUGUAAAAGUAUACAGCCAUAUAAAUCUAUAUACGUAAGACUCAUAUAUGUGUACAUGUAUGCAUUUAUAGAGACAGAUGUUUGGUUAAUCUGAGUCUGAUCCUGCGUAUGCAGUGGAAUUUCUGAAAUAAUUUGAUAUCAAGUGGCUUUCAUACCUUUGUUGGAGACUUUUCCAACCAUUUAAGAAUUAAGGGAUCUAUUCGCUAAAUAGUUAGUUGUAAUGAUCUCAAAGUCAUCUGGCGACAAGCAGGCACUAAAAAACCAACUGAAAUUAAAAAAAUAAAUCAUUUUAAAGUCAACAGACAUUUUUCUAUAUUGAUCGUUUUAAAAGCGAAACUUUGCAACAACUGAGCACAACUCACAAGUUAGUCAAUACAUCUCUUUGUAAUCAGUAUUCAUUAUUCAAUAUAUCCUUUGCAAUUAUUAAAAAAGUAUGCUAAAAUUGAGUUUUUUUUUUUCUUUUCAUUAAUAUGUAUGCUUCUGUGUACAAGACUUGAAAGCAAUUAUUUUAUUGUUUUAAGCGAUCUUUGGAAAAGCAAAGGUUUACGAAAAUAAGGUCAGGUAAUUGAAAUCAGAAAAAUAGAAGAUAAACCAUACAUAAUUAGUUGAGAUAACAAUAGUUAAUAAAUUGUAAUGAUAUUUGUGCAAAAUACAGAUGUCUCUAAUGGGCAUUUUAAUGAAUGAACCAGCUUAGCUUUCAGAGCUUUUAAAUGAUUUUCUAACCGCAGAUCACCGGGAAGUAAAUGGACUAUUAAUGUAAAAGACAGGAACCCUUCAAUACAAACUCCUAUCUCUUAGGGCAGUUACGAAUACACAUAUAUACACAUAUACAUAUAUAUAUAUAUAUAUAGAAAUAAAAUCAACGUUCUGCAUCAUAACAAUGAAUUCACAAAACACCAAAUUGAAGUGAAUUGAAAUCUCAACCUGCAACAUUUAGGCUAACACAGGUAAGCUGUGACUAUAGCCAAGGUGGAGAACUGGUCCAAAUCAACAUGUUUUUGCCUUACUGUUUGAAGUUGGAUUUUCAAUUCAAUGCGAUUCAAUGUUUAGUGAAUAAGCCCCACGAUUUACUUGGACUCUUUGUAGAGAUUCUGUUGGUACAUCCCAUCUACACACAGGGCAGUAUAGGAGCACAUUUUGGGACAAUCACCAGGUGAAUAAAUGGUACGGUUCUGAUGAUUGCUCCAGAUUUAACAUUUUAAAACAGAUUUGCUCCAGGAUUGCCUUAACAAAUGCGUUUUCAUCCUUCUGUAUGUAAUACAAUUUUAAAACAAAUCUAAGCUAUACAUACAGCCAUAAGAAAAGCAUUACACCUAGGUGGAAAUUACAGCAGUACACUCAACCGCAAAUAAAUCGAUAUGUAGAAAUAGCGUUCUGUUCAUUUUUGCACAUCUUCAGUAAUUCAGUUCUUUAGAUAUAAACAUCAUUCAGACACAGACACAAGUUCAGCUGGAGUUACACAAUAUUCUUGUUUUUUUAAACUUUUUUUCCUGUUGAUCAGAAAUACCUUAAGGUGCUGCAAACUAUUUUUAAUGCAACACGAUAUUUCUUAGCUUGUGCAAAGUGCUCCAAAGUUCUAGACUUAUAGAAUAUUCAUUUGUCUAUCACUUUAUACAUAACAUACUGAUUACUAAAUAUUAUUACUAAAAUUAGUGUUGUCAACUUUUAUCUGCUUGGAAUUGGCACUGUAAAUUAAUUACCAAAAUUGCUAUUUUUUUAAAUUUAUUUUAAUUUUGUAAAAGAAAACAUUAGGCCUGUGUAGAACGGGUCAAAUUAAUUAACUGUCUUGUGGUUAAUAUUUGUACUGCUGUGUACAUUAUAUGUCUGUUUAAGCUAAGGUCACUGUAUGUCCAAUAUCAUAGAAUGCUUAAACGGUUUGAGUGGUCAAGCGAUCUCUUGUUAUACUUGAAAAGGGUCAUUAAUAAUGGGUUUGCAAACAUGUCACAUAUUUGCCAGUGGCAAGUCUACAACAAAGUGUACUAAAUGUUUAUUUUGAACCCUGCAAUAUCAAAUAUAAGGACAGUUGAAUUAGAUAGUUGAUCAUUUUCAGAUCUUAAAGGAUGUGUAAACAACACUGCAUUUUUCUUUAAAAGUGAUAAUAACCAACUGCCAAAUAUUUGGCCAACAAAAGUGAUACGUAUAGAACCUGCAGACUUUAGCAUAAUUGUAAUAACAGAUAAUUAUGUAAGUAUAUAAUAAUUACAUAAAUAACACAGGUAUUACAUCCAAGCAGUGAAUACAGAAUGUAGGAGACAUGUAUAAUUUUAAGACAUAAAUAUUGAUAAAAAAAAAUCCUGUCAAAAGUCAAAUUAUGUACACCCCCGAUGCAUAAAAAUGUGAGUUGUGAUGGUUGAUAAGAAGCCACUGGCCAAUCCAAUCUGCUCUUUGUGAGACCUCAUGCUUAUUUAAUGUACUCAUUCAUGGAGACAGUUUUGCAGAAACCCCAGGCACUCAUGCAAUUCAUAGGCUGUUUUUUUGUUUGUUUUUUUAAAUACUAUUGUACUUCGAUUGGAAGGCGGUUCCAGGUAUCCACUAUUCUUUUGAUUGUAGCAGAAAGCAUAACAUUUGCAUAUCAUUUAAACUUCAGUGAUUCGGCAUGUAUAACACUCAUAUAUGCUAGGAUAAGCACAUCCCUAUGGUGUGGAUACUCAUAUUUAUGUAUGCUAAGUAUGUAUUUUCUCUGUUGCUGGUCUACAUGGUAGCACUGUGUAAUAAAUCAGUUUGUCCUGUUUUGAUCUCUAACCAUCCUGCUGUUUCCUCCUCUUCCUGCAGUGCCCCAGUUUAAAAUGAUGGGCUAUUCUUACGACGAGGACCUCGAAGAGCUGUGUCCAGUUUGUGGGGACAAAGUAUCUGGAUAUCACUAUGGACUGCUGACCUGUGAGAGCUGCAAGGUGGGAUAUAAGGACUACUUAUUGCUAUGGGUAUUUUAUUGAUAUAUUUCACAAGUAGGAUUGUAAAUGUACUACAGAUCCAUCUAUUUAUUAUUUAAUUUUGUCAUCAUGAAUUUAUUGAACACCACCAAAUUUCGCAGCCCUAGAUACAAAAAGUAUAUUAUAAUACCUAAUAUAACGUACAGAAACAAAGAGAUACAGCUGGUUUUGAAAGCUCCGUCCACAUGCUUAGACUAAAAGAUGUGUGGGUAUAUAUGUACGGAUUCAGAGCUAGAUUAUUGGUCCUAUUGACAUGAAACCAGAUUUGUGUCCAACGGAAGAUUAAUUCAAGUCUAUAUAUAAAAUUGUGCAUAUUUGUGUUGUACAAAUACAUACAUAAAUAUUUGUGUGUAUUGAUGUAUGUAUUGAUAGAUAUGUGUAUUUGUAGAUAGACAUAUUUGCCUUCUGAAACCUUCAGCUCCGCCAGCUGCUAUAUAACUUGCACUCUGCCAUUACUGAUGCAUUUUCAAGUGCCUGGGUGCAAACCUGUCGUAGUACAUAUAUUGAACUACAUAGAUACCUGCACAUACAUGUUUCAUAUAUACUACACCCAAAUAGAUAAGCAAAAUCUGUGAUUGGCUCGUCUGCUUGCUGAAUGGAAUAAUGUCCAAAAGCAUAACAGUGUAAUAAUAAUAGUUGAUUUCUAAUAUGGCCAUGAAUGUUUUUGUUUGUUUUGUUUUUUCUCAUUUGCAUAUACUCAAUAUUAGGUAAUUGCAUGCCAAUAGUAUAAUCAAUGUAAACAAAGACGUGUUACUGUGGACUUAUCAGUUUACUCACUAAAUAGGGAGGAGACAGUACACUCAUUAAUUUUAAGACAAAAAUAUAAGACUUGAAAACAAUUUAUAAUUAAGUCGAUUUAAAAUUUAUCCAAACUCAGUUAUUUAGGCCUAAUUUUCCAAUUCACUUGCCAACAAUCUGGUUAUCAAAUGUAGGUUUAAGUUGCAAAGAGCUGUGAAUGGAUCUCUUUUACAAAGUAAAUAGUUUCUUCCUGUCCCAGUAGAAAUGUAUGGCAAGUAAUAUAUUUUUUUUUACAACUUUACUAAAAUAUUGGUCUGUAAGAAAGUGAUGAACAUUUAAAUUUAGUUUCGGUUUAAAGCCUUCUAACUGCAAACCUGCCAUUGAACAGGCAAAAUAAAUAGAUGUCCGCUCACUAUAAUAGAAUUUCGCGAUCUGUUUAAAGUUUAAAUAGAUUUUUUUUUCAUUCAAAACGUUAUUUUUUUUUUAUAUAAGUAUGUCUCGCUUGUGUUUUAUUUAUCAGUCUUUUAUUUAUUCACCAAAUACCAUGAUAAAAACUCAUUGCAACAUUUAUGCAAUAAGUGCUGUUUUGGAAUAAUUUGCCAACUCGACCAUAGUCAUAAUUUGACUGUUUAAUCCUAAAUUUAGAAAAAUCCACUACAGUUUGGUGUUUGUUAUAUAAACCCUUAUGUGUUGUUGGUGUAUAAUUAAAAAAUUUACAGACUCUUUACAUUGAUUGUUACGUAAUACAAUGAAGAUGUUAUCAAUACAUUAAAACCGAUUAAUUGAUUAUUUAUGCAUUUUAAAGUUGGUGCUUAUGAAAAGUACAUGCUCUGGUCAGUUUCAUACGGUUAAAUUAAUAUCUCUUAUGUGUCGUGCUAAAUUGAAAUCUUACAAAUACUAGAAAACUGAAUAAUGAGCCAAAAGUUAAAAUUGUGAUUGUGAAAAGUUUUAUUAUCUUUUAUCAGCUUUGAAAUGUUAGUUGUUUUUUUUCUCUAGGUGAUUUAUAGAACUUAUAGAAAUCAUAUAUUUAUGUAUCUGUGCCUCACUUUUAGAUCUUUGUGACUUUAUGUUGCAUAGCACAUUCUGCACAGUGCUGUGAUUUUCAGAUGUAGAAUAAAGAUUUAGGUGUGAGAACACUGAAGGAGUUCAUUGAGUAUUCAAAUAAAUGGGUAAUGCGAGCGUUUGAGUUUCACUUUCCCAAUUAUUUCAGUUAGCAUACAUGUCGAGAUUUUCUGGGUCACUUAUUUCUGAGAUGCUGGUCUAUGCUCAGCAAUAAUCUGAUGAUACCCAAACUAAUUUGUACUCAUCUUGCUAGUUGGUACAAUAUUCGAAAUGCUUGCUCUUAAACUACAGCACUUUAGAGUUUCCACGGGGGAAUUGUUGCAGAUCUCACUGAUUACUGCAGGGCUUAGAAAUUUCGUGAUGGGCGUUUUAGAGUUAAUAAGUUCCUCAUGGUGGACUCUUUAAGAAAGUUCACAGGUAUAGAUAUGAAAACAUAGGGCAAAUGAUAAAUUGGUCAGCAUUCUAAUGCACUCGUAAUUUUAAACUGUUGUAUAAACUCUACUAGCUAUAGAAAAUAUAUUUGGAAAUGCAACCUCAUACUUUUUAGUUUUUUAGCAUUUUAUUAUUUUACGUGUAAGUCCCUUGUAGGACACACAUGUUCAUAGAAGCAGUCACUUAAUAAGGUAAUACAUUAAAAAAUAUGGAAAAAUACAAUAAAAAAUAUAAUAAGAUAUAACAUUUAAAUUUCUUGCUGCCACUGCAGAUUCACACACACGCAGCUACAGCAGAGAGGCCCUCCAAAAAAAACAAAAAACAGAAGUCUGUCCUUCUGGCCUAUGGUGUAUCCCACAAACAUCUAUCUAGCAGGGAUUUAUGGGAUAUAGAGUUUCAGCCCUAGCAGCAUUCCAUUCAUUGAAUCGGAUGAAUGGAACUGCUGAUUAAGCUUAUAGCAGCCAAUUGACAGCCCCAUAAACAGUUGUGUGAAUUUUUGCCUGAGCUGCAGACACACACUUGCAUGGUGUGUAAUAACUAAGAAAGUGCAUGCCACGCAAUUAUUUGUACAGUUAAAGGAGGUGGUGUAAAUACUUCUAUUGAUGUAAGAGCAAAAAGACGUAGGCUUGUAGGCAACUAUAUGUAAUCACACAACAGAUACAGGGAACAUCCUUGAGCCACAACCUAUAGCCACAGGUUGUUAUGGUGCUAGGGUAUCUGUUUAAAGCAAAGAUCAAACAUAUUAUUAAUGUGGUUUAACCACUUUAUUAGGAUCUGUGGAGAAUUGACAAAGGGAUUACAAAUUGUAUGGCCAAAUAGCUAAAACCCCAGUUAAAUUUAUAAUUUUUGUGUAAAAUUUGCAAUUUCUCACAAGUCACAGUUUAAUGUAUAAUGCGCAUUGUGAUAUAUAAAAGCUGAGUCUCACCUAGAACUAUCAUUUUAUUUUUUAUUUAAUCUGCUUUUUUGAAGUACUUCUGAUCAAUUUAAAUAGACUUAUGCAUUUUUCUUAAAGGAACACUAUAGUCACUCAGACCACUUAAUCUCAUUAAAGUGGUCUGGGUGCAGUGUCCCUGUCACACUUAGUCCUACAAUGUAAAUCACGUUCUGCAUGAGGACAUCAAGUAUCAGUAAAACCCUAUAGGAAAGCAUUGAAGCAAUGCUAUCCUAUGUGGAGGGUCUAAUGCACUUGCAGAGCUUGCUGCGCAUGCACAUUAGGUCCCCCAAUGGAUGGCGGCGGAGGAUUCAGGUAAGUGACUAAAGAGUUUUUCAACUCUUUAACUGCUGGAGGGAGGAAGUGAGCGAGAGAAGGGGGUGGGGGGAGACCAGAGGGCUCUGUAAUGUAAGGAAUACAGAUUAGUAUUCCUUACACUAUAGAAUCCCUUUAAUGUUUUACUUUUGUGUCACUUUUCCUUUUGAAUUUAAGAUGGCCGCCAAAUGCUUCAUAGCCUUUCUGUUUUGCAAUGGUGCCAUUUUACAUUAUUAUAUAGUAUUUAGUACAGACCUCAAACACAAUAGCAAACUGAACUGCAAUCAAACGGAAAAACUGUAAACUCAGUUUGUAAUCAAAACAACAAUUUUUUUUAUGGGGCCCAAAGCUUAAAUAAACAAAUUUUAUAUUAAAUACAAUAUUUGUGAAUGCACAUGACUAAGUCUACAAUUUAUCCUGUAAGCCAGCAAAACUCUUUUAUAACACUUGUGUAAACUGAAAGUCUCAAAGAAAACCCUUGCAAUACACAUUAAGGAACCACCAUAGGCCAAAGCAUGCUCGGUUUCUUUUCAUAUUCUGAAUUGCAAACAUAAUUUCAAAGGUCACCAACGGGUUAAAACUCCAUGUUUGCGUACGCAUUGCAAAAUUUGCAUCAACCUUCUAUGUUCUAACUAAAUUAUCUGCAGCAAAUCUAUUUUUCGAAUUAGAAAGUAUAUUAUUAAAUUUAAAUGAAGCAUGUAUUUAACAGAGCAUUCUGUAUAUUUAUCACAUUUAACUAAGUGUCUGUUGGCUGAUUUCCCAUAAUCUGUACUAUCCCUUCUGUUUAGCAGAUGAAUCUCUAUCAAAUAAUUUACUCCCAAUUCAUGAUAAUUAUUUGGGAUGUAGAGGGCUAAGCAAGUAGAGCUUGUCUACAUUCCUUGCAACAGCCUGUUCGAGUAUUCGCUAAUUCCAUUUCUGUUAUCUGUUCAGGGUUUCUUCAAGCGAACGGUUCAGAACAAUAAGAGAUACACGUGUAUCGAGAACCAGACCUGCCAGAUCGACAAGACUCAGAGGAAGAGAUGUCCGUAUUGUAGGUUCCAGAAAUGUCUGAGUGUGGGAAUGAAGUUGGAAGGUAGGAGAAGAAUGGUGGGACAGGAUUGUUGAGUUGACCACUUGAUUUUAGGAGGAUUGGAGGUUAUUUACAAAGAAUAAUUGCUACGUAUUCUUCUGAAGCAAACUGCUGAAACAUUCCGUUGUUUUCUGUUAUAGUUACUUAAAUCAUAAAAUUGGUUUCUCCAAAACAUUUUUCUCUCAACUUUACUCUUAGAAAUUAAGACUUAUGUCAUGACGAUUUACAGAAAGUUUCCAGGUGCAUUUCUGUGCACAUUGAUUGAAUUAGUGAUUUUAAGCACGUCCAUAAGGGUCGUAAUCAUGCAAACAUUUUAAUAUUUCUCUAUAUAAUUGGUGUAAUUAAUCAAACAGCAUUGUGUGUUGCAAAGCAUUCAAUAAGUGUUAUGCUGAAAACCUAAAUAAUUUUUACUUCUCAAGUUGUUGAUUUUGAUAGACCAGGGUUAAAGAGGCAAGAAGUCAUAAAAAAUGGUUGUAAAAAAUAAUAUGUCAAGCUGAAAUUAGUUGAUAAAAUGAGCAAUAUUAUGCAGUUGUUGUAGUAGUUCUCCAGGGCAGUUCUUGGGUUAAAGAAUAGCUUUGUUUUGCCUAGUCUGCACUUUAUUCCCUCUAGUUUUGAGUGGUUAUACUAAUUUGCGAGUACCACCCACUUUACCAGAAUACAUUGAAAAGGUAAGGGAAAUAUAUCUCUAUGCUGUGGUUCCUGGUGCAGGUAAGGGUAGCUUUACAUAAAAAUUCAAUGCAAUGUCACUUAAAAGUUGACUUUUGUACAGUUUUAACUUAUUAUAAAACACGUUUUAUAAUUUUCUCUUUUGUGAUUGAUUUUUAAAAAAUGACAGUAUAUUUUAAAUUAAAAUACAACUGCAUAUGUGUGUACGCAUUUUUCAUGAUGCUGCAGUAUGACUAUAUGUGUAACAAAUUUAAAGAUUAACGUGUGUAUGUGUGCGUGUGUUUGUGUGUGUGUGUAAAAUUACAAAUCUCACAAAUAUGCACAAACAGGAUGUUUAUUUCCAUGUGUGUAAGUUAAAAAUUUUUAUUCAAAUGUGUUUGCAAUGUGUAUGUUCUGUUAUGAUCAAGUGAUCUGUUCAGUGAUGUCAGUCUCUUUUCAAUUUUUGAAAAUAAAAAAACCCAGGACACAUUUGUAGGUUUCCAGAUGUGAAAGGAAUAGUGUAUAGAAAGCACAAAAAGAAAAAUAAACGUGGCAGACCAAGAAAUGUGAGAGUGCCCUGGGUUUUCUCUCUAGAAGUUUUUUCUUACCAGUCUUUUUCUGUGUCUAAUUAAUGUAGGAAUUUCAGAAAUAAUUUAGAAAAAAAAGCUGCUUGCAACUUCCCAUAUGAAUUUUUUUUUAUAGUUUUUCUAUCAGUCUGUUAUCCUAUCAGUCAGUCAAUGUACUAUAAGUCACACACUACUACUAGAGAUUUGGUACCCGGUUUAUUGACUUUUGGAAGGAUGAAAGGCUGAGUGUACCCAUUGGGAUAUGAACCUAUCUCCUUCAAACCUCUUUGCAUUUCUUCCCAGUAUAUGUUGCUGACAAUGAGUUGAAACACUGGGGACAUUUUUUAGUAGAUUGUGUGAACACCCUCCCCUCAGUGAAGAGUAAGUAAGGAAGCAUGCGAUGAAACGGCAGUCACAGGGCGUCAAGAGGAAAAAAAUAGAAAAGUGAAGCAACUGCAGUAAGGUGGAACAGAAUAUGAGAGCAAAAUCAUGUUGAAUGUAAAACAAUAAAAAAGGCAAUGAGAUUUAUUGGGUCAAAAUAUAGGGGCAAACAUAAUGAAUAAAUAUUCGAAUAAAAGACAAUUACACCAAUAGUUAAAAAAAAAACAAAAAAAAAAACAGACAAUAAAGAUUUAUGUUCUAAUCAAUAUAACUAAAAAUAGUAAAAUAGUAUGGCAUACACCCAGGGCCGGCCCAAGGUAUUGUGCUGCCUGGGUCCAAGGAUGAAAUUCUGUUUCCCCUUCCCCUCUCCCUCCCCCCACCUCACACCUCACACACAACCAUUAUGUUAUGCAGUUUGAAUAGUGAAUGCAGUGUCUGUGUAGGAAAUAAAUAUUGCAUAUUGCUUGCGGUGUGUAUAGUGAAUACAUUGUGUGUGUGUAUAGUGGAUACAGAGUGUGUGUUUGUGUAGUGGAUGCCGUGUGUGCGUGUGUAUAGUGAAUGCAGAGUGUUUGUAUAGUGGAUACAGAGUGUGUGUGUGUAUAGUGAAUGCAGAGUGUGUGUAUAGUGGAUACAGAGUGUGUGCAUAGUGGAAACAGAGUGUGUGUGUGUAUAGUGAAUGCAGAGUGUGUGUAUAGUGGAUACAGAGUAUGUGUUUGUGUAGUGGAUGCCGUGUGUGCGUGUGUAUAGUGAAUGCAGAGUGUGUGUGUGUGUGUAUAGUGAAUGCAGAGUGUGUGUAUAGUGGAUACAGAGUGUGUGUUUCUGUAGUGGAUGCAGUGUGUGUGUGUAUAGUGGAUACAGAGUGUGUGCUUGUGUAGUGGAUGCAGUGUGUGUGCAUAGUGGAUACAGAGUGUGCGUGCGUAUAGUGAAUGGAGAGUGUGUGUAUAGUGGAUACAGAGUGUGUGUAUGUAUAGUAAAUGCAGAGUGUGUGUGUAGUGGAUACAGAGUGUGUGUUUGUGUAGUGGAUGCCGUGUGUGCGUGUGUAUAGUGAAUGCAGAGUGUGUGUAUAGUGGAUACAGUGUGUGUGUGUGUGUGUGUAUAGUGAAUGCAGAGUGUGUGUAUAGUGGAUACAGAGUGUGUGUUUCUGUAGUGGAUGCAGUGUGUGUGUGUAUAGUGGAUACAGAGUGUGUACUUGUGUAGUGGAUGCAGUGUGUGUGCAUAGUGGAAACAGAGUGUGCGUGCGUAUAGUGAAUGUAGAGUGUGUGUAUAGUGGAUACAGAGUGUGUGUAUGUAUAGUGAAUGCAGAGUGUGUUUGUGUAGUGGAUGCAGUGUGUCUGUGUGUGUAUAGUGGAUGUAGUGUGUGUGUUUGUGUAGUGGAUACAGUGUGUGUGUGUGUAUAGUGGAUACAGAGUCUGUGUUUGUGUAGUGGAUGCAGUGGGUGCAGAGUCUGUGUUUGUGUAGUGGUACUAGUGUAGUGUGGGGCUAGAUAAGGGCUGUGAGGGGAGAGUAGUUUUUUUUAAUAUUUAUAAUUUAGUUUUCCCCCCUCCCUGCCUUUUACCUGUGGUCAGGGAGGGGGGACAGUAGUUUUCCUGGUGGUCCAGUGGCACAGCAUGCUGUUAGUGUUGUCAUGGCAACACACAGCUGGCGAGUGGACAUGACCUAAUACUGCAGGAGGUGCAAGAUUACACUCCUGAGCCACUUCUUCACAGGAUACGCUAGCAGGGGCUGGGGACUCCAUAUGUAUAUGGCGGUACUCAAUAUAUAUAUAUAUAUAUAUAUAUAUAUAUAUAUUGAGUACCGCCAUGUGUGUAAAAUAAAGAUGCAUAGUGUCUGGUCUAACCAAUCCUCAGCCCUUUUUUGUCUAAAACUUUAUUUUUGUUGUGAAGGAGAUAGCAGGUAAAUAUGUUCGUCAAUAACAUGCUAGCCAGGAUAGUGUAACAUCAAAUUUAGGAAUUGUAUUAAUGCAAGGAUAACUGAAAACAUGUCAGCAUCAGAAUGAGUUAUAAUAUCUCGUUGCCAAGGUCUAGGUGAUCCAUCCCACAGAUAACAAAAUGUCCAUAUUAACCAAACAUCAUAUCGUCUCCAUGCUGCAAGCAUAUCAUGUUCAACAGAGUAUGAAGAGGUGGUCUGAGAAAGGGCCUAUUGGAACCUACCGUCAUAGCAUAGAAGAGAAUCAGAGUCCCUGAAAGAACAGGGAUCCCAUAAGUAGAUACUCUAUUUCUUCCAGGAAGACUCUCAUGUAGUGUUACCAGAUGCAAAGUUUAGUCCUCCGCUAACUCACAACAUAGCAGUAGGAGUCGUGCAGAACCUUGCACCACAAUCUAGUCCAGUGCGAUAAUCUCACCCAAAAUUCCUCAGAUAAUUUGCUUAGUUUGGCCAGUACAGAUUAGACAGUAUGGGGAGACCACAAGACUGUAGAGGCAUCCACCAUCUUAAAUCCUGUUGCACCUGUUAUGUGGAUUCGUCACGUUGGCCAUGUUGGUCCAGAAUUUAGUAAAAUGGCAUAAAUUUAAAAAUGAUAUAUGGGUCAUAUAUGAUAAAUCUUAACCGUCACUCACGUCACUUUCAACUGUUCGUAGCUAAGCUAUUUGCCAACCUCAAUAAAAGCUUAUUGAAUGGGUUAACAAUUUCUGUCUAACAAAUUAUUUCACAAUUGAAAUGGCAUUUCAGCUAGGGACAAUUCAUUAGCGACAUUUUGCAACGUAAUCCUACAGAUCAUUCUACAUGUUUAUUAAGAAAAUAUCAAAUUAUUGUCCAUUGACAAUAGCCGAAUUGCUAAGGCCAGCAUGUUUUAACUGGAGACUUUUUCUAACUGUGAAAUUUAGCUCUAAAGUUUGUGAUUCAUUGGUCAAAUCUAGUGAUCUGAUAUAGAAUGAAAAAGGAAUCCAGAGACAAAAAUUCAAUAACCACCCUACCCCUCCAAAAAAAACCUGCCCUUUUAGAUGUUAUCGUUGUUCUUAGAAUAAAAGUGCCCAAUUUUUUUAUCACAAUGGUCUGGCCAAAGGAGGAGCUGGGGGGAAGAUUUGCUUACCCGAUAAGGCAAAUGUCAAGGUUUGAAGGUGAAGAAGGAGGCUGCCUCUCUUACCAUCGAACUCCUGGCAAGUUGCAAAGCCUUCAGCUUACUCCAUAUAGUCUUCACAACCAAGAAAGUCACUGACAGAGGGGUUAUAAAUGGUCUCAGAGGAAUCCACAAUAACAAUUAAAUAAUCUCUGCCAAGUGGAAGUAUCAGAAAUAUGUUUUAGCAAUACAUUUAAUAUUUAGAAUGCACACUCACUGCAACCUGUGGCCAUUGACCAUAGCUAUGUUACUUUAAACUACAUGUACACGUCUAUAUUAAAAAGUUGGAAUUUCUUCCUUAUUCUGAACAGUAUGCGAAUCUUACUGAACACUGUGAUAUGAACAGUCUUCCUGAAAAAAAAAAAUAAAUAAAUUUCUAUAACUCACAAUCCUUAUAAAUGAAACAGCAUUGUAUAUUUUGCUAAUAGUCCAAUUAAGCUUAAAUUGCCAGCUAUAAAUGACUGAGAUUCAUUAAUUGCAGAUGUAUUUAUGCUAGAUGUGUACCUCAGAUCCCCAUGCAUUUUUAAUGGAGCUGUAAUCUCUCUUUUGCAUAAGAGCCACUGGCCAAGGUGGGCUCCGUCUGUGUCACCCGCUAUCCCAUUAAACUUGCACUGCAACAAAACUCACCGCUGUGACAAACCCCAUUAAAAUCACCCCCCUGGCUGCAGCUGAAACACAUUUAUUUUUAAUUAUUCCAAAAACCAAAAAGCUUUCUUUUUAGAAGCAGCACAGUAUUAACUAAAACUUGCUUUUCUGUUAAAAGGAAAUGGUGAGUUGACAGACUUGUAGUAUAUGAAUGCAUUAUACGCGUGAUUGCACACACACACACACACACACACACACACACACACACACAAUAUCUCUCGUAGGCACUAUUGCCUCGGAAGCAAUAAUAGUAUAGCGUAACAUAUUAACAUAUUAAUUUAUUUAGGAAAGUUGAUCAAUUGUAAUAAACAAUAAAAUAAUUCCAAUGACUGAUAAUAUUGUAAAAAGGGUAAAUACUGUAGUUUGGUGAUUAAAAGCAAGUGUGUUUAAUUUGGAAAGGGUGAGUGCUGCUUACUCUUAGAAAUGCAAAAAGAAAUAACGGGUCAGAUAUAAUGGUACCAAUCUAAUAUGCCUCAUUUCUGUUUCUGAAUCUGUAUUUCAUAAAAAGUAUUAAGGUGCAUUUUUGAAAUUUAUAAAUCUGAGUAUCAAAUAGCAAAAAUAAAUUAAUAAGUAUAUCUGUGACUUAUUGUAUUACUAUAUCAUCAUAGCCAUUUAUAUUUCAAGGAUAAAAGGCAGCACUCUACAUGUUAAAAAAAAAAUCUAUAAUUUUGUAAUAUAUAUUGAUCGACAAAAACAUACUCACGUAAACCACAUCAAAUGUAUAUCAUUUAGAAACAUAGAAACUUUUGCAGACAUGGCCAGUAACAUACAUGUACUAGUAAUGGCACCUUCUUUUGCCAUUAAAACUAUUUUUUUUAGUUAAUAAAGGAAAUGUUUGAAGUCAUUCUACAAUUAUAAUUUGUGUUAGUCAAUUACAAAUCAAUCUUGCCUAUAUACCCAACAGAAAAUAAUUCUGAAUCGAUAGUUCGACAAAAAACAGGAAAUUUAUUCGGAGAAAUUUUGUCCAGUUAGUAAAAUGGCAUAAAUUUUAAAAUGAUAUAUGGGUCAUAUAUGAUAAAUCUUAACCGUCACUAACGUCACUUUCAACUGUUUAUAGCUAAGCUAUUUGCCACCUCGAUAAAAGCUUAUUGAAUGGGUUAACAAUUUCUAUCUAUCAAAUUAUUUCAGAAUUGAAAUGGCAUUUCAGCUAAGGACAAUUCAUUAGCGACAUUUUGCAACAUAAUCCUACAGAUCAUUCUACAUGUUUAUUAAGAAAAUAUCAAAUUAUUGUCCAUUGACAAUAGCCAAAUUGCUAAGGCCAGCAUGUUUUAACUGGAGACUUUUUCUAACUGUGAAAUUUAGCUCUAAAGUUUGUGAUUCACUGGUCAAAUCUUCACUGUAAUGGUUUAGUAAAUAAACCUACAGAUAUGCAGAUAUAAUAAAUGUGAAGAGCAAAUUUCAAAGUAGUGAUCUGAUAUAGAAUGAUAUAAAAAAAACAAAAAAACCUGCCCUUUCAGAUGUUAUCAUUGUUCUUAGAAUAAACGUGCCCAAUUCUUUUAUCAUAUGGGUCUGCUUGCUAUAAUAGGCCCCUUAGGGUUUUGUUUGUAUCACCAAAGAUAAACUUUACUCUGGUAACUGAAUAGAAAUAUUCUCAUUGACAUCUAGAUGAAAAAUGCUAUUCAAUUAACAGAGAUAUGCUUAUCUCUUUUAAUAAACUCUAGCUCCUAGUAAAUAUGGAAGUACAUUUGGCUGCAGAUUUAUCUACAAAUGAAAAUAUAACUACCUAAUUGUACUUAUUUAAUGAGUCCAUUUAUAUCAGUAAGUUGUUAAAUAAUGAAUUAAGUUUGUUGACUUUGCUGUCUUUUCCUUCCCUUAAAGAGGUUAAUAAACUAUUAAGACAGUCAGACUAAAACUAACAAAUUAAAGCAAUGUGACAUGUGCUCUUUUUUAUUUAUAUGCGUGUGGUUCAAAGUACAUAAGUCACACUGUGUCCAGUUCACUUAUACAAUUGAAGUAAAUAGACUGGGCAUUUUGGUUUCAAUUACUUCAAUAGCAAAUAAAAUUUAAUUUGAGCCUCUACUCUUUCUUCACAGCUGUGCGGGCCGAUCGGAUGCGUGGAGGAAGGAACAAGUUUGGGCCAAUGUACAAAAGGGACCGUGCUCUGAAGCAGCAGAAGAAGGCUUUGAUUCGAGCGAAUGGACUAAAAUUAGAGGCAAUGAGCCAAGUCAUCCAAGCUAUUCCAACGGACCUAACCAUUUCAUCUGCUAUCCAGAACAUCCACUCAGCAUCAAAGGGUCUACCUCUGAACCAUGCUGCCCUACCCCCAACAGACUAUGACAGAAGUCCUUUUGUAACAUCACCCAUCAGCAUGGCAAUGCCACCUCAUGGAAGCCUGCAAGGUUACCAGUCCUAUGGACACUUUCCCAGUCGUGCAAUUAAAUCAGAGUACCCAGACCCUUACACAAGUUCACCUGAGUCCAUCAUGGGAUACUCAUACAUGGACAGUUAUCAGUCUAGCUCCCCAUCAAAUAUCCCACACCUCAUUGUGGAACUCUUGAAAUGUGAACCAGAUGAACCUCAAGUGCAAGGGAAGAUUAUGGCCUACUUACAGCAGGAGCAAGCAAACAGGAGCAAACACGAUAAACUCAAUACUUUUGGACUCAUGUGCAAAAUGGCAGACCAGACGCUUUUUUCCAUUGUUGAAUGGGCAAGAAGUAGCAUCUUCUUUCGAGAGCUAAAGGUAGGACAGUAAAUUGUGAGGCUUUUUUUUUUUAUGUUUCGUAGUCUUGUGCUCACGUACCUUUAAAAGAAAUUUGACAUGUGUCUCUUAGCUCAUAAAUCAUUUCAUGUUCCUAGGAAAGGGAAGUGAUUCAUUCUUAAUUACCAAAUAUCAUUUAUUUUCUUUGUAAAUAACUUAUUUUUAUUAAUUAACACAGGUUUAGAAAAAAAAAUAUUUUUUGUUAAUAUAGCUCACUAUAAACCUAAGCAAAACUCUUUUAAGGUGAAUUAGACACCAUGGUCAUCUUCGAAAAAAUGAAAGGAAUACAUUAGAGUUGUCUUUACGUCCCUGGAAUCAAUAGGCGUACAUUCUCUAAAAAUAAUUCACCCUUUCCCAUGCAUACUGCAGUCACUGCUUUACUGUUAAGCCAUUAACAGCUGUAGGAGCUGUCUUUGGGUUCACAGAAUAGCUGGGCAAAAUUAAAGAACAAGGAGGUUUUUCUUGCUUUUUAUGGGUACCUCGCUAGGGCUUAGAAUUGUUGUUCAAACAACACCUAUUUUUGACAAUAUCCUGCAUGCUUCCACCUAUGAAACAUCUUAUGUCAACUAAUGUCCCACCCUCUAAUGUAUUACUUUAUACUUACAUUAAAGGGACACUAUAGUCACCAGAACAACUACAGCUUAAUAUAGUUGUUCUGGUGAGUAUAAUAGCUCCCUUCAGGCAUUUUCAUGUAAACACUGCCUUUUCAGAGAAAAGGCAAUGUUAACAUUGCCCCUAGGCACACCUCCAAGUGGCCACUCCUUAGAUGGCUACUGUUGGUGCUUCCUGGCUCAGGACUGCACAGUAAGCAGCCCUGCCAUUCAGCGUCCCCACGUUCUGCAUGGAGAUGCUGAAUUGUUCUCAUAGAGAUGCAUUGAUUCAAUGCAUCUCUAUGAGGAGGUCCUGAUUGGCCAAAACAGCAUUUGCCCCACCCCCAUGCUGAUUUUAGCCAAUCCAAUGCUUUCCCUAUGGAAAGCAUUGGAAAAGGAAUCCAGAGAAAAAAAUCCCUAUGGAUUGGCUAAAAAUUGGCCAUUGUGAUGAUGUCACAAAGAGCCUGUUAACACCAGCGGACCCGCACGGUGUUGGAAAUAAGGUGAGUUUUAAACUUUUAUAGGGGGGGGUAAAGAGGGGCAAGCCACUAUAGGGCCAGGAAUACAUGUUUGUGUUCCUCACCCUAUAGUGAUCCUUUAAUAAGCUUACUUCCCAUUAAAUCACUCCUUGUCACACCUAUAUUUCUACAUGUGCACUAUAGCCAUGGCUAUAUACUUAAGAAUUUCAGGUUGGUCAAUAUUUAAAAGGGCACCUUUACCUACUAUAGUCUUUAGGGAGCACUCUGGUCUAGCUCUCCUAGUGGAGCUGUACCAAAAUAGGAAAGUGGUUAUAUUGAAAGUUAAGCUGGAGUUUUCUGCUACAUUUUUAAAAUUGCCAACUUGGCGAUCCAAAUCUUCUACUGGGAUGGAAGAUGAAAAUUGUACUUAAUUGAGGAUCAAAAGGAGCACAUAGUAAAUUUCUACCCGGGACAAAUGAACGCACCUCUCCUUUCUUGUUUAUAGGCAUUGUAUUAAAAUAUUUUAGUGCCCUCUCUCACAGAUGUCAAUGCUUGGCAUGGUCAUUAAACUUGGGUACAACUAGAGCAUAAAGAAAGUUAAGGAUUGUUGUAAAAAUAAUAGGGAUGACAGGGAAGGGGUGAAAAAAAGAAAAAUAGAUAAUAUUUAUUGAGAAUUAGAAGUUAAUUUCUCAUGGUUCAAAAUGUGACUGUACCAUGGGCGCCAAAACAAAUUUCUAUGUGUCCAUGGGUCAUAGGACGAGGGAAAUAUGGAAGCUCAAGAAAGUCCAACCUCAAGCUAAAUGCGCUGUGUUUUAAUAACCCAAAUCGAACCAUGGACCAUUCUUUCACAGUACACUUACACACUCUUAGUUAUUGAAAAUACACUUUACUGACCCAUGGGGUCAGGAUUUUCCACAGCAGUGCUGAAAGGAUGUUUAAUUAUUUAGGCUAACAAGUCACAUAUAAUUAGGCAGCUUGAAGUGUCUUAGUUUUUUUAAGUUAUAAAAGCAGGAAAUGUCUUUAACGGGCUUGAUGAAAGGAACGUUCAAGUCUGUUCUUUCAAUUACUGAGAGCGCACAGCAGACACAGCAGUCAGUCCAUUGUACAAGUCACUAAAUUGUACAACUUCCCUGCCAGUUGUUAAAAACAGCAGUAAUUUUCCAGCCACUUGUCUCGUUCAGCGAAGAUCUGAUGUGUAUUGAUAGUAUUUUUUUCCCUUAAAGGUUUAAGCCUUUGUAUAGUUUUUUUUUUUGUUUGUUUGGAUUCCUUUGCAUAUUAUUAUUAUUCCCGUAACAGCAAUACAGUUUUUUUUGUGUGAGCUAUUAAUAUCACUACCGCUAGUACACAAUAGGGCAUUUUUUAAAAUUUCUUAAAUAUUUUCUAUCAUUAGAAUGAUUUGAUUGCAUAAUGUGACCGUGUGCUAAACCGUAUUAUUUUUAAUGUGAUGGACCGUUUUUUUCUGCUAUGCUGCUUACAAUGGCCACCAAUCAAUAUAAUAAUUUUUUUAUAAUACACAAAUUAUUAUUUGAUACUGAUUUUAUGUAGUUGGGUUAAAAAUGAGUCUCCAGGUUUGACAGCGAGAUAUUGGGUAAUACAACUUGGAUGGAAAACUUAUAUGUUUCACCGCCCACAUCUAUAUCACAAAAUACUUGCCCACUUUAGCUAUGAAAUUGCUUAUUCCCAGCCAUUCGUUGCCAUUUUUUAUUUCACCUUCCCACUCUGUUUUGUGGCUACCCAAAUGCCUAACAAAUAUCAGAUAAUAGGCAAUGUUUACAUUGCUGGCUAAUUACACCUCUCGUGGCAGUGCUGCACAGUGUGGGAAAGCUUCGGAUUAGCUAAAAUCAUCACGAUUGAUGAUCUAAGCCAAUGGUUCCCAACCCAGUCCUCAAGUACCCUGUACCAGUUCAGGAUUUAGGGAUUACCCUGUUGUGUCUAAGGUGUUUUUUUUUUUCCUUCUAAAAACCCCUUAGACACAACUGGGUAAUCCCUAAAUUCUGGACUGGUAGGAGGUACUUGAGGACUGGGUUGGGAAUCACUAAUCUAAGUCAUGGAGUCGGGACCAGGAGAAAAGGAGAGUAAAACCACCUUUAACCCCUUAAGGACACAUGACAUGUGUGACAUGUCACGAUUCCCUUUUAUUCCAGAAGUUUGGUCCUUAAGGGGUUAAUCUCCAGAGAGAGAGAGAAUGGCCAUGGACCCAAUACCACAUUCCAGCACUAUAGUGUCAGGAAUACGUCUUUAUAUUCAUGACACAGUAGUGUUCCUUUAAUUUCCUAGUUUCAUUUACAUUUGCCCUGUGAUGGUUCUGUGUUACAGCAUAUUCUUAUAUUCUAUAGUCUUAUUGUUACCAACCCGACUUGCAUUCUCAUUUAUCCUGUCCUCCGAUUUCUUUGAUAUGUCUUGUCCUUAUGAUUUAGCAGGUUUUUACUAUUUCAGCUUUCAACUUUAAUAAUAUGUUAAAAAAUUCCUGCACAUGCAUGAAAGAUGCAUGUAGUCUAGUACUUUGUAUAUAUACCAUAUAUGUGAUCCCUGACAUCAGCCAGGCCUCAUCCCAAGAUCAAUGAAUUAUUAAAGGACCACUAUAGGCACCCAGACCACUUCAGCUUAAUGAAGUGGUCUGGGUGCCAGGUCCAGCUAGGAUAAACCCUUUUUUCUGUAAACAUAGCAGUUUCAGAUAAACUGCUAUGUUUACCUAUGGCUUAAUCCAGCCUCUUGUGGGGGCACCCUCAGGGCACUAUAGUGCCAGGAAAACGAAUAUGUUUUACUGGCACUAUAGUGGUCCUUUAACCCCUUAAGGACACAUGACGUGUGACAUGUCAUGAUUCCCUUUUAGUCCAGAAGUUUGGUCCUUAAGGGGUUAAAGGAACUUGGUGAGUUAUGAUGAACAUGUGUGUACAUACAUAUAUGUACAAGUAUAAAAAUAAUAUGAAUAUGCUUCCACUGCCUAUCCUUUGGGGAUGAACUGUGAUUAAAGGAACACUAUAGCUUCAGGAAUACAAACAUGUAUUCCUAAUGCUAUUGUGCUCUACUGCUUAUUUACAUUAGAGGACAUCCCUAAAUAUAAUAAAAAGAAUGUAAAUAAAGGUUUUAUCUAGUAUUUAUGCAUUGCAGCGUCAUUGUCUUUGCAGCCAGUAGCUCCACCUCCUGCAUCAUCAUCUGGACUGCUUCGCUUUCAAUGAAAUUAUUCUCAGAGAAUUAUUACGAGUGAAAAGCACGUGCCUCGCUUGUCCGUUCAAAUGCUUCUCAUAGCGUAGCAUUGAAUCCCAUGGUUCCAUAUGAGCAGUAUUUAAUGUCGAUCAAAGUCCCUAUGAAUGUCACAUGACCAAGUCAAACUCAGUAGCCACAGUGGAAGUGCCGCUAGUGGCUGUCCAGAAGACAGCCACUCGAGUUAUGUUUAGCCCUGUGAUUGGAUGUCUGCUGCAUCCAGAUGAAGUGGUCUGGAUGCCUUUAGUGGUCCUUUAAAUAAUUGUCAGCCAUUCCACAUCCAGGGCAUGGAAGCCUUGGGUUCUUUCGGUUUAUAUAUUAACAUCUUCAGUAUGUAUUAUAUUAUGCAUGAGCCUUUAUGAAAGUCAAUCUUAUUAGGUGGCAAUCUAUGGUCCGUUUUUAGACAGGUACCUCUUUACUCCUUGACUCAUGUUCCUUAGGAAAAAAAAUUAUUCUCUGCGGGACUGAGCUAAUAAACACUGAUUAUUUAAAGACAUCUUGGACUUUAAGAAACACCAAAACAAGAGAGUGAGGAUUUUGCUUAUGGGUGAUUAUAAACAGAGGAAAUAUAUAUGAAUAAAGUGUUCUGGCCCCCUGUCCUAUGUUAUAUUUAGCACUUCCAGUAAUAUGAGCCAAGCAGGAACAAAAGGAGGGUUAAAUAUAGAAGUGGUAUAAUAAAUAGCCAUGAAUAUUCCUCGGCUAGUGUUUCCAUGUCACAGGGAGCAUUCAAAAGGGCAAUUACAUGUGUCAGGAAUGGUUAUUGUUAUGGCUAGGUUUUAAUUAAAGGGACAGUAGUGUUAAAAAAUUAUCCUUAGGUUCCGUAGAACAAAUCUUGAUUUGAUUCUUUGCCCAGCUAUUUUACAUUUUGAAAAGUCUUUAACUCAGUUUUCAGUUGUUGAGUGAAUCGACAGUCUCUAGAACUACACGUGUGCACAUGCGUUAGAAGUGUUAGAAGAGCUCUCUCAGUGCAAGGUUUGUGACAAGUGAACUUAAUUUUUUGUCACCCAUAGUGGUGAUUGCAAGGAAGCAUACUGAGGUAGGUUGUCCACAUCACAAACUGGGACAAAACCUGGCUAACUAAAGUCAGUGACAUGUGAAACUUGUAAAAGGUUAUCUGUCAAAAUCUUAUACAAAUAAGUAGGUGCACUAUGUUCUAAUUGAUUACCAUGACAGCAAGUCUGGUUAUUUCAACCUUGCUACAUUAUGUGACAUGUAUCAGAUACCAUAUCAGUUAUGCACUAUCUGGAGGUUUUUUAUUGCAAAUUGGGCACUGUCUUGAUGCUGGGGCUAUAUGGCACAGCCGCAGGAGAAAUCAGGAAUGUUCAUGUAAGCUAUCCAACACUCACAGGACUAGCAGUGAGAUUAAUAAAUCAGGACAGCCAGCACCUAUGAUGCUUGCUUUAGAAAAAUGCCUAAGGGGUUAAUUCCUCUUCACCCUAUGUGACAUGGUUCAGCUAGAAGGAACUAGCACGUUAAACAUGUACCAAUGUGCAUGUUUAAAGGGCUAGCUACUCCUCUCCCAGAGAAAUAUACUGUCAGUGUUAGGAUGCACUUACCAAGAAGUCAAUUGUAUAAACAAUACAAAAGUAGAAUGUUAGGACAAAUAAUUGGAAUUAAGAGUAACUAUAUUAGACUGUUGUUUGGGAGACACUUUAAAAAUAAAGUCUUUGUUUACUUCCUGUUAUAAAUAUAAAAACAAAUAAACACAUCAAUCCCCCCUAAAAAAAUACAUAAACUAAACACUAUUUAUUUAGUUCAUGAGCCCUUUUUAUUUACAUUGAGUAUCUAAUUAUGUUACUAUUGUAUUUAAGUAAAGUUUACUGGUGUGGCUGAGAUUACAGUUGUGCUUUCUGUCCAUUUAUCUGUAUAGAAGACAAUAGUAAAUUAAGCUAUUACACUGCUAGAUGACCUUGUUGUAAUGAUGACUGCAUUUGAUAAAACAAAACACUGUUUUGCAGACAUGGUCAGUGGCGGAAUGGUGUGUAAUACGAGGUCAGUCUUGAUUCAAUUAUUGUUCUCCGUGCUUGGUAGUCUUAUGCCUCAAUUUGUGAUACACUCAUGAAGAGGCCAGCUGAUACUUCAACAUCAGUUUAAUUUCAGAAGUGAUUUUUAUUCCAUUGGACGCAUUCAUCUAAUAUACAUAAUAGCCAUGUGGGUAAGAGGAUAAGGCAGGCACAAUGUGUACAUUAUUAAUUUGUGUUCUGCAGCGCUGCCAUUUUCAAUGAGGACAAGGAGCAAUCUCUGGCCAGAAUAUUACAAGUACCACGGUAUACCAUGGUGUGUCCAUGGCAGGGGCAUGAAUGAAGAGGCAUUUCAGCCUAUGUGCAAGUGCUCCAGUAACAUUUGAUCUCUUUGCCGGGCACCUGGUUUCCUGGUUGCAUCCACACCUUGAUAACACGUUCAACGUCACCCUUGAAACGAAUCGUGUUACUGCUCCCCUAUUCCCAAUCCCCCUCACCUACUCCCUUUCGUAAGUAAUUGUGAUCUCUUUUGCAAUGAAACGUCAACCUUUUGUAACCUGUUAGUCACUUCACAUCUGCAGCUUGUGAUAUCAGCAUUGGAAAUAUCGAUGACAGUCACUGGGCAGUGCUAUAUAUGCUGUAUAAUUCAGGGCUCGGAAUUUCAAACCUUAUGCUACUAGACAGGCCUAAAUGUUACUAGCCAUUGCAAGCCUGAAAGAUUGGUAGAAACAUAGAAUGUGAUAAGAACCAUUCGCCCCAUUUAGUCUGCCCAAUUUUCUAAUACUCUCAUUCGUUCCUAGCCUUAUGUUAUAUCUAGCAUAGCCUUAUGCCUAUCCAACCAUACUUAAAUGCCCUCGCUCAUGGCACACUCACCAGGGGGGGAUUUCUAUUCACUGACAUUCACCCCUGCUGAAUAUUUACUUGCCAGUGACUAGUAGGCAAGUGGAAGUUUUGAGUCCUGAUAUAGUAUAGCAUCUUGUAUAUGCAUUAUAUAUAUACACUAUAUUAUGUAUUAUCAUUUCUUUUCUCUACUAUAGUAUUUGUCAUUAUAUACAAUUUUAACCUACAUUUAAUUUUAUUUAUUUGGUAAAUUAUGUGUUUUUAGGAUGCAAAACAUAAUUAUACACACAGAUCUGCCCUGUUUUGUAAUGCAUCAUAUAAAGCAUUCAAGUUAUGCAAAAAAGGAAAGAAAACAAUUAACAAAUAUAUUCUCACCUUUCCUGUAGCUGAACUUCUGAGAGAUGGAUUUGAUAGAAUCUUGUCCACCAAUGUCCUACAGGAUGCAUAGUUUAUUAUUUCAUUACAUAGGGGUGAUAGUACGCUGUAAACUGAUAGCAGCCAUACUGACAGUCCUAUCUAUUUAUACAUAGCACAAUUCAGAGCUCUGUGUAUGUGCAUGUGUUCAGCCACGGCUCCCCUCUCUUUGUAUAGGAGAGAGAGAGCCCAUCCUUACAUGUGAGCACAGAGUGCAGACACACAAGUUGGCCAAAUUUGAUAAAGCAAAGGAUACGUGAAAACUGCGUCUGAACUAUCGGACUGACUACAGUGAUAAUAAGUCAGUUUUAAAAGCGAGUUGGGUGUGGGGUGCAAUCAUGUAAAUCUGUUGCUUAGACUGUCCCCUUAAAAGGAAAAUUGUUACUUCCCUGGAAGUUUUAGUAUUUUCUUUAUUUAUCCAAAUAGUAAACAAAUAUGUACUUGUGAGGUGUGAAAAUAAAAUGAAAUGUCGAAAUCCACAAGUCUUUAACCUGCAGCUGGGUGCCUCCAUCUUGUGCUUUGCACCUAUCAGUCAGCAUACAAAAAAAGAGGAGACAUUAAAUACUGUUUCUAUUUCUCUUUUUCAUUUGCACUGUUUAUCCUGGCCUUUGCCUUGUCUGAACUGGAUUACGAUGUAUUUUGCCAAGUCUUUUAAUAGAUAUUUAAAAGAAAACAGAGCUUAGGUGAAAACAUGUUAACACAAGUUCUAGGUGAAUUGCAAUGUUUUAUUCCAUGGUAUAAAUUAGUUGUGUUAGCUAGUAACAUUGGGAAUUGUUUUUUUCUCUCACUUGUCACACAGAUAGCAAAGAGAGUUUAAGAGUUACUUUCUGCUGGUUUAUAUACUGACUAGUGAUUCUGUGUACACAGCUAUUGUUGCAAGGAUUCUUGGCUCAGAUUAGGAAUGAUCUUUCAACUAUAAUGAUUCAAAGAGACUUUGUAGUAUUCAUAUCAAACUUCUAAUCUUAUCAGGCCUUAGCACUAAAAUAAACUUAAGAAUGCUGCAGUUCUACUGAAAGAGCUGUAAUGUGUGUGUAAUGUUUGUACAGAUAUAUCAUGAUAACUAUGGAAAUUGGAAGCCUUAUCAGUAAUAUAAAAUAAUAAAUAUGCACACAUACAGAAAUAAUCAACAUUUUCCUGCUGAAUGAAACCAGGUUACUUCAAUACAGAUUUUCAUACCUGGGUGCUGACCUUGCGAAAUACGCUAUUAAACAAACAAGAUUCUAGGAUUGAUUAAUUUUUGCUUACAAAUGUAGGCUUAAAGGUACAUUAAGCACCAGAACAACCUAUACACCUUUCAUAUUUAAAGGACCACUAUAGUGCAAGGAAAACAAACUUGUUUUCCUGGAACUAUAUAGUCCUUAGGUCCCCCCCAUCCUCAGGGCCCCCUCCCGCUGGGCUGAAGGGGUUAAAACCCCUUCAGCCACUUACCUUAAUCCAGCGCCGGGCUUCCUCGGCGCUGGUGACCUCUCCUCCCCUCCGAUGUCAGCUCCAGAGUGGAGCCGAAUGCGCAUGCGCGGCCAGUCCCGCGCCCGCAUUCAAACCGCCGAUAGGAAAGCAUUACUCAAUGCUUUCCUAUGGACGUUCUGCGUGCUCAAUACGAUUUUCACAUUGAGCGUUGCGGAAGCACCUCUAGCGGCUGUCAGGAAGACAGCCACUAGAGGCUGGAUUAACCCUGCAAGGUAAACAUAGCAGUUUCUCUGAAGCUGCAGGGUUAAAACCUGGGGGACCUGGCACCCAGACCACUUCAUUGAGCUGAAGUGGUCUGGGUGACUAUAGUGGUCCUUUAAGGCAUAGUCCUCCUGACUGUCACUAUGUCCCUGCAUAUAUUUACAAAAUUCACAAUGGUCCUUCUUACGCUGACGUAAGUGGAUUCGUCAGUUUCACUUAUCAGAUCUGAUGAACUGCGGCUGAACUACAUAUCCCAUACAACUGUAGACCAGAAUGAGAGGCUCCUGAUUGGUGAAUCCUCUUACUGAUCUGUUAGAAGUUUGUCUUCAUUAGAAAUUUUUAUUUCCUUCAAACAAUUUGUAUGCUUUUACAAUUCAAACUAAAAUUAACUGAUGGUAAACAUAGAAACAUAGAAUGUGACGGCAGAUAAGAACCAUUCGGCCCAUCUAGUCUGCCCAAUUUUCUAAAUAAUUAUCCUGUUUGAUUCAGUGCUGGCAUGCAGUGAAACAAACGUAUCUGACAGGGCUCCACCCAGUCCCUCUACAUCCACUAGAGGGUUUAAAAAUGGCAGCCUUUCUCCUGCACUCAAAAUUUAUAGCUCUGGAUGCGAAACAAGCGAGGGUAGUUUUAUCCAAUGUUUUGUGAUACUUAUGGCUCCCACGUUAUAAAAAUGUUAGUUUUCUUUUUUGACAAAAAGUGAUUUGCAGGAGUGUUUUGUAGUUUUAAAACUUGCCAGUUCGUCCUUUAGUUAGUCUGCAUAGACUUCAAAAGAAAUGCAUGUAUAUAUAUUAGGUUUGUGUAAAUUUCCAAAUUUACUGAUUACUUUCAUUCCUAUGGUUACAGCCUCUCCCUUGUUUCCCUGGUUUUUUUUAUCACUUGCACAUAUCUCCAUAUUUAUUCAAUAAUCAACGAUUAAUCCCUCAGGGAUUGUCUUGAUUUCCCUACUCUACAAUACAGAACAAGAGACCUACCCAGAAAAAAGAUGGUGGAUUUGGCAUCCCUAUUGACAACCUUUCAAGCUGGUAGUGACACACCUAUUAUAUUCUCUGUAAGCAAUAAUAGCAGACAUUGCAUUUGGUGUUUAUUCACUAACACCAUCUUGUAAUGAAUACAAAAUAGAAUUGCAAAAUUUAGCAAAAAAAAACCCCCAAAAAACUACAUGUAGAAAAAUGUCCUUAAAACCCGCUACAGUCACAGCUGGACAAUGUUAGCCUGAAUUUUGCAAUUCAGUUCGCCGUUUCUUACAACUGAAUGUUUAGAAUAUAAUCCUGUUUUCUGCCGCAGCAUGGAAAAAAGUAGCAACGCACACUGCAGUCAGAAUCUAAAGGAAAAAUUCAUAAAUAUUACAUUAUGAACUAUUCAGCAGUGGGAGUAUCCUGGAUACAAAUCAGUAGAAAAAGCUUCAGAAUCUGCCUCCCCCCUUCAUUGUAACUUAUAUACAGUGUGGAAGGACAGUAAAGACUCUGCUUGACUCUGGCAGUGAUUGGGUUAAGGUACAAUCAGCUGUAGCAAAUUAUUUUAACUCUCUGUAUGCCUCAUUUGAUCAAAUAUUCUAAAAUCAGAGACACACAUUGAGAUGUUUAUUGCUAUUUAUAAACCUCACUUUCUCCUUCAAAGGAGCACUAAUGUGUUAGGAAUAGAAGCCUGUAUUCCUAACACUUUAGUGUCUCUAUCCCUGGAUAGAUAGCCUGUAUUCCUAACGCUUUAGUGUCCCUGUCCCUGUGUGUACAAAAAAAAUUAUAUAAUAAGGAUUUUUACUUACGGUACCUUUUUCCUUUCUCUUACCGCUCACCUCUCCGCCUCCAGUCAUGGAAGAGGCAUUGCCUCCUCUGCGAUUGUCCACUCCAAUACCUCAGUUCUUCAUCCAGGAACAUUGGGCACCUUUUGCGCAGUAAGCACCAUUCAUGCAUCAAAGCUUCACCAUAGGAAAGCAUUAAAUCAAUGCUUUUCUAUGGGGAAUUCUGUGUCAUAUGUCUUGUACUUGGUCUGUGCCACAUAAGCGCCUCUAGUGGCUGUCAGCGUGACAGGUCCUAGAGGUGGACUGAACCAUGCACUGUAAACAUUACAGUUUCUAAUAAACUGCAAAGUUUUACAUUGGAGGGUUUAAAGUAAAGGACCACACUGAAUCCCGACCACUUCAUUUAGAUGAAGUGGCCUUGGUGACGUUAGUGGUCUUUAACUACAUUUAGAUGAAGUGGCCUGGGUGACGUUAAUGGUCUUUAACUACAUUUAGAUGACGUGGCCUGGGUGACGUUAGUGGUCUUUAACUACAUUUAGAUUAAGUGGUCUGGGUGGCGUUAGUGGUCUUUAACUACAUUUAGAUGACAUGGCCAGGGUGACGUUAGUGGUCUUUAACUACAUUUAGAUGAAGUGGCCUGGGUGACGUUAGUGGUCUUUAACUACAUUUAGAUGAAGUGGCCUGGGUGACGUUAGUUGUCUUUAACUACAUUUAGAUGAAGUGGCCUGGGUGACGUUAGUGGUCUUUAACUACAUUUAUAUGACGUGGUCUGGGUGACAUUAGUGGUCUUUAACUACAUAAAGAUGACGUGGCCAGGGUGACGUUAGUGGUCUUUAACUACAUUUAGAUGUAGUGGCCUGGGUGACAUUAGUGGUCUUUAACUACAUUUAGAUGACAUGGCCAGGGUGAUGUUAGUGGUCUUUAACUACAUUUAGAUGUAGUGGCCUGGGUGACGUUAGUGGUCUUUAACUACAUUUAGAUGACGUGGCCAGGGUGACGUUAGUGGUCUUUAACUACAUUUAGAUGUAGUGGCCUGGGUGACAUUAGUGGUCUUUAACUACAUUUAGAUGGACGUGGCCAGGGUGACGUUAGUGGUCUUUAACUACAUUUAGAUGACAUGGCCAGGGUGACGUUAGUGGUCUUUAACUACAUUUAGAUGUAGUGGCCUGGGUGACGUUAGUGGUCUUUAACUACAAAGCCAACAGGGUUAUACAUAAAAGUGAGAAUUCAAAGUGAAUUUUAAAUGUAAGGUAUAAAUAGUCAAACUGAAAGCAUUCUCUUAGUCUGUUACGCUUGGAGUUCAGCUGCUUUGGCCUUGAAUUUGAAAUUCACUUUAGUAAAUAAAUCUGUGUGUGUUUUUGGCUUUUAUUUCUACCAUUAAAUGAUGUAGCCUAAUCACAAGUCAAAUUUCAGUUGUCUUCUCUCGCAUUUCUUUCACUUUUAGUGGAACAAAUCAAACCAUUGUUAUCCUGCAUUAUAGCUCUUGCAAUAUUAUAAAGGGGGGAAUUUAAGAAUAUGUGAAACGAAUACAAAAUGUUACAUAAGAUGAUGAGGAUCCUGCUCGAAAGAGCCUUUAAAAUAUUAUGCCUAAUCAUUUCAUUGGAUGAUUGUUUUAUACUGUAAAUUCUUCCCCAGUUACCCUGGAAUGAGUCUCCUACCAUCUCUGCUAGGAGGCUAUUUAAAAAAACUAAAUUAAGUGUCCAUCUGGAAGAUGGCAGUUUUGUAUAUGACUUGCUGAUCUUGGAUCCUGUCUUCCCCCAUUAGCUGUUAUCCUUCUGCCUAGCCACAGCUCCAGUAGCUUAAACCUGUCAAAAGUCUCCCCGCAUCAUUGACUUUGAAUUAUCUCAAAGCCCUCCCCGUGUUCUGCAUCUACUGCUGUCCUCAAUAUAUGAACUACAAGUAAGAGAACAAGACAAGGGUCGUCCUCUGAAGGACUAGGGGAAUACCAGGUGAAGCGUUAAUGGACCCGGAGCGUAACCACUCUCUUGAUAUAUGGCCCCCCAUCCCAAAGCCAGCAUUGCUUUUCAAAGAUAUAUUAUUUCAUUUGAGCAGAGCCGUCCGAAACUAGCAGCGCUUUUGUCCUGAUAGAUGAUCCUGUGUCCACAAUCUGUUCUGCAGUGUGAUUUUUUUCUCUGCUGCCCUUUCCUGCAACUCAUAAAAAUUGUGCUGAGCUCUCUAAGUUUUCUAUGGUUUCCCUUUAACCCUUCGGGUCACAGGUGCAGAAAAAAAGCAGAACUGAAUUAACGCUAAAACACACAUCCAGAUGCCUGCCCACACAGUGAUUAAGUGAGCCCUACAGAUUAAGUACUUUUACCGAUAUCCAACAAACAAGAUUUUGGUAAAUAAAAUCUGAAACCACAAAGAAACAGCUGAUCUGGAAAAAAUUUUGAACUUGGGUUUAGUCACAGCUAGGCUAUUCUAGCAUCAUUUUACAAUUCAGAUUUAGUUUUCUAAAAUUCUAAGUGAAAACCCCCCCUUAUUUAUUGUUAUAUGUUAGUCAAACAUGCUUGCAUUCACUUUUCUUCUGAGUGUGUUAUUUCUGAUGUUGUCACAUAACACCAUAUUUUCUUGGGCACAUGACUUCAUACUGACGGACAGCACAUGAAAAGUCUUGCCCUAUUUGUAACAUUUGUGCGCUGCUGGAGGGAGUUUGUAUAUUGAUUAAUGAAGUGUUUUCCUUCCGGUAUCGUAUAAAUAAUGUAUAUAUGAGGGCAGCACUUUUCCACGUUCUGCUUGUUGACACAUAGAAUUCACAUUUUCUGUGAAAACAAUAUUGCAUCUAAAAGCUUUGAUUAAAUACAGGCGACCCAAUUAAGGAUAUCUUUAAACGGAAUCUGUCAGGAGAAAUUUGACAGCCUUUUUUUAUUGGACAGCUACAAAACAGCUAGCAAAGGAGUAGAUCAGUAAAUCAGUCAAUAAAUCAAUAAAUUAAUCACUGAGAUCUCAAAGGAACAGAUGUGAUUACAUAACUCAUUUCACGUUGGGGUGUUCGUGUAUUCCACGUACAGCUGGGCAGUACUUUCAAGCCUUGCCUAAAUCCCCAGGCUUUACAGCAGCUGCAGUGAACCACCAGACCAGGAAGAACCAUAACCAAUCACAUUGCUCUCCUUAAAUUCAAUGGGAGCUGAACAUGUCCCAUACAUUUAUAGGACAUAUAGUUCACCACAACAUUUUUCACCUUACUGACAACUCCAUUCACAGUUUUUGUGAGUGGACCUAUCAGACAUGGCUUCUGCCCUUGACCAUACAAAUUCAUAGGCAGGAAGCAAGAAGAAGACAUAUUCCUCCUGUAGUAUCUGUCACUGAAUGGGUGGGCUUAUAAGCUGCAUCUAUUUCGUAGAUAAGUGCAAUUAAAGUACAUCUGUAGCGCAAGGCAAAGACAUGGACCUCCUCGUGCCAUAACCUAUGCAUCAGUUGUUUUGGUGCUUUUAGUGUCCCCUUAAAGGACCACUCUAGGCACCCAGACCACUUCAGCUUAAUGAAGUGGUCUGGGUGCCUGGUCCAGCUAGGGUUAACCCAAUUUUUUGUAAUAAACAUAGCCGUUUCAGAGAAACGGCUAUGUUUAUGAAUGGGUUAAGCCUUCCCCCAUUCCCUCUAGCGGCUGUCUCACUGACAGCCGCUAGAGGCGCUUGCGUGCGUCUCACUGUGAUUUUCAUUGAUAAUGCUUUCCUAUGCUUUUGCCGCCCGUGCGCAUUCAGCCGAUGGAGAGGAGAGGAGGAGGAGAGCUCCCCGCCCAGCGCUGGAAAAAGGGAAGUUAUUACCCCUUUCCCCCUUCCAGAGAUGGGCGGGAGGGGGACCCUGAGGGUGGGGGCACCCUCAGGGCACUAUAGUGCCAGGAAAACGAGUAUGUUUUCUGGCACUAUAGUGGUCUUUUAAGUGCCAUUUCCAGUUACCGUCAUUUCUACGAAUUUCUGCUGUUCUUUGCCAUUGUCUUAAAGUUGGUGUUGCACAGAGCCUAUGGGCAUCAUUUAGCAGUACGUUUCCAGGUAUUUAUAGAGUGUGCGCCAACGUUACCUGGUAUGUCCCACUCCCAGAUUAAGACAAUUACCUUGAGAAAAGUCGUUCAGGUUGUUCUUAGAUGUAGUUUGCACUAAAAAUAAAAGAGAAGCGCAUCAUUUUAUAGAAGUGUUAACAACUUUGACAACUUUGGUCUCGCGGUCUGGUAUAUCUUUGUUUAUAGCAUUAAACCUAGUUACCAGUCUAACCUUUAUUAGGAAUCUUUCCUAAAUGCCUGACUAUGUUUAUAGAUACAAAGUCCAACAGGCACAUUUUGUGUUAACUCUUGGAUCGUACUGUGGAUAUGUGAAAACUUUCUCUUGAAUAGCUUACCUUUACUUGCAGGCAACUAUAGUGUUAAAACCAUAGGUUAAAGUACAAGAAAGUUGAUGAUCCAGUUAUAGAAGUAUAAACGCAAAAUAUACUUUUGUUUCAACAUAUAAUUGUUUAAGGAUCUCUAGAUAAAAGGUUGAUCUAAAACAUGAACGAUGAAAGAAGUACUGUCUCAUAGGGGCUUUACCAGAGAUGUGCAUACAUCUAUCCAAACUGAUUUCAUAGUCUUAAUUGCCAAAUGGAAAUCCUAAUUUUAAUCCUGGCAUUCACAUGAAACACAUUUUAAAAACUGCAUUAAACUUAUUACAGCCCGAAAGUCAGUGUGCUUGCAGCACGCUGGUUGAAAUGCAUUGUAUUAGAAUAUACUAUAGUGGUCAAUGUGCAAGAAAAACCUUAUUGGUCUUUGAAACCACAACACAAAAUGCACAAUAGAUGUUAAAGCUUAUAUAUGUGUGUAAAUUAGUCACAUAAAACACACACAACAUCAAAAGGAUAUAAAGGCGAAACGAGUUAAGGCAGCAAACGUUUUUUUUAAACUUUUCAUAAAAACUGAUGGCUGGAUUCUUGUAGCAGAGUAAAGGUUUCCCCCGCUUAAAAGGAUACUAUAGGCAUCAAAACAACUUUAGGUUAUUGGAGCAGUUUUGGUGUAUAGAUUAUGCCCCUGCAGUCUCACAGAUUACUUCUUUUCUGGUUCUGCCCAUUCAGCUCUAGCCACACCUACACAGGUGUUAACUUACUGUAGAAGUUUUUAUCUCCUACUCGGUAAAUUUAACUUCAAUUAUACACAGGAGGCUCCUGCGUGUCUAGAAGGUUAUUAAAGAAAAGAAAAGAAAAUCUAAAUUUAACAGAAUUUUCAAUGAAGGAAGUUUAAACAUUAGAUAACUCUUUACAGGAAGACUAUGCAGGUCACAUGAAACGAGGUGUGACCAGGACUGCAUGAACAAAGUGAUUUAACUCCUGAAAAGCAGUAAAUUUAGCAGUGAGACUGCAGGGGCAUUCAAGAUAAUCCAGUUUAGAAUCUUUAGGAAAAGUUCUUUUUUUGACUAUGUUGAAAUUUCUUUGAAACACCAAGGCAAAUCAAAAGAUAAAAUAAGAACAAUGUAAAGAUUAUCUUGGCUCACCUGAUUGGCAAUCUUUGGCAAAAGGCAGACUGAUAGGAGUAAGCAUUAUCUUGUAGGAAGCACAGUAAAUUAAUUUGUGAAAGAUUAUCUGUGGAAGGUCUUGUGGGAUCCUCCUUAGACUUCAUUUUGUAUAAUUGCCCAUGUGUGAGAGUAUAGUAGUGAUGAUGGCUCGCAGGUGAUGAAGUCACUUAGAGCUAAAGAAGUAUGACAUCAUCAAAGAGGGACAGAAAAAAACAACUCUGUCACUUGUUAACUCCCUCUAGCGCCUGCUCUCCCUCCCCCCAUUGUCCCUCUCCCACCCCCGAGCUCCCAACCAUCUUUUUUGGUCCCAGGACCAUUGCAACUUACAGGUUUUAUUGAUGUGCUAGUCUAAGAUGGCAAAUGGAAAUGCUAUCGUCUGCCCUCCACUGGGUGUACAUGUGAAAUCAUACGCAUGCCCAGUACAUCACAUACAGUUUGGCACAGACAUUUGUUGCUCACGUGAGAGCAAGCACUGACGAUUAGUAACGCAAUGUUGCAGGAAAAUGAGUAUUCACCAAGAUGGCCAAUGACAAAGUUGUGGAACUUGACUAACGUUUUACCCUUUGUCAACCUGUCAGUUAUACAAAAAAGUAGUCCCACUGUUGCUAUAUGUUUAUUCAGUCAUACGUUUCUUAUUUUUAAAUUAAGUGCCCCAACACUGUUUAUAUAAUUUUGUUCAAGAGAAAUAGGACUUUCAUUUCACAUCAAAUGAAACAUAAUAUGAAUAAAAUCCCCCAAAAUGCAAGAAAUUAAGAAAUUUAAUUUUUCAACUGUGUGGCAUUCUAACUGUGAGUGUCAUAAUACUGUUAGCUUUUACUGCAAUAAAAUACACAUAUUUGUAUGCGAUGAUGUUCACAACUGCAAGUUUUAUUGCCUUUGGAAAGUAACAGAGUCAAAUAUAGGGCUUGCAAAUUAAAUUCUCUGGUAUUUAUAUAUAUGUUACUUUAUAUAAAAUGGACACUAUAGGCACCCAGAUCACUGCAAACAUUGCAGGCUUAAGCGUGCCUCUAGUGGCUGUCUAGCACAUAGCCACUAGAGGCGCUUCCUGACCUUGCACAGAGUGAAAUGGCGCUGGACGUGCUCAUGCUUUGCAUGAGAACAUCCAGUGUCUUCAAAAUUCCUAUAGAAAAGCAUUAAUUCAGUGCUUUUCUAUGGUAAAGGUCUAAUGCACUAGGUUCCCCGGAUCGGGUAACAUGGUAGCAGGACGUGGAGCACAAGGGCUUGUAACCAGGUUAAUUUAUAAAAGUGUUAAUUUCUAUUAAAAUCUACACUUUUUGCAAAAUGAAAAAAUGAGGACACACUCUUUACACAAAACGAUUUUCACCAAGCUAAAGUGCUUUAGGGAUCUGGUGUGUUGCUUUAAGGUCAUUUUAUCUCCCUAAUUGCCUCACCCUCAGAGAUCUAAAUACAAUACAAAUGGACAAAUGGACAUGAUACUUUGUGGGAUCUUUCCCAAAAAAAUGUCAAUGCCACUGUAACACUCACCCAUGCAGCAUUAUGCUGUAGGUGCAUUAUGCCUAAUGAUGGCUCACCAUAUGUCAGGCUGGCUGUGCAUCAUGGGAAAUGUACCUCACAGAUAUCUGGUGUGCCAUGAUUAGCCAUCAUUGCUAAGGGUGGCUGUAACAGAGCUCGAACUCCAACUAUAAUGCUUUGCUAGCUUUAUGUCUGGUAAAGCAGUUUGGGCACUGUAGUUGCUGUGGAUCUACCUUUGGUCACCCCAACAUUUAAGGGAUACUCUGUGCAACUUAACCACCGCAGCGCACUGUAGUUGUUAUGGUGUCAGGAGUACCCUGCUGCAUUUGGCCAGUAAACCAUUUCCAGGAGUUUGACACUUACCAAUCUCCCUUGGAUGCCCAUGCAGCUUCUGUGCUGAGAUGAUAUUCUAUAGAAGAAAUUCAUACUUGUAUAUUAUCAGAUCAGCUCAUACCAAGUUUAGACAAAAUUAUAUGGCUGAGUGUGUCAGCUGAUGGCCAGAUAACUUGGUAUGAGUUGGUAUGAUAAUGUGGAAGCAUGAAUUUCUGCUUUAGCAUAGCAGCUUCGAUCAGAAGAACUGUGCGUGCCCACCAGAAAAAGAUAUGUGUCAAACUAUUUGUAAACAGCCUGACAGUCUACUGUUGAAUGAUGCCUGGGGACUCCUAACAACAAAACAACUACAACACGGUGUAGUGGUUUUGAUCCUUUGAAUAUCUCUUUAGCAUUAUAUCACAAGGAUAUUGAACACUUGUGUCUGCAGCUGCAGUGCGUUUAACCUCUUCAGGACUUGUGAUAUGUCCGGAGUAUCAAAACCACAAGAUUUUCUGAACCAUUGUCCUAGGGUUAUUUUAGCUGCAGCUUUUUAUCUAAAAAGUAGAGCGAGUAGCAGAUUAAUGGCAAUUAAUUAAUACAAACAUUUGCCGGCUAAAUGCUGUUUAAUUGCGGUUUAUUUGUAAUAGUAAGGAAAAUAUUAGAAAAUCCACAUGCAGUGCUGUCAGUGGCAUGCUACAAUACCGUUCCCUAUGGUGCUUAGAUAUUUAGAUCCACGGUGUGCAAAUUAUCAUGUUUUUCCAGCCAACCUUCUAGAUCCCCGGAGAUGCCUCCAAAGAAUUGUAAACUAUUAAUGUCAGAUAGAGAAGAACUGGUGGACUAGGAUAUGGGGCAUGUGGUGUACGCCCCACCUGAAACCUCAUUGAGUUAAUAUUAAUAAUUCUGUUCUCACAGCACUCGCUUGAUGUAAUUAGCUUUGUAAAAACACUCAUUAGUGUCUCUUCGACUGCUCCAAAUAAGAACCCUUAAUUAAAUUCAGAGUAAGCGGGGGUCAAGACGAUGUCACUGUAAGGCAGCAGGGGAUUCCACCAUUGCUUGGUUUCCUCUGUAUGUCAUAAUAUAUGCAGUAGAUGGGCUGGUGUCUUGUAUCAGUAUGCGUUGGUAAAAGAUAUUUAUUUCGUCAGUGCUAUUAAAAAUCAAUGAAGUACACUUACCAGUUUAAAUUAAAGGAACUGCACGAUAAGAAUUUUUGUUUCUUAGCAAUGAAAAUCCAUCCGAAUCUUAUAUGACCAUUAUUUUAAAACAUUAAAUAUUGGGUUUAAUUAGUAACAUCUGAUAACUGGGGUUUACUCACUAAAGAGAAAAAAGAUGGAGAUUACAAGGGAGAAGACAAUUUAAGGGAAAAAUAGAAAUCCCCAAUCUUGGCUGUUUUUCUAUGUUAAUAAUUUUUCCCUAAAAUUUGAAUUUCCCUUGUCUUUACGUGGUUUAGUGAAUUAUUCUCACUGUAUACAUGAGUCACUACCUGAUUAAUUGACCGCUGUGUAAAACCUCUUCUAAGACAGUCAAAAGGUAUAAAACUGAAAAAAAAACACUUCUACAACACUACUUCUAAUUCUUUAAUGCCGACUGAAUUUCAGGUGUUCAUAUACUGGGCAUCUUAUGUGAAUACACAUAUUUUUAAUUAAUAUUAGUUUUUUUGCCAUAUCUUGACACCGGCGUAUACCAAAUAAUCAAAUCAUGUGUAUUGAUUGACUACUGACACGAAGGCAAAUGUAUUAUUGUGCUUUGGCUUAAUAGGACAUGACAAUCCUGGGAUUUCAGGUUUAUAAAUUAACCUCUUAAUGGCAGAACUUUCCCUAACUCGCUUGUCCUGAAGAGGUUAAAUUGGAACAUCUACAUGUUAUUUUUCAUUAUAAUUACUUAUUUUAUUACCAUUUUUAAAUGGUGAGAAAUAUUUCAAAGGCCAAAAUGUGCGAUAUGAAGUUUUAUAAGUUAAGUAAAAGGAAACUCUGUCCAAAGUGCAUAUUUGUAUGCAAAUGAUUGAAUAUUUCUUAAGCCAUAUAUACUUACACCAGUUGCAGAACUGGCCUCUGAUGUGAUGAAGAUUAAUCCUCUAUUUGCCCAUCACUUACUUACUUGUUAAUGUUGAGCAUUGUCCAGUCCCAUGUUUCUCAUAGAAAAGCAUUAAAAUCACAGCUGUGCCCCUCAUGGCCACUAAAACUGCAAUGGUUUACCUUGCAGGAUUAUAACUACUAGGCCCUGCACCCAGACCACAUCAUUGUGAUAAAAUGGUCUCAGUGAAUUUAGUGGUUCUUUGUGAUGUGACCAUUAAAAUAACUUGUCAUAUUGAGCUAUUGUGAACUAAAUUGUUUAAAUUGUUUUUCAUAAGCCGUGCAGCAAGAUGCAUAUUUAAACUCCCACAGCCUCACCCAGAAUAACACCGAGAGUGAUAGGUCUGUAGUCCAGCAGGGGCAACUUCUUGCUCUAAAUUUGAUGGAACAUAAAUUCCUAACAGAGUGGCUUGUGUUUUUUUUCUCCUCUGACCUCUGCACCUCUGUUUUUUUCUUUAUCAAGGAAGGGAUUAACAAAAGUUGCCCAGAACAGAUAUUGCUAUCCAACAAGAUGGUGUUUCAGGUAGUUGAUUGACAGUCCAAGGAGGUGGCCCUACAUACAUAUGCUCCAUAACCACUUGAUAAAGAUAAAGUGAUUAUGGUGCUUAGAGUGACCCCAUCGGUCAGCCUGAAUUUUUUAAAUAUUAAUGCGUGAUGUUUUAAGUUCAUCGAUAGGUAGGAAAUUGAGGAGUAUAGUAUUACAAUAAUUUUGUCUGUUUUGACUAAUGCAAAACCCAUUACAGUAAUGAAUUAAGGCAGCUAAGUAAAGGACUGGCUGCUCAUAAUAGAACAGUUAUUCUGGGACAGGAAUUCCUAUUGUCAGGAAGAAAUUACGGACCAUUUUGUGACACUGCACGCUAUUAUUUGUUAUCGCUUUAAAGACAUGGAAUAUAUCUCAGGAAUGUUCUGUUUUGUUCUUCCGUAUGUAUUUACGCAUACACUGUACAUUACUGGUAUUUUGUGUUUUUACAUCCCCUUGAGACUGUUUGUAGCAUUGUGAUGCUUGCAUAUGUGAUGGAGAAUUUUGGAAAAAUAUCUGCAUAUGUCUCUUUUGUAUUAUCUGCCUUAUUAAUAGCAUUCUGAUAAAUAUCACAUCUCGAAGAGAUUCCAAAGCCCAAACUUCAAUCUUCAGCACCCUGUAUACUCUGUGGGGUAAAGCAAGAACAAUGCAGAUAAGGAAAGAUUCCAAGUCAAAACCCUGUUACCAUACAUGCAUACAUUAUUUAUAUAGGCUACAUUACGUUAGCAGGUUAAGUGCAGGGAAUACCAUACAUAUGGAUGCAUUAUGAUAGGAGAUACCCGACUCUAAGGUCUGGGUGUUAUUUGCUGUUCAUAAUUCAUUCACACACACAAAUAUAAACAUGGUGAAUCUCUAAAUGGGAAAUUGUCGGGGGUUCACCAGUGAAUUGCAAGUUUUAGUUCAAAAUAACCAAACUGAUAGAAUUCUCCAAAUUAGCUUUGUUUCUAGCUCAAUUCAUGGUUUUCUGAAUAAACCCCAGAUUGUGAUAGUUUUUACCAGCUCCCAAAGUGUCAAGGUAGGAACGCAACUUUCUGAAGUGACAGACACCAAAACUUACGAGACUGAAGGACCUGUGACCUCUUUAGAGCAGCUGUUUAAAGGGAACUUCUACUUCCCAAGAUUUUUACUACUCGAUUACUAAUACUCUGUAUUUAACAAAUAUGUAUUUGUAAGCUGUGAAAAAUAGAUUUAAAUGUUGAAAUCCACACCUUUUUAUCAUACAGCUGGGCGCCUCCAUUUUAGUUUCCAGUUAUUCACUGUUAUAAGCUCCGCCUUUGCACUUGGCAAUCAGCAUAGAGAAAGUAAACAGAGAAGAGGAGAAAUUAAACAAUGUUUCUAUUUCACCUGCUAAUUUUGCAAUUCUUGCCUUGACUGUGCCGGUGUUGUCAUAUAACAUACUUGUUUUCCUGGCACUAUAAUGCCCUGAGGGUGCCCCCACCCUCAGGGUCCCCCUCCCACCCGGCUCUGGGGAGAGGAAAGGGUUAAAACUUACCUUUUGUUCAGCACCGGGCGGUGAGCUCUCCUCCUCCGAUCCUCCUCCUCUCCUCCCCUUCGGCUGAAUGCGCACGCGCGGCAGGAGCUGCGCGCGCAUUCAGCCGGUCUCAUAGGAAAGCAUUCAUAAUGCUUUCCUAUGGACGCUUGCGUGUUCUCACUGUGAUUUUCACAGUGAGAAGCACGCAAGCGCCUCUAGCGGCUGUCAAUGAGACAGCCACUAGAGGAUUUGGAGGCUGGAUUAACCCUAACAUAGACAUAUAAAAAAAAGGGUUAAUCCUAUCUGGACCUGGCACCCAGACCACUUCAUUAAGCUGAAGUGGUCUGGGUGCCUAGAGUGGUCCUUUAACCCCUUAAGGACACAUGACAUGUGUGACAUGUCAUGAUUCCCUUUUAUUCCAGAAGUUUGGUCCUUAAGGGGUUAAUAUGAAUAUAAAAGAAAAUGUAUCAUCACAUGAAAAAAUAUUAAUACACGUUACAAGUGAUUGUAAUUGUUUAAUUCAGUAACUUUAAUUCCAGAGAAGUGAUGGUUUCCCCUUUUAAAGGGAACCCAUAGUCCCGGAAGUAUUUGAUCGGUUCCCUUCUGUCAACCCUCUUUGCUACUGUUGUGGUGAUGUCAACAUCCAAGACAGACUUACUAUUAGAACCUCAUAGCAUUAAUAAUGAACAGAUCUAGAAAUUAAAAUAAUUGCUUUAAAUCAAAGACUCCCCCCAAAGGUAAGAUGUGGUACUGCAGAAAAGCAAAACCACUUGGCCCAAUACUAAAAUUAUACAGAAAUCAUAGAGUUAUUUGUCCCGUUCUUAUUCUGUCUCAAGGAUUAAGUCUCUGUUGUGUUUUACAAGCAAUCAGCUGUUAAAGUACCUGCUUUGUUGGCGCUUUAUAAAUAAUAGUAAUAAUAAUAAAGAUGCCUUGUUUAGAGUUCUAAGGUCUACCAUAAUAGUGUUAUUUAGCCCCUAAAUGGAUCUGGUAUUAAAAACAUGUCUUUUUAAAUUCCUUGUUGCUUUUAAGCUGUCAUUUUCAGAGACGUGCAUUAAGGAAUAUCGGACUGUGCACUUCAAUUUUUAUUUUACUUCCAGACAACCCUAAACUGCUGUUUAUAUAGAUGAUAGGUACCUAAUAUUUGUCUGAAUAAUUGAUUGGAUGAUGAGACGCUCAUAAUUAGUUCCUAGCAAAGCUGUGGAAACCGCAGCCUGUCAGUCUCCGAGCUGUUUUAAUUUAUUAGUAAUAUAUAUAAGGGAAACAUAUCUUGUGGUUAACGGAAAAGCUUCCCUAAUUUAUUCCAGGGGGAUAAUUAAGGAUUACAGUGGUGUGAACAAGAAAAAUGUUGACUUCUCAAAGAUUCUCAAAGCAUCUAAUUUCUCAUACAUUUUACCCCAGGAUUUAUAUCUGAUGAAGCCAGGAGCCUUAAUUCAUCUGAAUUAACCAAUUUUUUCUUACAAAUUACCUUUUUUUAUUUAAUAAUUAGCUGCAACAUUCCUCCUAACAUUUGAAAUGAUCAAACAAAGGAUUUUUUUCCAGAUGUCAUGUCACAUUUCAGAAACCUUUGAAUCGAUUUCAUGACAUAUAUAUAGCAUUUAUUUAAUUCAGUCAGAGCAAGGCAUGCAAAUCUUAUUAAACAAAUACAUUUAUAUCCUCCCCCCCACCCGCAAGCACAAAAAGGGUUAAAACUCUUCCCCCCCCCCCCCCCCCCCCGCUCAACCUAAUUACAGCGCCAGUGUCACUCCACGCUGGAUUGCUGUACUCCUUUAGUGUCGUCACAACGAUAGAGGACCUAAUGCGCAUGUGCAGAGUGUUUCGCGCGAGCAUUAGACUUUCUUUCUUAAAACGUUUUGAAUCAAUGGUUUUCUAUGAGGAAUUUGAAGACACUGGACGUCAUCAGGCAAAGUGUCUUCCCACUCUGUGAGAAGCCAGGAAGCUCCUCUAGUGGCUGUCUGGGAGACAGGCAGAAGAGGUGGAUUUAACACUGCAAUGUUUACAAGUUGCAACGUUUUUUUUUUUCGUAAAUAUUUUUUAUUCACAGAAUUUUCUUAAAGUACAGUUACAUCAAUAAGAAAACCAUUCUGUAUUGACAUAUACAAGGUUGGUUUUGCAGAAUUCUUAUUUCUCAUAUGAUCAUUUCUGAGAUUCGCAGGUCUCAGAUUUUCUAUAGAACAUUAGGUCAACAUGUAUCAGUUGAAAAAUUAAACUGCAUUGUUUUAAACUGAGUAAAAGACCCAUGGACCCUGCACACAGACCAAUGAGAUGAAGAAGUCUGGGUACCCAUAGUGUCCCUUUAAGCUGGGUGUGCAUUGUUGGGCUGAUAGUCCAUAGGUGCUAAAGACAUUGUAAAAUACAUUGUGUUUUAUACUAACCUUCACUGUAACACUCGAUGUUUACUGCUGUAAGUUAAAGAGAAUUGUGACCAAAUUAUUUGCUGUCACUUCACAAAAGCCUUCCCCCUCCCAACUCCCAUUGUUUCUUGGGGGAAUAACACAGCGGACUAAGUGAAAAACUUAACCCCACUGUACUUUUUUGUAGCUUCGACUUAGUUGUCCUGUAAAGCCACAAGUGCUCACUCAGGCAUCUAACAAAGAAAUGCUGUAUGUGCACAUGCACCAUGCAUAUAUGUAAGUGCAAGAUUUUACAAACUAAGACAAUAAGUUAUUGGCAUGCAAAUUAAAAUUAACUGCUAAAAACUGUUAUUAGGUUGCACAAAGAUUUAGGAAAUGCCCAUUUUUAAAGGUACAUCUAGACAAACAUAUGUGCAGAGCGUAAGUCACCACAGCCAAGUAGAAAAAAAAAAGAACAAAACAAUAUUUCACAUGUAAAGACAGAUUUAUAGAUUGAAAAAUAGUCAACUGGAUUAUGUUUAACCCCUUGAGAAGGACAUUGCUUAUUCACUAGCUUUUCAGAGUUUCAAAUGCACUGGAACAUAAUUAAUUAGUAAUAUUAGAUCACCAUAUUCUGUUUAGUUGUGUUGUUUUUUUCAUCUUGCAGAUUCGGAAUAUAAGCAAUUCUUUAAGAUUCAAACAAUAUUUAGAAUUGCUGGUCAUAAUUUUUUUCCAGCAAUUAAAAUGUGCCCUGUAGUCAUGCCUAAGGAGGUUUAAUAGAAGUCAAAAAUCCAUACAUGUCAUAAUUUAAAAAGUUAUAAUUUGAAAUCCUAUGAAUGAGGUCGUCAGGGAGGAUGAAAGUUCAGAGGUCAAAGCGAUGAAAACCUUUUUUUCCCGUUCUAGUAUGGGGCUCGGAUCAAUUUCCUUGCUUUAGGUUAUUGAUCUCACUUCCAUCGGUAUAUCUCGUCCUAGAUUGAUUAACAUGCUUGUGAUAUUGGGUGGAUGAAUUUCUGACCCUGAACAUCAUAAAGGAGAGGCUGGGUGACAGGGUGUCCUGAUCUAUUGUGAUACUGAUAUUGGCGGUUAUUGUGACUCGGUUCGCUGGGCAUGAAAUAAGAAGCAGGGAGUUAUAGCAAAUAUCGUAUGGGUCAGAACACGGCCAGCACAUAGGUGACACUUGCAAGUGACAAUCCCUCUUAGCAUUCUGAAAGAUCAAUAGUAUAAACAAAGUUGCAGUGUCAUUUCCUUUCUUAAUAAGAUAUAAUGGGGAUUAAUACGUUUUCUUAGCUACUUCAGUUUCUUUUGGAACGUAAAGGUUCCUGGUUAAUGGUGAUGUGUUUUAACAUAUUGGACUGCUGGGAUCUGCAGUUUCCAACUUGUGAUCACAUGACUGCUGCUUGAUAUGGUGAGACUGGAAGGAUCAUAGUCAUCUUAGUCUCUCUUUAUGUAUGUUACAAAUAUCCUCUGGUCCUCUGCUCUUUAAUGGAGCUUAACGUUUAUCUUUCUUUCUUUAUUUAUUUACUUAUUUUAAACAAGGCGAUGCCAUCUGGGCUCCUUACUUCUGCACUGAAUUUUCUCUAUAACUUUUUUUUAAUUAUCAAAGGAUCACACUCUCGGUCACUUAGAAGAACAGUGAAGUAACACAGGACGUUGCCUCUGAUAUAUGUGAGUCGAAAUUAUGAUUGGAUUCACAACCAAGGGAUCUUGCAUUCUGACUCCCAUAACACUCCAAUACUUCCUCGGGCAAGACUAGCUAUCCAUGCCAGUGUCCUGGAGGUCAAUUUGGCCAGAGUGGCUGACCAUAUAAGAGCAAGGUGGUAGAACCAGUUGCUAUUAAAUAUUUGAAAAUUAUGUAUAUAAGUAAAAAUGAGGCGUUGAUUCAUGCAUUCACAAAUUAUUUUUUUUUGUAUUACAUUUCUUUCAAUACAUAGGUUAAAAUGCUUCUACGUGCAGUUAUGAUAUAUUGCUGAUCAGCUAGCUCAUUUAGUGGUGGAUUCUUUAAAUCAAGCUGAAAAUCAGAACUCAUAGAUCUACAACAAUAAGAGGUAUGCAGACUGGCAAGUCCCCCAUUUAUCUUCAGUAAAUUCCACUGGAUGUGUUGUUUUUGUGAGUAGUCAGGAACAGAAAAUCUUGUAUGAAUGAUCAUCUUUCUACAAAUGUGCACACCUGUGCGUACAUUGAAUGUAUCAGCACUCCAGACAUGUUUACAGACAAAUUUUACUAUCUUUUUCCUUCAAUUUGUCUUUGGAAACAUAGAUGAUGUUAGGGACAGAAAAUGUGUCAUGAUGAAAAUUCCUUCUCCUCUGAUCUCAUAGCACAGGAAGGAAACCUUGUAAUAUACAGGAAGAAUCCUGUCUCUGCAACACCACUCUAUACCACUUUGGCAGCCUCACUGCAUAACAAUAUACGUGUAUACAUUAUGUAUAUACACAAGGAAGUUAAAUCGCACCUACUCUCAAAACCAAGUGUCAGGUGGUGGUCUGCAGAAAAAUAAACUUGUCUAUGGCCAUCUAUUAACCCUUGUUUGGUUAAGUAAGGGCCCAUCUUCUCCUACAUUAUGUGUAGGAUGUGUUGAAUAUAUAUGAGAUGAAGGGCCAUAUGGACCCUUCCUGACUACACAAGGCUGUUGAAUUAGGGUUAUUAAAGUUGUGUGAGGGCCCUACCCCAGAACCUAUAAAGCAGGUAUUGGAGCAGUCUACCAUCAUUGUAUUUACUCACCCCAAGUCCAGAAAAUAAAUGGGUUAUUAUGUUUAGUAUAUGACCCCCUUUUAACUGUUCUUCCAUUUACCAUGGCCUGGGCUGUUUGAAAGGAGAGGUCAAAUACUAGACCAGGAUGUUCCCAGUUAACUCUUAUGGGGCACAUAAUAGCGCUCUGCUUAAAGCACUUUUGGUCUUGUUACUUCCUGGUUUGCAUAAACUCAAGAGGCAGCAAUUGACCAGAGCACCUACCUGGAAAAGACUUUUAAUUGAGCUGCAAUAGGAAGUAUGUGAUUGGACAGUCUGGGUUGUAUUAGAAGGGGGGAGGGGGCGGCGGGCUGUAAAGGCCACAGUCUAUUGGCUGUUGUAUCUCUUCCCCCCACUCACGCCUGGUGGGGUAUGACAAGUCAGAAAAAAGCCAUUGCUCCCUAUUAACCAUGAGAAAUCAUGUGUACCCUAUACUCAAACCCCUUUCAAGGGAGUAGACAUUUGUUUAAUAGUUACAGAUUUCUUUGAACCCUGCAAAACAAGUGUGAAUGUUCCAAGAUUCCUUACUACUCAGGAGGCUACCUACACCUCAAUCACCCCGUGGAGCUCAAUGAAAAAUUCCGGCAUUGCUGGUUUUACAAGUAAAAAAAGUCUGAUCCGUGACACAUCUACUUCUAGAGUAGGACUUAAAAUAAUAUCAUGUUGGUUGCUUUCUACACUCCAUACCAGUCCAGAUUUUCUCAUUAUCCCUAUUAGAAUAUAAUUGAGAUUUCCCUAAAUACUGAACCUUUGUAACACUGAAUCAUGUGUAACUCUGAAUUAUCUGGCUGAAACCAUGAUUAAUGCGUUGCAUUUGAUGAGAGCAAAAAAGGAGAUUUUUUUUACACUACAUUUUUCUCAUAUGUUUACCAAAGUUUUGCUCUUUCGAAAAAACAGGACAUCUGUAAUCAUUAACAAUUUGCCCCUGGGAACACUCACCUCUCUAACAAUACGACUCCUGUCUGACUCUCAUUCUUGCACACGACAUCAAUACGGAGAAUUCUCACGUCUUUGCGGCUCAAGAUAAUUCUGCCUCCGUCCUAUAAUUAAUGAGAUAUAUAUUUUCUGGGACUCUGGGGAGAGCAGCUUAUUUUCCCAUAGGACAGUACAGCUGCUUUAACAGUCCUGUACUUAACCAUUUUACUGCCAAUUUGCCAAGACUGGAAACCACAAAACCUAGCCUUUCGCAAUUAUUAAUGUAGCUAUCAAUCACUUUCUCGUCAUGUUUGCCAUUUUAAGCAAUUCUCAUUAUUUGAUUUCUAUAUUUAUUAAAUGUGUAUUUAUUUUAUUAGUACAUUUUUAGAAUCUUUACAUGGAAGGUGUCCAUUCCAAAUACACUUCUAAUUUGUGCAAUAUAUUUAAUUAUACACCUGCUAAGAAUGAAAUGUGUGCAGCCACUAGUUUGUUUUUUCUUUUGUUUUUAUUUCUAAAUAAUAAUAAUUUCAAUAAAUUGCCAGGCUUUCUGUGAGGCAACAUAUACUUCACACUUUUUAAAUGUAAACAUAUAUUGCACCAUCUACUUGUAUACAUAAGCAUAUUAAUUGAUGACGUCACAGAUUCCAAUGGACUAAGUUACUGAAUAAAUAAAAAUGUCUGGUAAUUGGUACAUACACACCAGAUUCUCUCAUAUAGGUACUACAGCAAAUUGUGCCACAGAUGCCCUCUUAAAUAUAACCAGGCCUGUAGCAGUCACAAUAUUCCAUUGAACCAGGGCUGUUAAAUUCAAACUGCAUUGAGAAUUUGUAUGUUCAAUAUGCAGGUGGACGACCAGAUGAAGCUUCUCCAGAAUUGUUGGAGUGAAUUGUUAAUCUUAGACCAUAUAUUCCGGCAAGUUCUACACGGGAAGGAAGGUUCCAUUCUUCUAGUGACUGGCCAACAAGUGAGUACUAAAUUAUGUGUAUCAUUUAACCAUUGACAAUUAAAGGGACAUCCUCUGAAAAUCCACUGCCCUUUAACCUUCAGACCCUGAAAUAUAACUUCCUAUGUACUGUUGUAUUAUAUUUGGACCGGUGGUAGGCAACCUUCAGCACUCCAGAUGUUGUGGAUUGUAUCUCCCAUAAUUCACUUACAUGCUGGCAAAGCACUAGUGGAGAUGUAGUCCCCAAUACCCUGAGUGCCGAAGUUUGCCUACCGCUGAUAGAUGGUUAUUCUGUAUACUAGCUUUGCAUUUUAUUAACUGAUAAAGCAUUCGUUCUUUACUGCAAUUAUUCACACCUACCUAUAUUUUUUAUUCAGCAGUGUAUAUUUACAGGUUUCGUAGAAGAAGAUCUACACUUGUUGGUAUUCACAGUGCCUAAAUGGUGUGUUUACUAACUGAUACAUUCUUAUUAAAAUAAUAUAAAUGUAUGAUUUCUGGCAAUCACGAUUAUGAGAAUAAAGCUUGCGUUACUGAAUCCAAAUUCUUAUAUACUUAAGAAUGAUAAUUCAAACAUGUCAGUAGCGCUGUUGUUUAAAUAAAAGUAGCAAAAGGGACAUAUUUUCUCAUUUCUACCAGGCUGCAAACUUGCUUUCUUUCAGUGUUACAAAUUUUGUGAUGACAGCUGGGUUCAAGGUUCACACUUAGUGUAUAGACUGUGAGUCCUUCCCUCAGUAAGCAGCACUCACAGUACAGACUGACUCAAAGCGAAGUCUUGUGGUCCAUCCUCAAACACAGUGCAGUCAUUAAAGGCAGAUACUAAGUGGCUGUGGAUUUGUGUCUAGCACUGAAAGCAAUCAAUCUGUUUAUCAGAUUUGCAUAUCAUGUCAUGACUCAGGAGAUGAUAGCAUGUUUGACAUCACUGAAGGUCAUGUUUGUGUACUGAGUGUACAGAAGAUUAAAUCUAGACUCAGCAGACUGGGAUAUCUUGAUACACAGGGAUGCAGCAUUCUAUAUUAAACCAGAGAAUUGACUUUUCUAAUAGUGAGACAGGCAGUAUUUAUUGACAUAUUAUAUUUUCAGGAACCAGAACAGAAUAUGUUAUGCAGAUCUCCUGAGAUUUAUAUUAUUCCAAGUAGCAGACCGCAUUCACCCAUCCAACCACAUACCCACCCAUCCUAAAAAUCCUGCAUAUAGCUACUAUCUUUCUUGGCUGGUUAGAGCAGUGGUAGCAUCCCUGCCUUAGAACUGAGAAACCCCAGUUUGAAUCCUGUUCAGACCCCUUUAUCAGUAAAUGUUGGUGGACGAGACACCUAACGAUAUUAACCUACCUCAAAUCUUCUUAGAUUGUAAAUUCAUUUUAGCACCUUUCUAGAAUUGUGAAUAGUAUCCCUUUUCCUCACACUUUUAUAUUCUUGCAACCAAUCUUCUUCCUCCUUCAUUACCUCCGUUCCUGACCCCGUUUCUUUCUCCCACUUACUCCUUUACCCUGCUCCAACACUUGAACUUUCUUAAUCUUUUUUGUCAUUUUAGCACUUCUUUGCUGGAUGCUUUGAGCAUCUUUUAAAUUUUUUGGCAGCAAAGCCAGAAUAAAGAGGUCUCUCUGAGCUAAAGUACCCCAGGUGAACCAGAUGAGCUCUGCCAAAAAUGAUCAGAGCUGGACUGGAUACAACACACAUCACUAUCAGGGUUAUUUACUGAAGAAAGAAAUGUCAGACAUUCAAAGUGAAUUUCAAAUUUAGGGCCAAAAUAUCCAAAUUGCAAAUAUUCCCCCUAUGCUUUCAGUUCAGCUAAUUUGGCCUUAAAAUUGAAACUCACUUAGAGUUCCUGCCAGCUCUCACUUUUGUGAAUAACCCUGUAUAUUGAUAAUACUACCUAUAAUAAAUAUAUAUUUUAUAUUCCAGCAUAAAUAAACAUCCUCAGACAUAGAUGUAACUGCAGCAGAGUGGUAAACCAGACAGAAAACAUAUUCAAAAUGACAGAAAAUAUAAAUGCAAAACAGAAAAUAUAUUUGCACUUAUUAUGAAUGUUAACACACGUUUUUAUUUGUUCCAAUAUGACCAUUUAACUCAUACAGACAAUAGAACUGCUGUACAAUAACACAGAAUUCAGCAUUUUUUGGGUGCACAACACACACAUACUAAAGUAAGAAUUUGGGUAUUUAAGUAUUAGUUCAGUUUGGCUAUUAUUUGAAAUUUACUUUGAAUUCCCUGCAAUUCUCCCCUUAGUGAAUAACCCUGACAAUCUAAAGCAAUGUCUCCCCCUCUGCUAUUCUUGGAAACGCAUUCUCUGUAUUGCAACAGGUGCACAUUGUCGCAGCUGCUACUGACACACUCAACCUGUCACCUGUUCUCAUGUGUGCGUUUCACAGGCAAAAACACAACUCAAUGUGACCUGACGAAUUGAGUUAAGUGUCAGUCCAAUUGAAAAAUAAACUCCAUACCAUAUUUCACCCAUCUGGCUGUGUGUUCAGCACGCUGGAACUGAAAGAGUUAAACACUACUAGGUGUAUGCAGUUAACCAUUUUCUAUCCACUGUAAUGUUAGUCUAAUGACCGAGCACUGAUAUCAGUGCCAGUUCUGAUGCUCAUUUGCCGGUAGCCUAGUCAUUCCACCACAAUGUCUGACAGUACAGACUGGUAAGUUAGUUAUUAUUAUUAUGAUAUUUAUAGAGCGCCAUCAAAUUCCGCAGCGCUUUACAAUGGGUGGACGAACAGACAUGUAGUUGUAACCAGACAAGUUGGACACACAGGAACAGAGGGGUUAAGGGCCCUGCUCAAUGAGCUUACAUGCUAGAGGGAGUGGGGUAAAAUGACACAAAAAGGUAAGGAUAGUAUUAGACUAGUGACAGUUGCAGAAGAGGAAUCAGUCAGGAGCUAUUAACAGUUUAAUUGAUACGCUUUUAUGAAGAAGUGGGUUUUUAACGAUUUUUUUGAAGGAGUGGAGACUUGGUGAGCAUCUAACGGAGGAGGGAAGCGAGUUCCACAGGAACGGUGCAGCCCUCGAGAAAUCUUGAAGGCGAGCAUCAGAGGUGGGAGUAUGGACAGAAGAUAGACUUAAGUCUUUAGCAGAUCGUAAGGGCCUAGACGGGACAUACUUGUGUAUAAGAGAGGAUAGGUAGGUUGGAGCAGCAUUAUGUAGAGAUUUGAAAGCAAGGACCAGAAUUUUAAGUUGAGCUCUAUAUUUUAUAGGAAGCCAAUGUAGGGACUGACAGAAGGGUCAGUUGGGAGCACGUAAGACCACUGAUAAGCGGAUUACAGUAGUCAAGGCGAGAAAGGACAGUGGAAUGGACCAACACCUUAGUCGCAUUUGGCGUUAAGUAGGGGCGGAUGCACGCAAUGUUUUUGAGAUGAAAAUGACAGGAUUUGGCGAUAGAUUGAACAUGAGGCUUGAAGGAGAGGUCGGAGUCAAAGAGAACACCUAGGCAGCGAGCCUGCGUGGUGGAGCUGAUGGUAGCACCAUUGACUUGGAGGGAGAAAGACACAGGAGUAACAACACUUGAGGGAGGAAAGACCCGAAUUUCAUUAGAACUGCAUAGAUUUUGUAUAAAUGUAUACAUUGUAUCAAUGCUUUGUAGAUCACCCAGGGCCGCCACCAGAAAUGUUGACAAAGCACAGGGUCUGGGCCCCCCACGUCUCCCCCCUCUCUCCCCUCCCCCCCCGCAGAGUGCAGAGUGUGUGUUAGUGCAAUAAAUGCAGUGUGUGUGUCAGUGUAAUGAAUGCAGAGUGUGUGUCAAUGUAAUGAAUGCAGAGUGUGUCAGUGUAAUGAAUGCAGAGUGUGUGUCAAUGUAAUGAAUGCAGCGUGUGUGUCAGUGUAAUGAAUGCAGAGUGUAUGUCAGUGCAAUGAAUGCAGUGUUUGUGUCAGUGCAAUGAAUGCAGACUGUGUUAGUGUAAUGAAUGCAGAGUGUGUGUUAGUGCAAUGAAUGCAGUGUGUGUGUCAGUGUAAUGAAUGCAGAGUGUGUGUCAAUCAGUGGCAGAUCCAGAGCCUGAUCUCGGGAGGGGCACUUGUAGAUUAUUUAAAUAAAUAAUCCAGGUACAAUAACCACUACAGCUCAGUGUAGUAGUUAUGGUGUCAGUAGUGCCAGGAUUCCACCCCAGAGUAAGUAGUCAUACCGUUUAAGAACAGUUUGACAACUUACCUGGGGUCUGCUGGGAUAUAGGGUAUAGGAGCAGUGGUGUGUGUUAAGGGUGAAGUGUGUGAGUGUGGCAGUGUAUGUCAGGGACAGUGUUUGUGGGGCAGUGUGUGUAUGGGGACAGUGUUUGUGGGGCAGUGUGUGUGUAUGGGGGCAGUGCGUGUAUUGGGACAGUGUGUGUAUGGGCAUAGUGUUUGUGGGGCAGUGUGUGUAUGGGGGACAGUGUGUAUAUGGGGACAAUGUUUGUGGGGAAGUGUGUGUAUGGGGACAGUGUUUGUGGGGCAGUGUGUGUGGGGAAGUGUGUGUGUGUAGCAAGGGCAGUGUGUGUGUAUAUGGGGACAGUGUUUGUGGGGCAGUGUGUGUAUAGGGACAGUGUUUGUAGGGCAGUGUGUGUAUAUAGAGGCAAUAUACGUAUAGGAACCCAGUGUUUGUAGGAGCAGUGUGUAUGAGGAGUCAGUGUGUGUAUAGGGACAGUGUGUGUGUAUGGGGGGUCAGGAGUGUGUGUAUAUGAGGACAGUGUUUGUGGGGCAGUGUGUGUAUAGGGACAGUGUUUGGGGGCGUGUGUGUGUAGGGACAGUGUGUGUAUGGGGACAAUGUUUGUGGGGCAGUGUGUGUGUAUGGGGGAAGUGUGUGUAUGGGGACAGUGUUUGUAGGGCAGUGUGUGUGUGUUGGGACAGUGUUUGUGGGGCAGUGUGUGUAUGGGGGACAGUGUUUGUAGGGCAGUGUGUGUAUGGGGAGAGUGUUUGUAGGGCAGUGUGUGUAUGGGGAGAGUGUUUGUAGGGCAGUGUGUGUAUGGGGAGAGUGUUUGUAGGGCAGUGUGUGUAUGGGGGACAGUGUUUGUAGGGCAGUGUGUGUAUGGGGGACAGUGUUUGUAGGGCAGUGUGUGUAUGGGGAGAGUGUUUGUAGGGCAGUGUGUGUAUGGGGGGGGAAGGAGGCUUUUAAAUAAUAUUUAUUUUUUAUUUUAUUUAAUAAAACAAAUAUUCUAUGUCCCCCCUCCCUUCUUACCUUUACUGGGGAGGAGGGGGGACAUAUUUCUAUCCCUGGUGGUCCCAGUGGUGAUUCCCUGGUGGUCCAGUGUGGAGAGUGAGCUCUAGCCCGCGCUCCCGGGCUAGAGUUCACUCUCGCGAGAUUUGGAGCGUUGCCAUGGUAACCGCGGCAACGCUCCAAAUCUCACGAGAGGAGGACCUGGAGGAGCUGCAGCCUGAGCUCCGGGUCCUCCCUCUCACUCUCUCCCUCCGCCGCCGGCCGCCAGCACAGUGCCUGCGGACCGGGGAGGGAGAUCUGUGAUCUUCCUCCCCGGUCCGCAGGCACAUUGCACGGCUGGCAGGGGAGGGAGACCGGCGGAUUUCUCGGGGGGGGCAAUUGCCCCGUUGCCCCCCCCCCCCUGGAUCCGCCAAUGGUGUCAAUGUAAUGAAUGCAGAGUGUGUCAGUGUAAUGAAUGCAGAGUGUGUCAAUGUAAUGAAUGCAGAGUUUGUCAGUGUAAUGAAUGCAGAGUGUGUCAAUGUAAUGAAUGCAGAGUUUGUCAGUGUAAUGAAUGCAGAGUGUGUGUCAGUGUAGUUGAUGUAGUGUGUUUGUCAGUGUAGUGGAUGCAGUGUGUGUGUCAGUGUAGUGGAUGCAGUGUGUCUGUCAGUGUAGUGGAUGCCGUGUGUGUGUCAGUGUAGUGAAUGCAGAGUGUGUGUCAGUGUAGUGAAUGCAGUGUGUGUGUUAGUGUUGUGAAUGCAGAGUGUGUGUUAGUGUUGUGGAUGCAGUGUGUGUGUAAGUGUAGUGGAUGCAGUGUGUGUGUUAGUGUUGUGGAUGCAAUGUGUGUGUUAGUGUUGUGGAUGCAGUGUGUGUGUUAGUGUAGUGGAUGCAGUGUGUGUUAGUGCAAUGAAUGCAGUGUGUGUGUCAGUGUAAUGAAUGCAGUGUGUGUGUCAGUGUAGUGAAUGCAGUGUGUGUGUCAGUGUAAUGAAUGCGAUCAUAGCUAUAUAUAGGUGCAGAGAGUAAUUGUGGGGCCCUGGACUGCCAAAGCAGUCCGGGCCCUCCAGGACCUGUGACAAACGUUAUGGUUGUCACCCCCUGAUGGCGGCCCUGGUUGUCACCCCCUGAUGGUGGCCCUGACAUCACCUACAAGUAGAUAGUCUGUAUCUCUGCGUUAUAAAGCACGGUCAGUGCAGGGUCACAUUCAAUGGCUGAGCACGCUCAGGUGAGCCCCGUCCUCCGUAAAACUAGACGGAUCCAUCUAAUGGAGAAGACUGGAAGCUGGGGAUACAAGGGCAGGUGACCUGCCGGACCCAGGUAGGUUGUCAGCCCAUACUAAAAUGGAUUGACUACUUACUGUAGGAUGGCACUAGGGCACUUCUGGUACCAUAACCAUUACACUGAGCUGUAGUGGUUAUGGUGCGUGUAGUAUUCUUUUAAUCCAGCUUACACAAUGUGUAUAUUCAUUUCUAUUGUAGUUUCCAAGACUGUUUUUCCUUUUUUUCCAUGACAGGUAAAAUGUAAAUGUAAUCUAAGGCAUAGAUUUAUUCUGGUAAUAUUUGCUUAAUUGGUGCUCUUGAAUCCUCAUUAGCAAUUAAGUUGUUAACAUACCCUAAACAUAUUUACAAGGUUAUAAUUAGCAUUAUAUAACAAAAACAUUUUCUUGCAUCUAACUGCGUAAAAUCUCUAAACAGGCCCAAAAGUUCAACUCCUUGCUUACACCAUGCAUGCUAUUUGUAGACUCUAAAAAUAAAAUUAAACAAUUAAUUAGAUCUGAACCUAUUUUUAAUUGCAAAUUGUUAUGAGAUUGUCUCUAGACAGCCCCCAUCUGUGCUGUGGGGAGAGGCUUGCGCACAUAAUUAUGGAAAUUAGCCAUCAAUAUGUAUAAAAAAUUCAUCUAACUUGGUCUGCUUGAGUGGCAGUUGUGAGAGAGGGAGAUAGAAUCACCAAGAUUAUUUUGCUGUUGCAGCAAAUAUAUCCUGCACUUAUUGUUUUGGUUUCAUAGGUUAACUCACAAUGGCCUCUCCAAAACUCUAAGGGGGCCAUUUAUUAAACCACAGCAGCGGGGGAAAGGAGGGGAAACAUGGUUAAAAUUAUGCAUCUAAAAAGUCUGCUAUUAUGAAGUAAUGUGCCAUUAUUCUUUUCUAGUUAAGAGUGUAUUCGUGAAAAUAUUAUUUUUAUUUGUGUUCAACUUAACAAAUGACAAUUUUUUUGAAAAAAAUAACCGGACCCUAUUUUUUACUUUAUGUUGCAUUUAUCAUUAUAUUGGGUUGUUGUAUUUGUAAUGUUCUAAUCAUUUUCAGAAGAAUGAAAUUGAUGAGGGUGAAAUUCAAGUUGGCAUAUAUUAAUUAUGUAUGGUAAUUUUAGUGGAUUGUUACACAAAUACUAGAUUUUUAAUAUAUAAUGCAAAAAACAAAAUUCACAUUCUAAUUUAAUUUGAUGUGCUUUAAAACUACACUGAUAUGAAAAUUGUUGAUAAAUAUAGUUAAUAACAAGAAGUUACUAAAUUCAUCUCCCUAAUUACUUUACAGAACUCUUGCAUGUGGCAUCUGCUUCUUCAUCUUUAUAUAAAUGUGUCCUGUAUACUGUUGCUAAAUGAGAAAAUGGGAAUUUCUACCCUAUUUCUUUAGUCAUCCACUUUGUUCAUUAACAAUGCUUUGCUUUCUUUAGGUGGAUUACUCUGUCAUUGUCACGCAGGCAGGAGCCACAUUAAACAACAUCAUGAGCCAAGCGCAGGAACUGGUGGCCAAACUCCGGUCUCUUCAGUUUGACUUGAGAGAGUUUGUGUGUCUGAAAUUCUUGGUGCUUUUCAGUAAUGGUGAGUCCUUCAUCUUGUCAUUCCAUUUCCUUACUGAAACAAGGAUAGAGUAACAUACCUUUUUCACCUCAACAUAUCUUUUACUGCCCAUUGUUAAAACUUUAUCAUUUAAUAGCUCCCGACUAAGGCUUGUAUCACAAAAUAAUUGGUAUUGGCUGCUCAAAAAUAUUUUUUGAGUUCCCUAUAUCCUAAUGUAAAAGUUUCUGGUUCAGUCACCUGUAUCCCAUUGGGGUUCUUCAUAAAAUCUUCUAAGAUGUCUUUUCCCUGCUCUAACCUGAGAUUGAAUGUGAUAAGAUAUGAUCUAAAGAAAGGCUUGCAGAUCUUCUGAUCUCCUUUGAAGACCACCCUGUUAAAACUUGUUUAGCAUAGGGUCCAGUACACUCUCAAGGCUCAAGGCUCCAGUUGCUUCAAACAUUCCCCAGUAACCUGUAGGUAUGCAACUUACACUUAUAUUUCACAAGUACCUUUGCUGUAAUUCACCGCAAACAUAUACAUUUACUACGUUGGUGGACUAGUAUACAUCACACCUCUAAACUUAUUUACUUUAAUAGUAAAUCCGAACUGCAAUUUUCUGCUUCACAUAUGUAUCAUAAAUACAUACAAAUCUAGAACAUGGAAUUAAAGGGUUACUCCAAACUCCUUGACCAAUUUAUGGUCAUGGAGGCAAUAAUUGGUAUGUGCAGUGUUUCUGCUUGAAACACUGCACAUAAAGAGAUAGUUGAAGAUUUGUCCCAGGGGCAAGUUAACCCUGGCACAUGUAACUUAGGAAACUCUGUUUCACCUUGCUUUAUGUAAAUUCUGUGCAGAAAUUACAUCUGUCAUCAGUGACCCCCAGGCUCUGGAGACAGAUGUAAUGAGCUUCUAUCACUACAGGCAGCACUGGGGGCACACCUGCAAGGGGGAGCUUAUAUCUCCCCUCCCGCUCACGUUUAAAGCCUUCCUGUCUCCCUAUAUUUCCUAUGAUUUGUCCAUUUUUUUAUUUUGUUUUGUUUUUUAUAUCACCUUUCUCACCCAUCUCCCUCAGGUCUCUUCUGUCCCUACCUCAGAGCGCACGCUUGUUCUCAAAGCAGUUGAGGAAGGUCUAAUCAAAUGCUUCUCUGUCAUGCUAUGAUAUUCAAAUAAGAAGCAUUUGAUUGGACCACAGAGAGGGUAGCAGUGGUGUCAGGCUGGACGUGUCUCUAGACAGCCCCCAUCUGUGCUGUGGGGAGAGGCUUGCGCACAUAAUUAUGGAAAUUAGCCAUCAAUAUGUAUAAAAAAUUAAUCUAACUUGGUCUGCUUGAGUGGCAGUUGUGAGAGAGGGAGAUAGAAUCACCAAGAUUAUUUUGUAGCUUAAGGGUUAUUUUAAAGCUUAUAAGGGUGGACCUAAUUACUAAUGCCCAAUAGGACAAUCACAGAUUUGUAAAUAUAAAUACUAGAGUUCGACAGACAGAUCCUGCCUCUGACCCUGAUAUGCCUGCUUGGCUGACAUCAUCAAAAGUGUUGGUCUGAGCUAAUCACAAUUAUUCCCCAUAGGAUUGACUAAGACUGUCAAAGAGGGAGAACAGGGGCAGAGCCAGCACAAGUCAAACACAGCCCUAGCCAAUCAGCAUCUCCUCAUAGAGAUAAAUUGAAAGUUUAGUGUCUCCAUGCAGAGGAUGGAGACACUGAAUGGCCCCAGGAAGCAACUCUAGUAGCCAUCUGAGGAGUUGCCAGUAGAGGCAUCCCUAGGCUGUAAUGAAAACAUAGCAUUUUCUCUGAAUAGACAGUGUUUAGUACAGAAAAGCCUGAAGUGAAUGAUUCUACUCACCAGAACAAAUAUAAUAAUCUCUAGUUGAUCUGGUGGCUAUAGUGUCCCUUUAAAGGACCACUUUAGUGCCUGGAAAACAAGCUCGUUUUCCUGGCACCGUGUAGUCCUAAGGUCCCCCCACGCCCUCCUCCCGCUGGGCUGAAGGGGUUAAAACCCCUUCAGCCACUUACCUUUAGGCGCUGGUGACCUCUCCUCCCCCUUCAGAGUGAAGCCGAAUGCGCGCGCGGCUCUGGUCGCGCAUUAAAAACGCCCAUAGGAAAGCAUUAUUCAAUGCUUUCCUAUGCACCUCAGCGUCUUCUCACUGUGAUUUUCACAGUGAGAAUCGUGGAAGCGGCCUCUAGUGGCUAUCAAGAAGACAGCCACUAGAGGCUAAAUUAACCCUGCAGUGUAAACAUAGCAGUUUCAGCUGCAGGGUUAAAACUAGAGGGACCUGGCACCCAGACCACUUAAUUGAGCUGAAGUGGUCUGGGUGUCUAUAGAUCUGACUAUACUAUGCUUUAACCAUUUUUGACCCUACCUUGACUGCUUACGGUCUGUGCCAGUAGAAAAUAAUUUUUAAUAGUCUAGGUGUGCCUAACAUGUUCAGUGCUUGCUCCAGCAGUCAAUAGUAUAUGUAAUAUUACCAUUAAUUAAAUUAUGUAUGAUAAUAGCUUUUUUCGUGGAACAUUGUGGCAUUAUAACUAUGAAUUUUCCCAAGAAUUGCUGUAGGUAGCAUUUAAAUUCAGUCCAUCAUGCUAGAAUAUUAGAGAAAUCAUAGAGAUUGUUUUGUUUUAUUCCAUCGUGUUUUUUCUCCCUUCAAGCAGUUUUUAUAGACAGCCUGUAAAAUGUACUAGCUGACCGUAAAAGAGCUCCUUUCCUCUAGAUGUUUUCGUCUGUCUGAUAUAUUUUGUUUAUUACUGCUUCAGAACAUUCAACAUACAAUCAUGUCUCCUUCACACUUAUAUUUUCUGCAUCUGUGUACAAUUAUACAACUUAACCUUUCUCCUCCUGGUGUAUCAAAAUCUUAAUUUCGUUUUCUGUUAUAAAAAUCAGAAUCCAAAAUCUGAAUGCCCAACCCAUGAACAUGCACUUGCUUUGCCUGUCACCUUCAUUUUGUGCAUUAAUGGAACACUCCAUGCACCAUAAACACCACAUCUCUCUGCAGUAGUUAAGGUACCAGGAAUGCCAUGGCUCCCUCUAUUGUAAGGCGUCAAACUGUUUAUGAAUGGUAGUGGUUUUCAUGCCAUUAAUGUUCUGUACCUGCAUCCUCCGGAGAGCUGGAUAUUAAAAAAACAGGAUCUUCUGUUAACACUCCUGAAUUAAAUCUUUUAAUGCAGUACAUACAUAGUUCAUUGGCUGAGAGCGUCAGUUGAUCACUCUUAGCCAAGGAGCUAAGCAUUGCCAGCUUAGUUCAGGAGAGCUAACAGUAGCUUCUCCUAGGUUCUCCUAGGCUUAUGAUGACAAACCUUGACACCCCAGAUGGUUUUGAAGUUCAUUUCCCAUAAUGGUCAAUUAGCCUUAUUACGCAGGCCCUAUUUUCACAUUUGCACGGUUUAUUUUUGAAUUCUCAAUUUCCAAUCAAGGUGCAGAUCAGAAUGUAGGUUUUUUUGUUCUUUUAUAGAUUAAACAAGGUCAUGUAUACUUUAUGUAUGUGAUAUGUGUCCUUCAGAACAUGUUGUUCUGAAUCUUUCAUAAAUAUUGACCCAAAAGGGACACAGUGUAUUCACUCAAUACAAUUACUCCUCCACUAUUUCUGCCAUUUAUUGCCACACAGAAUUUAUUUUUCACUCAAUAUGUAGAUGUUUAUUGUUUAAAUGGUGGUAUCUGGGCCAUCCAUGCAAGAGAAUGUUAGGUAGUCUUUUAGAUUAUAUGCUAGAUAUGUGUUUUGAAAAUUUUUAGAAAUUAUUUAGAUGACUGCAAAUUAAAUUAUGUUUAUUUCUUACCAAACAAAUUCAUAAAUAGGGAAUAAUAUAAAAGUUUUAGAUUUAUUAAAGGGGCAUUAUGAGCACAAUAACCACUACAGUCCUUUAAAGUGGUUAGGGAUCAAAGAAAAUAUGGUCUUUUCUUGCUUUUACUGCCCAAUAAAUCAUUAAAAACGUUGUUCAGAAAUAUUUGUACAGCCAAGGUUAACUGUCACUCUUGUGUUACAAAUGGAACUCACCAGCAACUGUAUCCAGUAUUAUGGAGGCAUACUUGAAAUUACAUCUUUUGACCAGAAGGGGCACUAUAGCGCCAUGUUUAGGGGCUAUCUGAUCAAUAGUGAGGUUGUCUUCACUGUAGAGUAGAGCAGACCUGUACUUUUUAUGCAUUGUAACAACUGGAGGAUCAGAUGUUUCAAUUUGCCAUCAUUACAAUUUAGUGCUUAUAGAUCCUAUACCAGCAUGGAAUGUUCUGCUUAUAUUGUGCUGUUCGUUUUAUAAAGCCCCGCUGUAGUUAAUUAAAGUGUUUAUUCCAUUUUAGAUUAGAAUCCUCAAAUAAAAGUUUUCUAUGAACACCUACACCACCAUUGAAAUUUAAUAUAUAAUGUAAAAUGUCUGUAAUAUAAAAUCUCCAACACUUAUGACAAUCUACAGUAUAAAGUUACCUUAUUAAGGAAUGUACUUGUAAUAAAAAACAACAUUAACCCGUUACAUUACCUUUCUGUCAGAUGACAUGUCUCUUUAAAAAGUCUGUGCAGAUAAAAAAGCACCAGGCCCAUGAUAGAUGGGCUCUUAAAUACUUUAUCAAUGAACAAAUACUUUUCCUAGUAGCUAUUGAUCUGUCACUUAUCAGGAGACAGUCGAGGAUCUGAAUGAUAAUCGGUGACAUUUUAAAUGCCUUAUAAGAACCCCUGCCAAACCAGAUAUACAUUUAUAGGACAGCAUCUCUUGUUUUAUCAAACUCUACAAAGCUUUAAUAUUCUUUUUAUCUCUGUGUGUCUCUAUUUCUCAUAUACUUAUCUAUGACUCAUAUCUACUUUGAUAAACAAUGUUGCAAAAAACUUGGUAAUAGCCCAUGUAUAUUGGCAAAACAUUGACCAUUAACUUGAUUCAGAUUUCAUCAAAGAUUGUUAAAUUUAGCUGGUAGAAAUGUUCUCUCCUCUUCAAUAUAUUCUAGCUUAAAGGGACAUUACAGUCACCAGAACAACUACAAUUUAUUGAAUUUGUUCUGGUGAGUAAAACCAUUACCUAUAGGCUUUUUGCUGUAAACACUGUUUUUUUCAGAGAAAAUGCAGUGUUCACAUUACAGCCUAGUGAUAACUUCACUGGCCACUCCUCAGAUAGCUUUCAGAGAUCCUUCCUGGGUCAUGGCUGCCUAAAAUGCAUCCACACAUUCAGUGUCUCCUCCCUCUGCAUGCAGACACUGAACUUUCCUCAUAGAGGUUCAUUGAUUCAAUUCAUCUCUAUGAGGAGAUGCUGAUUGGCCAGGGCUGUGUUUGAAUCAUGCUGGCUCUGCCCCUGAUCUGCCUCCUUGUCUCAGCCAAUCCUAUGGGGAAGCAUUGUGAUUGGAUCAGGCUACCACUUCUGAUGAUGUCAGCAGACUGCUUGUUUUUUUUUUGAGGCAAACCGCAUGCAGAUAUACAGCUUCUGGCUUGAAUACAGUAAGAUGUUGCUAUAUUUAUGGAGGCAUGAGGGGCCCAGGGGGGCUAGAUGGUGGUUUUAACACUGUAGGGUCAGGAAUACAUGUUUGUGUUCCUGACCCUAUAGUGAUCCUUUAAUAACAAUACAUACAUCUCUUGCAACAUGUCACAUUUCUCGAUAGUCUCAUUGUUUGCCAUCUUCUCCAGACAAGGGGAUUGGAUUGUCUAUAGGUCCGCCAAGAGCUUGCGUGGCCCCACCCACAAAACACAAACACACUAGUGAUGUCCCGAACGGUUCGCCGUGAACGGUUCGCCGUGGACUCAUCAUUGAGUAAACUUUGGCCCUGUACCUCACAGUCAGCAGACACAUUCCAGCCAAUCAGCAGCAGACCCUCCCUCCCAGACCCUCCCACCUCAUGGACAGCAUCCAUUUUACAUUCAUUGUGAAGCUGUAUUCUUAGUGAGCUGUCCAGGAGGUGGGAGGAUCUGGGAGGGAGGGUCUGCUGCUGAUUGGAUGGAAUGUGUCUGCUGACUGUGAGGUACAGGGUCAAAGUUUACUCAAUGAUGAGUCCGCAGCGAACCGUUCGGCGAACCGUUCGGGAUAUCACUAAAACACACCUGUUUUAAAGGUGAGAUUUUCAUUAUCUAGUAAGCAGAUAUUCUGUGGUAUCCAUAUUUGCAUUUUUCCCUGCUAUUUACCAAUUCCAUAGAGAUAAAGUCUUGGAAAAUACUCAUUAUUUUAAAAAUAAUAUGUAGUCAUGGCAUUUGCUACCAGCUUCCCACUGCAGUGUAUAACUAACCUUUAAAGUGUUUGUGCACAUAAAUGUGAUGAAAUUCAAAAACAAAAAUCCCUAUCAGGCAGAUGGCUUCUAGUGAACUAAAACUGAUUUACAAGAAAAAAUGUAUAAUUUAUUUGUACACCGCCUUUGUAUUCAUGGCAUGAAUAAAAUAACUUAUCGUGCAAAUAAUAGCUCAUCGGCUGUCAAGCACAGGUAGGGUUAAUCCCAGCUCUGCCAGAGUUGCAUCUUUAUUAAAUUGAAUGUAAUAAGUAUUUUUUCUUUUUUGUGACUAAAGAAGAUCAUUGAUCAUAAGUCACUGCGAGGUUUAUGUUCAGAUCAAUAGUUAUUUGUUUAGCAGGAGAGAAAACGAAUGUAAAAUAUAUGCAGAGGGAUGAGUAUUUUUAACUAGUUUAAUAAAAACAUUUUGAUUGCAUCUCAUUUCUUUAUCCUCUAGUAGUGGAAGGGAGAGUAGUACUUGUAUAAGGCAGCGAUGGUCUUGAGUUCGAGAAGAAGUUGUUCUUUCCUUGUUGUCUUUACUUUGAACAAAAAUAGAUUAACCAAAAAAAAUGGUUAUUUAUAAUAAAUUAAUAAUUCUCAAUACAUUUCUGUGACAGUACAACGAAUACAUGAAUGUAGAGAAAAAAAGUGUCAUGAUCUGAAAAGUGGUAUCAAGUUCUAAAAGUGUAGCAAUCACCAAUGGAAGGUUUGACUCAUUCCGUUGGUUUCCACCUUUAGAAAAUGUGCCCCACAUUACAAUGUAAAAUGAACACGACUAAACUACGCCUCACGAAUGUCAUCAGCAGUUGCAAAACCGGUACUCUGUUAAUUCUUUUGACAAAAAAAAAGUUACACAAUGAAAAUUGUACAUUGAUUACCAUUACUCCCCCCACCCCCUCCUAAUUUCUUUUUUCUGUAUCCUACCCACUGUUUACAAUUUUGCAAACAUAUUAAAAUAAAAACUGUCAAUUUAAAAAAAAAGAAAAUGUGCCCCACAUUUAUAGUUACAACACUUAUAAAUCGUCCCCAUGGUUUGGAGAUAAUGAAAAGCUGAUGUCCUUGCAAAGACUUGUGGGGUCAUUAUACAUAGAAUAUAGAAUGUAAUGGAGGCACAAUGGACUGAUCUGAAGGCUAAAACCAUUGAAAUGGAAAAAAACUGAGGCCAGAAUAGUUUGUGUAGUGUGGGUGAGAGCAAGUGGGUUUUUAGGGGUGAAGCUAAUGAUGAGGAGAACCAGCUACAGAUCAAUAAAUGCUUUUUCUGGCUAUAUGACUACCUACUGACCAAGACACUUGUUUUAGGUUGCCAAUUAAUAUUUAGAUGCCACCUUCUAUCACAUAUUUAACUUUGUAUAUUUACUCAAGUCCCAGAUUGAAUAAUACUCUCGUGUUGUCCCCCACAGGACAGUUCCUGUCAAGCAGUUUCUAAUCUUAUAGUCAUCUUCUGAUACCCCAAAAUAUGUAGAUUGUGGAAUAUCUCACACAUUUUAUAACAAAAUAAAUCCCCUGACAUGUGUAGGUAAAAAAAACUGGAUAUGUAGAAUGAGUCUGCCUACCUUUGUUGUUUCAAACAACUCCCAUGACUGAGCAUAAUGAGAUUUAUUGGUGGACAAUGGAUGGUAGGCCUUAGAAUUGUUUAUGAUUUUCACAUUUCUUUAUCCAGUGCUCCACCCCUUAGGAGCAGCCCCUAAACCUAUCCUUAUCAAUGUACCAAUCCAAGGUAUGUGGCUGUCUUUACUGCAGUCAUGUGCAUCUCAUAGUUAAUCUGUGGCCCUUCUUAGUCAUUAGGUUGCAUUUAACACAUUAGAAGGAAAAUAAUGUUGACAGCUGUCCUGUGUAAUUAAUAUGAGGAAGCCAAACAGAAUUCCAUUGUAUGAAUUUCCGGUAUAUACUAGGUGAUUUCCACUAUUGCUACUGAAUCAGGUCUGAUUUUACAGUAAAGAGUAAUUAAUUUACCUGAACACUAAAAUCCCAGUUAGCAUUGGUGUCCUUGGUUGAGAUACAAUGAUAUAUAUCUACCUUCCACAAAAUCUAACUAAAAUCUCUAAAUAUCAUCUUUCUAUAAUUGUAAAGCGUGGCAGAAUAUGUUAAUGCAAUAUAAAUAAUCGUAGUUUUACCCUGUUAACAUGAAGCACAGCUUGUAUCUUUAGAGCUCUGUUAAUAUAGCCUGUUGGUGUGCUUAAAUGUUGAAUUUCUUGUAUUUGUUACACCUGGGGUAGUGAGAUCAAUUCCCAGCAGAACUAAUUCUUCUUUUCUGCAUAGAUAAAAUGCAUAGGCAUUGCGUAAUAAAAAUAUCUAUACUCCGAGACAUACUUGGAAAGCAUUAAGAGCUAAAUGUUUCCUUCCUAGUUAAGUUAAUUUUGAUAUUAUUAUCAUCACUUUUCCUUUGUUGAAUAAAGCCCUUCAAAAUGAUCUAACUACAUUUUUGGAUCCAGUAACCAUCGUGCUAUACGGGAAUUUGUGUUCCCCACGGACCAAAUUAUGCAUGUAAAGGUUCUAAUAGCAAAAAUGUAAUGGCCCGCAAAGACCAGCUAUCAUGGCGUUUUUCCUUUUUUGUAACUGCAAAUUGCUACCCAGAAUAUAAUUACACAUGUCCCUUGUUGGACAGCUGCAGAGUGAAAAAAUGAUAGAAAUUUAUUUCCAAGUCCACCUGAGGACCACCCGUAUUAUUUUGAAGUAUGCCACCUAGUACCCCACAUUGUAGCUACAGAAACCACAGAUGAACAAGUAGCAAUAUUAGCUGAGUCUUUCCUAAUAUUGGGGUUUGCUUUUGUCUAGACCAGGGAUGUGAUUACUUGGCCGUCCCAUAAAUUGCUGCCAAUUAAACUGUUUAAUAAAUAAACCCCUACAUUGUUUCACUGUUAAUUCGUAAGGUGAGAGAAAUAUAAUCUUUGAACUACCAGACUUUUCACUGUUUAUUGGAAUGAUAUGAAACCUAGACCAUUCUUUAUUUAUUUUAUUUUCUUCUAAAAUAUUUCUACCUUCUUGUUUUCUUUCAUUAUGCUCCUUUUAACACAUAUCCAAUUUGUUCCCCUUCUUUUUGAAACUAUUUGUAGUUUCUCACUCAUGAAUCCCUCUUGCUUGACAUGUCUGUAGUUGUUUUUUUGUUUUUGGGGUCUUUGUUUUUUUUACGCUUUGUUACAGCCUCUCUCGUUCUGCUUAACCAGGUCCGAUGGUCAACAUUCUCUGGUACUCUGCUAAGCAUUCUGGGUGUGUUAGUCUACAGUUACUGGAAUAAAAGUGUCUGUCUACGUUUUAUUCGCUGCUUUUCCUCUCCCCCUCCUUCCAUGUUUUUGCAACACCUCUCGUCCAUCACCCUCGCUAACUUACUGUCGGAAACACCAAGUAAUUCUACGCUCCUCUUCACUGUGAAACAUUUUGCUUUCUUUUUCUAUUGAUGUAACACUUACUGGCGGCAGUGGAAAAAUCAAUAGAGUCUUUUCAUUUAGUGUCCGCUUGCGGACCUAUCCGGGCCAUGUGCUGGCCGCACGAUUAAUUGCUGUUAUUUCGCUUUCGGUAAAAGAUGUCUGCGUGUCCCCCCUUCUUAUUUAGACAUAGCCACGCAAUCUGUCAUAUUUCUGCAGUAGAAAUACAGUGUUCUACGAACUUUUCAUGUUACUUUCAUUUUAUGAGUGCUGUAAGGGUUAAAUCAUUUAUUUGCAAGCUAUGUUACCAAAGUUACUAAAGUUUUGUGAAACAUUCCAAACAGCAUUAUAUAGAUACUAAAUGGCCAGAUUAAUGCAAGAAAGCAUUACACUUAUGGUUUAUUUUCAAAACUAGUUUUAUGGCAUUGCCCUAGAUACAGUAUUUAAUAGAAGAAAAGUAAAAUAAAGAAAUCACAAACUGAAGAAAACAGAGGGUUUUUCUAAUCAGGUAAAAAAAAAAAAAAGUAUUUAUUACACAAUUUUUAUUACGUCAACUGAUAUGGAGAGUUUUCAGUAGUUGAUAUAAUUAUUAAUAAGUAGACCAUCUGAAAGCCAAAAUAAUAGUUUUUUUGGCAUUCAGUGUUCGUUGGUUUGACCUGUAUGGCAUACAAACCUUUUACCCUUCCUAUGCCGCCAACAGUGUUAAUUCGCCCAAAGUACUCACAUUUGCAAGACAUUAAACAUAUUCAAGAUGUGGUCUUACCAUUGAUUUAUAAAGAAGCAAAGUUAUAUUUUCAUCAUGAAAAUUAAUGCCCGUUUUUAUACAUGACAAUACUGGCCUUAGCAACUGCUGAUUGACAUUGCAUAUUGUUGCCUAGUUUGUUGUCUAUAUCUAUUCCCAAAUCCUUCUCGUGUGUUGCUAUCCCUAAUUCACUACUAUUUAGGGCAGGCAUAGGCAACCUUCGGCACUCCAGAUGUUUUAGACUACACCUCCCAUGAUGCUUUGUCAGCAUUAUGGGUGUAAAAACAUUAUGGGAGAUGUAGUCCAAAACAUCUGGAGUGCCGAAGGUUGUCUACCCCUGAUUUAGGGUGUAAGUUGCUAAUGCAUUUUUUACCUCGAAGUACAAAACUUUGCAUUUAUCUACACUAAAUUUCAUCUGCCAUUUGAGUACCAGGUUUCCCAAAUCUAUCUAAAUCCCUCUGCAAUAUCCUGUAUUACGUUACAGUUUUGUGUCAUCUGUGAACACUGAAAUCUGACCUUUAAUACCUAUUUCAAGAUGAUUUAUAAAUAUAUUAAAUAAAAGUGGUCCUAGAACAGAACCUUGAGGGAAACCACUUACCACGUUUGUCCAGCUUGAAAAUGUACCAUUAAUGACAACUCCCUGUACUCUGUCUUUUAGCCAAUGUUCUACGCAAUAACAAGAAUUAUUAUCUAGACCAAUUUCUUUUAGUUUGAAUACUAACCUAUUGUGUGGAACCAUAGCGAAUAUUGUGUAAAAUCCAAGGAGAUCACAUCCACUGCAACACCCCAAUCUUUACUUCUUCGUAGAAUGCAAUUAAGUUAGUUUGACAUGAUCUAUGUUUUAAUAAAACCAUGCUGAUUAUUGCUAAUAACAAUGUUCUUCCCAAUGAAUUAUUGGAUAUUAUCCCUUAAUAACCCUUUAAAUACUUUCCCAUACACAGAAGUUUAGCUCACAUGUCUGUAAUUUCCAGGCAAAGAUUGUGAACCCUUUUUGAAUAUAGGAACCUCAUUGGCUUUUUGCAUGCAUUAUUUGCAAACUUAUAUUUUAUAUAGGAUACCUAUAAAAAAAAUAUAUCUUUCUUAUUUUAAAUUUCUUGGUUUACAUUCCAGCUAAGCCACAUUGCUUUCAAUGUAUUCAUUUGAUAUUUAUUAUCCAAUGGUACAUACUGAGAAAUGUGCCUUUCUAAUAUUUGUUUUAGGAUAUUCCAUUUAUCCUUAAAGGACCACUCUAGGCACCCAGACCACUUCGGCUUAAUGAAGUGGUCUGGGUGCCAGGUCCCUCUAGGAUUAACCUUUUUUUUUUUUAUAAACAUAGCAGUUUCAGAGAAACUGUAAGGUUUAUAAUAGGGAUAAUCCAGCCUCUUAAGUCUCUAGUGGCUGUCUCACUGACAGCCACUAGAGGCGUUUUCCUGCUUCUCACUGUGAAAAUCACAGUGAGAAGACGCAAGCGUCCAUAGGAAAGCAUUAUGAAUGCUUUCGUAUGAGACUGGCUGAAUGCGCGCGCAGCUCCUGCCGCGCAUGUGCAUUCAGCCGAAGAGGCAGAGAGGAGGAGGAGAGCUCCCCGCCCGGCGCUGGAAAAAAAGGUAAGAUUUAACCCUUUCCUCGCCAUCCAGCUCGGCGGGAGUGGGACCAAGUAUGUUUUCCUGGCACUAUAGUGGUCCUUUAAUGUUGUUUUCACUAAAGAAUGUAUGCCAGUCAAUAUAUUGUAAAGCAGCCUUGAAUUUGGCCUAUUUAAAAUUAAAUGUUUUAGUAUAACCCAUGUGCAUUUGCCUUGUUGAAUUUAUUUCAAAAUACAUAUAGUCCCUCAAGUUCUCCCCUACUUGAACGUUUGUCAAAACAUCAACUUUGUAACCAGAUCUAGACAAGCAUCCUUUCUAGUUGGUGCUUGUACCAGUUGUGACCUGAUUCCCUUUGCUGUACUACCAGUCCCUCUGUCCCAGUUAAUAUCCGGGUAAUUAAUUAAAAUUUCCAAUAAUUAACAUGUUACACAGAUGUGCAGUAUUUAAACAGAUAGUGGGACAGACACAGUACAGAGAUUAGUAAGUAGAAAUAGUACAUAGUGUUCCCACUAAAUUUCAGGUCAAAUCAGCUAAUUCUAAACUUUAGAUUUUUGUAAAUUGGCAUUUUUCAAAUACAAAUAAAUAAGUUGCCUGUUAGUCAGAAUGGUUGCGGCACAUGUUUCCGACACUAGUUUUUACAGACUUUCCCCAGGCUGUCCUGGGACAGAGAAUUCAAAGUGAGUUAAAAGCAGAAAGUCGAAAGUCUUCGGUCAGCACUUGAUGUGUCUCCUACCAGCCAGGAUACAAGGCCUCUGUAGCUACAAUAUGGAUUUACUGUCUCCAUGCAGAGAAUACAAAACCCAGGCUAAUGGAUAGUUUAUUACGUGUAAUGAUAUUAGUGUAUUAUUGAUACAGACAGCAAAUAGUUGGCCUUGUUAUAUCGGGAUAACUAUAUUAAUUGAUUAAUGGGUUUCUACCAGCUCGAUCCCUGUGAAGCGUUACAUCGUGAAACUUUUUAACCUUUUUCAAUCCUUUCCCAAAGACGAAACCUUUGGCAUUUGAGCAGCUAUGGCCCAUGUCCCAAGUUAGACAGACUGCAUUUGUAAUAUCUUCCAAUCCAACCCCUAGAAAUAAGGAAUUUCAAGUUUUUAAAAGCUAUGGAAUGUGACACCUUUUAUGCCUAAACUGCAUUGAGCUGGAUUACAGAACCACUAAAGUCACCCAGACCACUUAAUUGAGAUGAAGUGGUCUGGGUGCAGUGGUCCUGUCAUUUUAACCCUGCAAUGUAAAACAUUGCAAUUUUUUAGAAACUGCAAUGUUUACAUUGCAAAGUCAAAUGCCAUAUUCUUGGCAGCCACUAGAGGCACUUCCUCCGCCAGAACCAAAAACUCGGUUCUAGAAAAAGGUGCUGCUGAUUGCAACAUUGGAUUGGUGGAGCGCUGCGUUUGACCGUGCAUGCCAAGUUCAUAUUCAUUGCUUCUAUAUGAGAAGCAAUGGAUUGGAGGAGAUCUUGAGUGAUGGGCGAGGAUGCCAACAUCAAUGGAGCUGGAGGCUGGAGCAGUGGAGUCUCAGUGCUGGAAAUGAGGUGAACAAACUUUAUUUUAAUUACACUUUACUGAGCAAAGGGCUGUGGACAGUGAUCACUUCACUAUAACGGAACCUAUAGUUACGAAAUAUUCAUUGUUCAUUGUUAUAGGGAUUAAAGGUUCCCUUUAACUAGUCAGGGUAAGAAAUUACACCUCUAACCCUACAUACAUAAACAAUGGCUGGGCUUGGUGGGUGUUGCAGUCCUGGGCAGGUCAAAGCCUUGUAGUGUAUCCAUGUGCAAGGCAUUGUGGGAUGCCUAGGAUAUAGCAUGGUAUAUGUGCAUAAAUCUGUUUUAGUGAUCUAGAUAAACGUACAUCUUUAAAUAAAAUAUUUUGCAUGUAUUGGGUGCAAACCUUAUCAAUCUUAGGACAUGUGGAUGACUGAUCCACUGUUCAAACAUUAAUUGUGUCAUGAAAACAAAUACAUAAUUUGCCAUAUUUCAAAAUAAUUGCAAAUAAACCCAAUUGCAAUUUCCUUCUCAGAGUGCUUACAAAUGCAUCUUAGCUGCUCCUCCUAACAAGUAGGAUGUGGUCUUUGUUUUUGUGGAUCGACCUACGGCAGUUUCCUCUUUCGAUUACUUAGAACCCAGAAUUUGCCUUAAGGCCAGACAGAAGGCAGUAAAUUCACCGAGAUUGUGUUCAGUACAGACUAAUAUGUUCCCGCUGGGAUGUCCCUGUUUGUUUCUUUGAUAUUGCAAUCAGCAUUAUUUUGAUCUGCGUACAUUUUCUGACACUAUUACAGAUAUGGAGAGAGACUACCUCACAUCUGAAGUCAUUAAAUUAUACAUUUACACAAAUAUAUAUAUUUCUUCCCAGCAAGCUCCUUUCCUUAGUGACCGAUCGGUUCUUUUUUUGCAGUUUUAAAUGUAUACAACUGGUGAAUGACUCCAUAACUGAUUAUUAUACGAGAAGAGGGAAAUCAUUUAGAAGACAGAAAGAAGCAUUGUUCCUGAGACAGUUAAACAUAAAGUUAUAAGCUACAUAAGAAAAAAGUUAGAUAAGCCUAGAAUUCGAUUGUACUUUUCUGUCAGUGUAUGACUCAAAACAUAACAACUUAUUGAAAAACAACGUAUACUGAGAGGUUGAGGGUUGAUAAAAAUUAAAUAGCACAACUCAGGCUUCUAUUUGCUGCUAGAAAUGGACAGGUACAUGAGUUUAGUAGUGAGCCCAGUUUGAUAAGGGCAAUCAUUGGCUCUAUUCUCUGUCAGUUUGGAAGUUUGUCUAGUGAGAUUGGCACAUCAUAUGGGGACACUAAGCAGCUUUGCACAUGAGAUCUGUUGGCAGUAUGACAUAUCAUUAAAUUUAAUAUAUACCCUUAUUUUUUUCAUACUCGAAAGACAAAUCAUUUAUUGGGGUGAUCCAAUGUACUAUCCAUUCAAGGUGUGAGUGAUUGUGGUUAUUUCUAUGAAAUCGCACCCUGGCAGAAAUUACAUUUUAAUGCAAAAGUAAGGUGACAUCUGACAGUGGGAUUUGUCAAGGUCAAUAAAUGGAUUAGAAUAACAGGAGAAGAAGUAAAAUAGAGUCGAAAACAAAAGCAAAGAGAGCAGGUAGAUCAAGGAUUAACAAUCAGUUGGACAUUAGCCAGAGUACCGAAUGUUGUCGUCCUUCCAUUUUAAAUUUAAACUUGAUUGGGGAAUUCUACAUGCUAUAUUAGGACAUGCUAGGACUUCUGUAGAUGCAGAAACCUCAGGCAGUAGCCUAAGUUGUCUUUUCGAUAAAACUGCUAUGUGCAAAGAGAGAUUGGAAGGGGUUGGUUACGAGACAGAACACGACAAAAUGUAAACAAAAACAUAUAUUAAAGAAAAACUCAGUCUAUUUUGUUCUAGUGCACAUUUAAAAGGGGUUAACAAAGUAACAGAAAGUGUAUGCCGCCAUUCAUUGACAGUCAACACUGUUUUCUAUACUCGAUUAAGAUAGCUAAACACUGCCCUGAUUCUGUAUAAUUAGCAAGCUGAAGGUUUGAUUACAAUAAUAUAUGCAGCAUGGCCUGGGUGUAAGGGUUGGGAAUCACUCUGCUGUCUGGCUGGAUCUAAUAUAUUCAAAAGGACCUUAGGGCCUUCUGUUCAAUAAAGAUAGAGUAGUGUACGUGGCCUCUCAGCACACUGAUUUUAAGGCUGUUUCAUGUUUAAGAAAAAAAACACAGAGGUAAUUAGUCCCUGAGUGAAUAAACUGGAGGAGAUUAGAGAUUUUACAGAGGAAGCCUUUUUUAGCUUAAGAUGUUAGUAUAUAAAGUUUUCAUUUGUAAAUAUAUAUUUCAUGAUGAAAGAAAGUCUAGAUUGGCAGCUAUGUGUUUUAACCCUCUUAAUAGCAGGUAGGGCUAUUGGGUUAAAGCUAUUCGAUGACAGUGGUAUAGCUUGGCUAGAACUUCAGACUGAUGUUAGAAAAAGGUACCACGAAUUCUCGUGUCUUAUUUAACCCCUUAAGGACAUGUGACGGAAAUAUUCCAUCAUGAUUCCUUUUUAUUUCUGAUGUUGUGUCCUUAAGGGGUUAAUCAUAUUUUCUAUGAUGUAUUACUGCCCUGUGUGCUGGAUGCUUUGUUUCAUGAUGUUUUGUAAGGUUCCAACUUUCACCGCUUUGAUUUACGUCCUUAAAAUAAUUUACAACUGUACCUCAUUUCCUUCUGUAUCUUGUAUAUGCCCUAGUUUGACGGUUUGUCUUGUACUCUUAAAUUGUCAAUCGCAAUAAAAAUGGUUUUAGAAUGAAAAAAGGUACAGCGAAUAAGCAGCACUCAUGCAUUGGUAUCAUCACGAUACCAAUAUCAAGUGAGCGCAUUAUAUUUGUGUAAGAAGUGAAUAGACUGACUCCCAAUUUCAAAGUCCUUUACUGCCUGGUUAUAGGACGUAUGUCAGGUUUUAAUCAUGAUAAUGUGCAUCCACCUGUUUUUCACAGGUUAAACUUCAUCAGUAGUAGUCAUAAUGAGUUCAAACCACCUACACUUUUGCUUUCUUUGACAAUCCCCAAUUGAAGUUUUUACUAUUAUUUGCUCAAGCAAAGCACCAUAAUAUUCUUCACAAAUGGGAUAGAAAAAAAAGAAUAACAUCUAUAUUUAAUUUUUGCCCCAUUAAAAAAAAAAUUCUUACUUAUUAAGCAAUGGCAGCUCUAUACCACAGUACUGUCACUAAGUGUGUGGGACAUUCCAUUUUAAUAGGAUGUUGCAAAGACCAGAUUGUUAUGAUGGCAUAGAUUGUCAUUGAACCUUAGUGGGUUAAACAGACAAAAUAUCUUUCUGCAGUUAUUGUAGGUGUGAUCUUCUACAAAUAAUUUACCAUUUUUACAAGAUGUUAUUUGAGAAUAAAUGAUACAUAAAUAAAAUACCUCUGGGACCUUUUUUGCAACUUUGUGGAAAAAAAAUUUAAACUAUAUAUGUUCCGUGUUAUAAGGUCAUGGGAUUUAUUCACCUGUCACAAAUGCAAUUAGACAUUGAGCUGUAUAAGGAAGAGAUACUAGCCCGUGGAAGCCAGUCAUAUCUUUCUUUAUGCACUAAAUUCCAUCAGACUUGUUUGCCUGAUUAAUGAUUUCUCCCAGAUUAAUUUGACGAGAACAGGGCAAACACCAAGAUCUAAUUAGAGCAUCGAACUGGGCAAACUAUUUCUUUUACACUCAAAAUGUUUCCAAGUUUUAUUGCCAAUCAGCAAUAUUUAAACCAUGAUACCAACCUAUGUCCUUGGUUAAAGUUGGUCCUAAGAGAGUGUGACACUUUAACCUUCCACUCUACGCCUCGUAUGAGGAUAUAUUGUCUAUUCGAUAUAAAAAUAAAAAUGCAUGAGAAUCUUCAGCAAGGUUAAAGGCCAGCAGUCCAUCUAUUUUCCACUGAUGAUCAGUCACAAAGACAUAUUUUAGUAGGUGACUUCUUCAGAACAUCAUUUUGCUCUCCAGCUGAGUGUAGCAGAUGGUUCAUUAGCAUAGUCUUGGCCUGUCCCAGGAUUUCACUAUCAUUUAGAAAAAUGUCUCAUGGCAACAAGACUUCUUGUCUUAUUUUAUUAAAAUUAACGGUGUGGCGGGCCGGACUCUAAAUUCACCUUGGGUCAGAAAAAUUAAUCCGGAAUGAUAUGAAUUGUGUAGCACUCUGGUUUAGAAAUGGGAUGGACCCUAGAGACUCAUUAGAAGAUCAUAUAUUAUCUUCUAGAAGUGAGAAUCUACAACCUUUGUGUUACUAAAGGGUUUGACCUUGUUCUGUUAAUAUUAUCCUUGAUUCAGCUUGAUUAAAGGUGUAAAAUAGUUUCUAAUAUAAAAAAAAAAAGAUAUGUUUAAAAUAUAUAUCUGAAUAUUUCAGAAUAGAUUUGGGGAACAUUUAAAGCCAUACAGUUACCCUCCGUAAAGAGAUACUGUGAGACAGUUUUGACAAUGCUGUGGAAUAUGUUGGUGUUUUAUAUAAUAAAAAUAAUAAUGAAGCUCAUUUUAAAAAUAAAUUAUUUGGCUAAAUUCACCUCCUAUCUUCUCUCUCAAAAAGAAGUGAGAGACUCUGACUAUUGCCUAUUUAGAUUUCUCCUACCUAAAACAAAUGAAGGGGGACACUCACAGACAUACUUUUGAGUUGAGCAAUUUUUUUUUAUAAUUAAUGCAAGGAUAUGUAGUGUAUGUAGUCCAUAAACAUAUUAGGUAUACACACACCUAUGUUGCGUAUGUUUAUAAUAUUUUGUAAUAAUGUAAUAUUUUCCCAGCAUAUGACAAAUCUUCCUACUAAACAUUUUUUUGAAUAUUUAUCUGUUAAUAAAUGUCUACUUUAAAAAGAUUUAGCCCAGAUUGGCUGAGUAAAUUAUGGAUUCAUGUUUUUCUCCUUUUAUUUAGAUGUCAAAAAUUUGGAGAACUUUCAGUUGGUCGAUGGCGUUCAAGAACAAGUCAAUGCUGCUCUACUGGACUAUACAUUGUGUAACUAUCCACACACCACAGACAAAUACGGGCAGCUGUUGGUACGGUUACCCGACAUUCGAUCCAUAAGUAUGCAGGCAGAAGAAUACUUAUACUAUAAACAUCUCAAUGGGGACGUGCCGUGUAACAAUUUGCUUAUUGAAAUGCUCCAUGCAAAGAGGGCCUAACUUUUUCUUUUUUUUAAAAAACUGUGCAGAAAUAUUUACAAAGACUAUUUAUCUCUAAAGACAUUGAAACAUUAAAAAAAAGGUAUAAUAAUCAGAAAUCUUAAUAGUCAAUAAGUGAUGCAUCAGGGUAUUUGUAUUUCAAACUGUGAAUGACAUUACAUAUUCCCAAAGGAUUUGCACAUGAUAUGCUAAGUGAAUUCAAAAUGACCUACCAGGUGGAAUUCCAAGUGGCAGAACGGUUGUUCCUGUGCAUUCUAAAACUGGGAUCAUCUUCAAAAAGAAGAACGUUUGAAAGACUGGGCAUAUAUUUGACAGUACACAAGUGGCAUCGGAGAGAGGGAACGUAUUUUCAAGACCAAUCCUUCGUUACUUUUAAAGUCGUCACAUCGUAUAUGUUUAUGCAUUUCCAAGUGUGUUUUGUUUAAAAUGAGGUUGGCCAAGAAACAGAAUACAAACCAAAAAUGUUUAUAUAUAUAAAUAUAUAUAUUUGCAUGUAAAGUACUCUAUUGGUUGGGCAAAUACUUCCUUGUGGAAGUUACAGAACAAUUGUGAAAUGAUCUUAAGAGACCCCCAUUUGCAAAAAUACAUGUGUAGUCUAAGAACAUCUAUUUGGUAAGUUGAAGCACCCAUCUUUAAAUAAAUCAUCCAGGAUCCAGAUAUUACAUUAAAUUAUGAUACUGUAAGUAAGAGGCCACAGUGUUCAUUUCCUUUGGAAAAAAGAAGCUAUUGUUGUCCUUAUGUGUUAUUUGCACUGUGUUCAUUGUAUUGUUUUAUUGUUACAUGCUGCUGAUUCACACACUUAUAUUAUACCUGAAGAGUCUCACUCUAUUUACUUUUUACCCAGAUGCUAAAUGGUACCAAGAAUCAGAAGUACCACUAAUUUAAUAUUUUUCAAUACCAGUAAUAUUCAGUUAUGUUCCAGUACCCUCAUUCUUCAUGUUUGUGGAAAACAUUAAAUUGGUCUUUAACAAAGAAAUUUCUUGUAUGGGUUAAGGGUUGACACAUUAUUUUCUGUAGGGUGUGUUGGACAGUCUAGUAAAAUCUUUCAUUGUUCUUGAAUACUGCAUUUUGCAUUAUUGCCUUUUCUCAGUUUAACAAAUGAACAGGUAAGGCCCUUUUACCUGUCUGACACAUCCAACUAAUUCUUGUUCCCCGAUCUAACAACAUCUAAAAGAAAAAUUACUCACACUUUAAACAGUUACCAUGUAUCUGUAUAGGCAUGUAGGAAAAUGUUUG